CAGCACGCUAAUAAUAACAUUAUAAUAGCACCGUCCUUCUAUUUAUGGACAGCGCCACAUCACACCUCCUCGCACUUCCCGCGCCCUGACACACAGCAUGCGGUGAGCACCGGCAGCUCCCACACAGGGCGGUUUAGGGGGGUGGGUGCACAGGCGGGCGUACCCACAUCGCUUGGUAUCAUCCUUCUGUCAUUUCCACAGUCAGCGGCCGGUGGGAGCCAGCCUGUGCCCCCCUCCCAUCCCGUGCCCGGUGGUUCAGUCCGCCCUGACACAUUGAGAUGCAGAGCUGCAGCGGGUCGCAGUGACCGUUCAGGGUCGGAGCGGUCGGUCGGGUUCGGGUACCGGAGUGACCGUGACGGCGGCUUUCAGAGGGGGCACCUCAAUGACGCGGCGCAGCCCCGGAGCGGACCCCUUCCCUUCAGCGCGGCCGUGAUUGUGUCUGGCUUCGCCGCCGCCCACCAUUAGCCCCGUCUCCCCAGCUGUGUGUGUGUGAGCGGCUGCCGGUCGGGAUGCCGGAGGGUGACCUCGCCAUGCUGUCCCCGCAGGAGGCGGCCAAGAUCUACCACGCCAACUACAUCCGGAACUCGCGGGCCAUCGGGGUGCUGUGGGCGAUCUUCACCAUCUUGUUCGCCAUCGUCAACAUCGUGUGCUUCAUCCAGCCGUACUGGAUCGGGGACGGGGUGGACACCCCCCAGGCGGGCUACUUCGGCCUCUUCCACUACUGCAUCGGCAGCGGAUUCAACAAGGAGCUCACCUGCACUGGCAGCUUCACGGACUUCUCGUCCAUCCCCUCGGGAGCCUUCAAAGCCGCCUCGUUCUUCAUCGGCCUGUCCAUGACGCUCAUCAUCUCCUGCAUCGUGUCCUUCGUGCUCUUCUUCUUCUGCAACACGGCCACGGUGUACAAGAUCUGCGCCUGGAUGCAGCUCUCCUCCGGUGAGUGCAGACCAGCUGGGGGCGAGCUGGGGUCCCAUUGCUGUACCAGCCCGGCUGCUGGGACAUCACUGUGUGGGUCAGAAUGCCUUUGCGAUGCUCACACAGUUACUUCACAGGGAACUCACACCGUAAAAAGCACAUAACAGUUGUAUGAAAGACCCCAGUUUAAGGCAGGGCUGACCCCCUGCACCCUAGAGAGGACAAAGAGAAGUCAUGUUUUGCCUAAAUGAUGCUUCUUCAGUUGGUAGUUGGGCUGGAAUUCUGCCUGGCAUGGCAAGUGUAAAAUAUUCCAUUGUGGAAUGUUGAGAUUGACUGGCGAUGUAUUUUAUUCACGUAAUAUUUUUCGUUAUAUUGUCCCCAGCUCCCCUGUAUUAAAAAAAGAAAAAAAAACUUAAUGACAAAACUCAGAAUUUAUGAUCCAUCGUGGACUCAAAACCCUUGGUAUUGUUCACAGUAAGGACUCUCUGUAGAUUUUGCAACACAACCAAAUUUAAGAUUUUUUUUUUUCUAAUGGGAAGAGAGCGGCAUGUGGUUACAUAUAACUAGGAUAUAAUAACGGUAAAAAGAAAUGUGUUAAUGACUGGUGGUCAGAAAUGUUGUAAUUUGUUAUAAGGCAUAAUCUGUUUUUUACCUACCACAUCCACAAAAACUAAGCUAGAUACUAUUGUAAAUGGUACCACUCUGUUAGUUUGCAUCACCCCACAACCUCUCAAUAGUCUGCAUUUAUUCCAAAAAAGAAUACACUGAAGAGUGCAGGUGGUAGCCAAAUUGGAACUGCGAAGUAAUGUUAGGAUACCUAAUGCAGUGUUGCCCCUCCCACUUGAAAGUUCUAAAGGUUUUGGCAGAUCUUUUAGGUGACCUUUGGAAUAAGGAUAACGUUAUUUUUUAUUCUUGUGAUACAUUUAAAAAUCUAUUUUCUAGUCAAGAAGCUUUGUUCUGUUCUGGCAUUUUUUUUAAAUUGAUGGUUUUGGAAAUGCAGUUCUAUAAACAGUUCAAGGCCAUCUUUACUCCUUGUUACAUACAUUUUUGUCAGGGUUUAUAAAAACAAUUAGAUUAAAAUGAAGUCAAUCAGAAUGGCAUGUAUGUUGCAAUUAAUAAGUAAUGAUUCACGUAUUUGCAUUUUUUUGUGUGAUGAUGCUCAGACUGCACACUUGUCUAAAAAACAAGACUUUGUUUUGACAGAAUAUAUUUAUCAGAGUGCUUUGACUAUUUAUUGAUGCUAUCUAAAAAGUGAUAGUUUUCUUCCUCAAGUUUUUGCAGAGAUUUCCAUUUUAGAAGACCACCAAAUUGAUAGCGGAUUAAACAUUCUGCCACUCUUUUGUCAGAAAAAGUGGCGGAAAUAUUCAUAAAUCUGUUGCAAAAAAGUGGCACAUAUUCAGAAAGGAUGAUUAGGGUGCAAAAAAAGCAGCAGGUGAAAAUCUAAACAGAUUUAGUAAACUGCACCAAAAUGUAUUGAAAAUUAGAUGGAAAGGUGCCAAAAACACUUUGAUAAAUCUCUCCAUGUUUGUUUUUUGUAAUGUGAAUGAUUCUGUGAGCGCAUUCCGUUCACUGUAGAAGAAACAAAUUGGACAUAUUUUCAAACUAUUUGCAAAAGGCUAGACGGCACCUGUAGCUUUCAGUUAUUUUCCGUUUUUUUCACUUAUUUUUUUAUAGAAAAUGAGAUGCCUCCUGCAUCUGCAUUGUGCGUACUAAACUUUAUUGAGACUUAUUGAACAUUGGUCCAUGUGAUGAAUACAUGUCUGUGUACUCACAAUUUCUUCUAUUCAUUUGAAUAGGAUUGGCUUAGAGAUCUCAGCCAGUAUGUGAUUAGAAGAGACAUUACUGCGGGAGAGAUACAUCAAUACUUAUUAGCACUGUUAUUAAGGGUUUACAUUUACUUAUACCUGGACAGUGCUAUCUGAUAAUAUGCAGAUUUCACAUACUUCCAGAGGAAAUAAGUCAGUUAAUAAAUUCAGUGAAAUAGUGUUGAAAAGCACUAUUCAUGUACUUCCCAACAGCAUGUGAAUCUUAUAGCAGAUAUGGAAAAGAUGGCUGAUGUUUUUCCUUGUUCUUAUAUUGUGUGCAUCAUAGCUGAAAAACAUUAAGAACAGGCAUAUAACAUGUCUGGUGAUAUGAACAUGACACAGGAAACAACUCCUAAUAUGGUUUGUCAUAUUACUGGAAGCAUUUUAAAUGUUUACUGUUACAACAUCACUAAACCUUCACAGGUCAGGAGCUCAUGAUCCACUUCACCUCUAUUAUAAAGCUCUCAUCUCUUGCCAGAUUAUGACAUGCACCAUGUUUUUCUUUCUCAUUAAGUAGAAUGUAAGUCCCUUAAUGUCUUUCUAGGCAUAGGGGGUAAAUUGUAUCUUUCUACAGACAUCUCUCUUUCAGCUAGUUAAGUAGCAACAGUGGCUAAUCAACAUCAAACAUCGCUGGCAGUGAUAACUUUCACCCUAGUGGGAACAGAGUAGUGUUAUACUUAUUAGUAUGGUUAUCUUUAAAUGCCUAUAGAUGCCACAGAAUUGUACAGUGUGAAAAAUAUACUUAUUUGUAAAAUAGGUUGUGUGGAGACCCCCUUCUAAGAAAAUAAAAUUCAACCCCCAAAAUGCGGGUAUUUUCUUGAUGCACAUAUCUCAUUAAAACUUUGUAGGAAGCGACAGUGAUGUUUGUUACUAAACCUUUUUAAAGCAAUACUAUCACAAAAACACUAACGGUUUUAAGAUAAUUCUACAAAAUUCUGAGUCUAAAAGGACAGCAAGCCAAUCGUUUUUUUAGGUGGCAGGGAUCAAAAUUAUUGUGAUUGCUUGAUUCCCACAAUUUUCUUUGUACUGUAAGGGCUUUCUGAGGCAAAGAGCAUGUAAUUGCUUGCUCCAACCCUUACUGCAAUGUGGACACUCUCUUAGUUUAUCUAACAGGUGACUGUUUUUGGCACAAUUUAGAACACAACAAAUAUAGAGAUUGCAUUGGGCAUAUGUGCACUCUCAGUUAAAAUACAAGUUUGCACUCACACAAUUUACAUGUAAAUUUGAAAGAUUAUCAUCUAGUGGCAGGUUCGUUCAACAACAACAACAAAAAACAAGAAACAAUAUCAUUAAGACUGAAGCACUUCCAUAAUUCUUCACUUCUAUGUUUUUCAGCAGCUAAAGUCCAUCUACCAUUUUGAUUGGAGAACAAAUCCUGUGUUAUUAGCUAGGCAUACAGCUUAGUAAAAUAAGGUAUACCUUACUAAAUGAAAAUUAUCAUAAGCUUCUAUAUAAAUUGGAUGUCUUGAUUGCAUCUUGAACAGAUUUAGAAUUAUGAAUGGGGCAGCAUGUAAAUGCAAUUGAAAUGAUUUUACCCACAGUUGUAUAUUUAUUUGGCACUCUCCUUGUAGCAAUACCAAACUUAUUUUUUCUUCCGGACUGGACUCAAACUCUUUCAUGAACUUCAAUCAGAACAUUCUCUUCCACUCAGAGAAUUGUUCCUUAUUUACCGAUUAAACACAUACUUGCAUUUCACAAAAAAAAAUCCUAGAUGUGGAACUUUCCCGGUUCCAUAAAUUAAAGGAUCACUAUAGUGUCAGGAACACAAACAUGUAUUCCUGACCCUGUAGUGUUUAACCCACCAUUUAGGUGACUUGCCCCCCUUAGCAUUCCUAUAAAAGUUUAAAACUCACCUUGUGUCCAGCGCUGGCUCCGCCCCCUUGAAUCAGUGCAUCUCUACGAGGAAAAUUCAGCGUCUCCAUGCAGAGCUUGGGGACGCUGAACGGCGGGACUGCUUACUGUGCAGCACUGAGCCAGGAAGCCCCUCCAGUGGCCAUCUGAGGAGUGGCCACUUGGAGGUGUCCAUAGGGGCAAUGUAAUGAGUUAUUGAAGACAGUUUGCAUUAAAAUGCCUGAAGGGCGCUUUUAUACUCACCAGAACAACUAAAUUAAGCUGUAGUUGUUCUGGUGACUAUAGUGUCCCUUUAAGCAUGGGUAUUCAGAGUCAACAUAAGCCUCUGUCUCUUAUUUACUUCUCCCUAGUACAGCUGCACACCCCAGGGAAACUGAAGUAUAUGCAAAGUUGGGAGCAAGAAUUGGGGAAAACAUUUUAAAUGUUUUAAAGCUUUGUUACAGAUCCAAGGUGUAUUUUGGAAUGUGUUACACUGAGGGACGAAUCGUGAAUACUAAUGAGAUGGUUCCUUGUCCAUCAAAGACUAGUUCAAAUUUACAGAACAUACAAUUCAUCCUAGUGGCAGUAUAGUAGUGAGCUCAGCACUAUAUCUAAUAUUUUCUUGCCCUGCUCACCCUUCCAGCCCUACUCAAAUGCAAACCUUGAUCAGAUCAGUAAUCAAGGUGGUUGAGCUCCCCUAAUUUUCCUAAUACUAUUUGUUGGAAAUGUUCCCAGACAAAUUGAAGGGGCCUUCAAAGAAUCUAAUUAUGCACAUUUUAAUUUUGGCUAACUUGAGCAUUGCUUCCGCUUGGAAAACGUAUGAUCACCAUUAUUUUUGUUUUGUUGUUGUUUUCCUAUUGUACCAGUCCUAUCAUUUGUAUACUUUUUUUUUUAAUCCAUUACAUUGCAAAAUAGAAAGAUGAGGCGUGAGUGAGUAAACAAGCACUGAUUCUCCAUGGUCAUUAAGUAUUAAAGCAAUCGUGAUAUGCUUCACUGACGCCAUGGAUUUAAAAAAAAUAUCCAUAAGUGCUGCUUUUUACCUUCUAGAAAGAAAAGUAAAUGGCUGUUCACAGCAAUAUUAACAACAAUAGCCUGCUGGUUUAUUCAUCCACCAGCACAAUAUUUGGUCUAACAUUUUAGGAUUGUGGUUUCAUUUAACCCUUUCAAUAUGCGCAUGUUAAACAGUGUAUGUUUCUUGCACUGAAUUUCUAUUCAGUGUAUGGUAAAAUAAAUGUAAUCCGUGUAGGCAAGUUAGACGUAAGCAUUGUUCAUUAGAGCCCUGAAUGUGCUUUUUAUAAUAAAGAAUGAGACAGAGCAUUCCAGAGUUGAUGUUAAUCAUGGGGAGGGGAUCAGCUAUACUAAUCAUGCAGAUUUAAAUGAAAACUGUCACGUGUGGGUUUUUUGCAUUUUUUUCGGAUACAUCCCAGGUAAGCAUAUCCACUUGCUGUUUCCCCUAUUUUUGUCUCGACACUGCAGUGCUGCUAUUUAGUGUUGGUAUCUCAUCUUUGUGAUUUUUUUUCUGGUCCUACAGUGUGAAAUAAAUGUUACGUGUUUUAUGAUAUACUUCAUGGUCGUCCAUACUUUUUUGCUGAGUAUAUCCUUGCAGUGACUUGUGUUUUCGGAUGUCGGAGGUGUGACUAUUCAUAAUAUAAACUUUUAUAUGUGCUGCUUUAACUUCUGGAUGAAGUUAUAUAUUCAAAAGGUGUGCGUUCCACAUUUUGUUUUGUUGUAGUAAAGAAGUUUAGAUGCCCUUAAAGUUGCAAUGCACUUUGAAUUCUCACUUUAGUUUGUUAAGUAACUAAAUAAUCUUGUCAGAGUGAUUACAUUGGGUCUGUCUCCCUGUGAUGAGUUAUUGAAGACCGUUCAUAAGUUAACAACCAGUAUACAUGGCUGUCAACAAGUGUGCUUAUGUGUAAACCAGCAAUUUGUCAGCAGUUCUGUAAUCGACAUACAGUUGCAAGAAAAAGUAUGUGAACCCUUUGGAAUGAUAUGGAUUUUUGCACCAAUUGGUCAUAAAAUGUGAUCUGAUCAUCAUCUAAAUCACAACAAUAGACAAUCACAGUCUGCUUAAACUAAUAACACACAAAGAAUGAAAUGUUGCAAUGUUUUUAUUGAACACACCAUGUAAACAUUCACAGUGCAGGUGGAAAAAGUAUGUGAACCCCUAGACUAAUGACAUCUCCAAGAGCUAAUUGGAGUGAGAUGUCAGCCAAUUGGAGUCCAAUCAAUGAGAUGAGAUUGGAGGUGUUGGUUACAGCUGCCCUGCCCUAUAAAAAACACACACCAGUUGUGGGUUUGCUUUUCACAAGAAGCAUUGCCUGAUGUGAAUGAUGCCUCGCACAAAAGAGCUCUCAGAAGACCUACGAUUAAGAAUUGGUGACUUGCAUAAAGCUCAAAAGGGUUAUAAAAGUAUCUCCAAAAGCCUUGCUGUUCAUCAGUCCACGGUAAGACAAAUUGUCUAUAAAUGGAGAAAGUUCAGCACUGCUGCUACUCUCCCUAGGAGUGGCCGACUGCAAGAGCACAGCGCAGACUGCUCAAUGAGGUGAAGAAGAUUCCUAGAGUGUCAGCUAAAGACUUACAAAAGUCACUGGCAAAUGCUAACAUCCCUGUUAGCGAAUCUACAAUACGUAAAACACUAAACAAGAAUGGAUUUUAUGGGAGGAUACCACAGAGGAUGCCACUGCUGUCCAAACAAAACAUUGCUGCACGUUUACAGUUUGCACAAGAGCACCUGGAUGUUCCACAGCAGUAAUGGCAAAAUAUUCUGUGGACAGAUGAAACCAAAGUUGAGUUGUUUGGAAGAAACACACAACACUAUGUGUGGCGAAAAAAGGCACAGCACACCAACAUCAAAACCUCAUCCCAACUGUGAAGUAUGGUGGUGGAGGCAUCAUGGUUUGGGGCUGCUUUGCUGCGUCAGGGCCUGGACGGAUUGCUAUCAUCGAAGGAAAAAUGAAUUUCCAAGUUUAUAAAGACAUUUUGCAGGAGAUCUUAAGGCCAUCUGUCUACCAGCUGAAGCUCAACAGAGGAUGGGUGUUGCAACAGGACAAUGACCCAAAGCAUAGAAGUAAAUCAACAACAGAAUGGCUCAAACAGAAGAAAAUACGCCUUCUGAAGUGGCCCAGUCAGAAUCCUGACCUCAACCUGAUUGAGAUGCCUUGGCAUGACCUCAAGAAAGCGAUUCACACCAGACAUCCCAAGAAUAUUGCUGAACUGAAACAGUUCUGUAAAGAGGAAUGGUCAAGAAUUACUCCUGACCGUUGUGCACGUCUGAUCUGCAACUACAGGAAACGUUUGGUUGAAGUUAUUGCUGCCAAAGGAGGUUCAACCAGUUAUUAAAUCCAAGGGUUCACAUACUUUUUCCACCUGCACUGUGAAUGUUUACAUGGUGUGUUCAAUAAAAACAUGGCAACAUUUCAUUCUUUGUGUGUUAUUAGUUUAAGCAGACUGUGAUUGUCUAUUGUUGUGACUUAGAUGAUGAUCAGAUCACAUUUUAUGACCAAUUUGUGCAGAAAUCCAUAUCAUUCCAAAUGGUUCACAUACUUUUUCUUACAACUGUAUAUACAUACUAUAUAUAAAUAUACAUUACUUAUGACUGUGAAACAUUCCAUAUAAGGGACACUAUAGUCACCAGAACAACUACAGCUUAUUAAAUUUGUUCUGGUGAGUAGAACCAUUACCUUCAGGCUUUUUGCUGUAAACAAUGUAUUUUCAGAGAAAAUGCAGUGUUUACAUUACAGCCUAGUGAUAACUUCACUGACCACUCCUCAGAUAGCUGUUAGAAAUCCUUCCUGGGUCAUGGCCUAAAAUGCAUCCAAACAUUCAGUGUCUCCACCCUCUGCAUGCAGACACUGAACUUUCCUCAUAGAGAUUCAUUUAUUCAGUUUAUCUCUAUGAGGAGAUGCUGAGUGGCCAGGGCUGUGUUUGAAUUGUGCUGGCUCUGCCCCUGAUCUGCCUCUUUCAGUCUCAGCCAAUCCUAUGGGGAAGCAUUGUGAUUGGAUCAGGCUACCACUUCUGCUGAUGUCAGCAGUAAGUGGACAGGUCUAAAGGAAACAGGCACAAAGUAUGCAGCUGCAGACUUGAAUACAAGUAAGAUUUACUAUAUUUAGGGAGGCAUGAGGGGACCAGGGUGGCUAGAUGGUGGUUUUAACCCUAUAGGGUCAAGAAUACAUGUUUGUGUUCCUGACCCUAUAGUGCUCCUUUAACUCUGACUCACUGCCCUAGAAUGGUUGGAUCUGCAGGUUUCAGUGCCUGGCAGGUUGUGUCUCUAGAGGUAUUGCCAAAAAGAGGCAGCUGACUGAUUUAUGCCAGAGGUAACCACCUAAUUUACUGAGGCAUUUUGAGAAUAAUUUAAAUUUGGAGGUUUUUAUCAGUCGACAGUGUUUAGUUUAUCUAUUGCAGCCUCAAAGAUUCCUGUUUGCUAGGUGUCACUUAAUGCUUUACAUCAAGGAAGAUCUUGGAGAGUUUCUGGGGCAGGUUGGUGUGGAUACUGCCAGGUUUAGUUACAAUAAGAACUACACAUCUCGACAGAUUUUCUUUCCUCAUGUCAACACUAUUUUGUUCCUUUUUUAUUUUAUGUUGUUGUAUAAUAUAUUUUGAUUUAAUUGAGAAGUCACUCCCUGCUCCCCUCCCUUAAUGGCACACUCCAUGCACCAUAACCACUACAGAUUAAUGUAAUCAUUAAAUAAUCUAUUUACCAUAACCACUACAGAUUAAUGUAAUCAUUAAAGAGUCUAUUUAUCAUAACUACUAUAGAUGAAUAUCGUCAGUGAAAAGGCUAUGGAUGCACUGUUAUACUGCUUAAAAUAAGUCUAUUAAAGGACCAGUAUUACUGCAUAUACAACAGUAAGCAUAAUCUUUCCUGACAUGUUAACAGGCUGUUCUGCUCUGUCACUUCUCAGUAUUUCAUAAAUCUUUAUAAAGUACUCAUGCUGACUGCGCUGGAAUUUCAUUAAACUUUCAACGUAAUCCAAAGAUACCAUAAGACAAAGUAGUGAUUACUUUGUCUUAUGGGCUAGCCUGAGUGUGACAAAAAGUUUAGCUCAGCUUUUGUCAAGUCCCAGCAGCGGUCACAAUUGAUGGCUGUAGGAUUCGGGUUCCUUUAUUGUCCUCAGUAUUGUACUCUCGCGCAUGUGUGAGACUACAGCAGGCAGAUGAAGCGCCAGGUGCCAAAUAAGGUCUAGGAAUAUGUAUAAGUAGAUAGUGGUCAGUACAACUUAUAUGAAAUCUGUACCUUCGAAAGGUUCUGUAAAUCCCAGAUCUGUAGUCUGGCAAACAGAUAAUAGUAAAGAAUAUGGUUCAGCUCUCCUUCAUAAUAGCUGCAUUAUUUUAUUGUGAUAGACAUAUAGGUAAAGACAAAGCUUUUUAGAUUCAGGCAACGUCUCAUUCAUCACAAGACCUCAGUGUUAUAUUUUCACACUUGAGCAUUUUGAAGAAGUGCUGAACCAUAUUUUUUCUACUGCGUGCAAAAAGAAGAUGGCGGCAGUUGGGAGGGACAGCUUCAGGUAAGUAAACCUGCCUUUUACUGCACUCCCCGGCCGAUGGAUGCUAACUAGUAGGGUCCAGUGUAUUCUCUCAGAGAGCAAAAUUGCAGUCAUGGCGGUUUAAUCAUUAAACUUUGAAUUUUAGCUAAUUAAAAUUUGUAUUACAAAAUUAAGGGCCAAAAUUUCUUGAAAUCAAAAAGUCACAGAUUUUCCAUUUUUGACUUAAUUUUUAAAUUUUAAGUUGUAAUCCGUCGCUUAGUGAAUACCCUGUGAGUUGCCUUGAUGUAUAUGGCAUGUGCUAGUCAUUUGUAUUAGUCCAGAUUUAAUUUUCGUGACUCUGUACAAUAGGUGGACUAUCAGACAAGAAUUUGCAACAAGAAAAGUUGGAAACACAGGAAUUGAGGAAGUUGAGGGCCCUGCUCAAACAAGCUCCAACAUGCUUACAUUCUAGAGGGAGUGGGGUAAAGUAAUCCAAGAGGUAAGGAUGUAUUAUGUAUGGGAAUAAGUAGUUUACUAGAAUAGUUUACCAUGAAGGGUUAGUUUUUUGGUUGCACAGUUGCAGGAGAAGGAGCAGGGUAGUUUGCCAAGGUGGGGGGAGGGAAAGCUAUUAACAGAUUAAUUGAUAUGCUUUCCUAAAGAAGUUUUUAAUGAUCUGUUUAAGGAAUGGAGACUGGGUAAGAUCUACCAAAGCAUGGAAGGAGUUCCCUAGAAACAGCGCUGCGCUAGAGACGUCUUGAAACUGAGUGUCAGAGGUGCGAGUACGAACGGAUAAUAGACACAGAUCACUGGCAGAGUGUAGGGGCUAGACAGGACAUACUUGUGUAUCAGUAAGAGUAGGUAGGUAGGAGCAAAACAUUUGUAAGCAAGCACCUAAUUUUAAAGUGAGCCCUAAAUCUUACGGAAAGCCAGUGUAAGGACUGACAGAGAGGGAAUGAAGUACAAAACGGGUAAGGCACUCCAAAGUUCAGAAAUGGCAAAUUUAUUGAAGCCCAAUGUAACACAACGUUUCAACCUACACGGUCUUUGUCAAGUUUGACACGUUUGACAAUGACAGUGUAGGUUGAAACAUUGUGUUACAUUGCGAUUCAAUAAAUUUGCCAUUUCUGAACCUUGGAGUGCCUAAAUCGGUUUGUACUUAAUGCUUACUGUUUCUAGGACCUGGUGCUUGCUCCUGGUUUGGUUGCAUCCUGGCACAGAGUGAUGGGAUUGAGUUCAGUUCCGUAUUGUUUGACCGAGGGGGUAGGCAUGGGAGGUGCGGGCGGACAGGAAGAUUAGACUUGUCGCCGAGUUCAUUAUAUAAUCUUUAAUGGGGAUGCGUAAGACCAAUGAGAAAUGGAUUGCAGUAGUAAAGGCGAGAAAUGAUAGUGGCAUGGACUUGCACCUUAGCCAGAGAUAGAUAGAGGUGGGUGUGAGCUAUGUUUUUGGGAUGGAAGCGGGAGGAUUUGGCGAGUGACGGAAUAUGAGGGGUGAAAGAGGGAUUGGUGUCAAAGAGUACAUCUAGGCAGCGAGCCUGCGAGGUAAAGGUAAUAGCAGUGCCAUUAACUUGGAGGGAAACCGACACAGGAGUAGCAAAACUUGAGUGAGCGAAAGAUGAGAAGCUCUGUUUUGGACAGGUUAAGAAAAUGAGCAGCCAUCCAGUUAGAAAUAGCAAAGAGGCAGUCAGGGACACAAGUUAACAGGAACGGUGAGACACCAGGAGAUGACAGAUUUGUGUGUAAUCCACAUAGAAGUGAUAUUGGAAGCUUAACAAGGGAGGCAGUAUAGAUCGAGAAUAGUAGUGGACCAAGGACAGAACCACUUGGGUUAUAUUUAUAUUGUUUAUCUAAUGAAAUAAAAGCCUUUCCUUUUGUAAUGUCAGACUACUGUAAAUCUUUUCAGCGCAAAAAUGUAAACAUGAUUGGUAUUGCUAACUGUGUUUAAAGUGUAUUUUUAUUGAAUAAUUAUAUUAUAAUAUUCUUAAGCAGGCCUGCAUGACAUCUGCAAGAGAGGAACAGUAGAAAUGUUCACAGUUAUGUAAAUAAGGUAGAGCAUAUUUCAGAUUAACUAUUUCUUCAGAGUUUGAUAUUAGUUUUUCUUGGCAUCGCUAUACUAUUGUGAAGAAGCAGAUGGUCAUCAGUUUGGAAUGCAGUUUAUGUUUAAUGGCUACUAACGUUUUCAUGUGAAUUGUUUUCUUGUGAUAUAAAGAUAUGCAGCUGCAAGUAAUAUCAUUUUAUUUGUAAAGCACCAGCAUAUUUGUCAGGACAUUGGGUAAACAGUGACAAACAUUUAUAGGCACACAGGGAGAGAUUGCAGAUUAAUGUCUUACCCACCUUUAUUGUACCUUAUCCCCGCCACCUUAAGUGUUAAUUAUCCCCCAGUUGUGUCUCUCGUACCCCGCUUGCGUCUCAUAUCCCCUUGUGUGUUUUGCAUUACCCCUUUGUCUCUCACCAUGCUUUGUGUCUCUUACACCCCCUUACCAUUUCCCUCAUCCUUGUGCCUUUUGCCUUCUAUUUUAAAGUGUUUGUGGAAUACGGAAGAGGAUCUUUAUCUUUUAUGACACAGUCUAGCAUGAAGAUGCCCACUGUUCCCAGCAAGCCUCGUCCUCCUAGGCUUGGUAGAGGAUAAAGAAGCCACGCUACAAAGAGGAUACCCGUACAUUGAGCUUUCCUCCUGUUGGUCACCUGGACAUUGCACCAGGUGUCACUUGGAAUAUAGGAUGCAGGCAGUUUUUUACCCUAACUUUUGGGGUAAAAAACUGCAUCAUAUGGUAAGAAAAAUGUAGUAUAUGACCUGUGGUAGCUGUAGGGUUAGAAGAAUAUGAUAAAGGGUUACAGAAGACAAUGGGAGAACAAAUUGUGUGAGAUGAGACUGGAAGCCUGGUAGAGGUAGAAGAAUUAACUGAUUAGUUUUUACUCAUCCUUAAUAAGAACGUUUUAGUGGUUUAUUCAUCUGUCUUCUUAAUCAAGUGGUCCAGGUUGAGUGCCCCUUUUCUUUCAAUCUUGCAUUGUAAAACAUUGCCAUUUUGUAGAACCGGCAGAGUUAGACACGGUUAGUCAAUCAAAUGCUUCCCAUAGACGUAAUUUGUUUUGCCCAGCAAUUGCCACACAUGUGUUCUAGCCUCCAAAUGCUUUCUGAUGGGAUUGAUGAUCUUAGUCGAGGAGAUGGGGGGCCGCAGCUGUGGGAUAUAAAGUGCACAAAUCUUGCAUUUUAAACACUCAUGAGGGCUAGAAACCUAAAUACAUAGAGUAGCAAUGUAGGGUUAGGAAUACAUGUUAAUAUAUUCCCGAAAUCUAUUCGUUUAAUUCAGAGGUAGGCAACCUUUGGCACUGCAGAUAUUGUGAACUAUGUUAUGUUUUAACAAAUCCCAUCCUCUUCGCCAGCAGUUAGUAUAUUUCUUGUGUGAACAAAAAUGUCUGUUCCUGACAGGAUCUUUGUUAGCAAACCUCACUUCAAUCAUAGCAGUUGAUGCGGAUUAUUAAUAUUUAUUGUAACAGGAAAUGUUAUAUAACAAUGAGUUAUGGUCUUCAUAACUGAAAGAUUUGGUUACACAACAUCUGUCAUUCAUUUUACAGUUUUUGUGUUUAGGACAGGACAGUUUCAUGUCUGGUUUUGUUACCUCAGGCUCACUUACACACAUCAUGUGACCACUCUCACAUAGCAGCUUUACUUAGUACUGCAUCUACCAUGAUCCUUUGCCAGCAUUAUGGCUAUAGAAGCAUUAUGGGAUAUGUAGUCUGGUGGCCUAAGGUUGCCAACCCUGCAUUAAAGGUUUCAAAAAAUCAUGUGAAAUAAAUGCAUUGCCUAAUAAAUCCAUAUGACUUAAAUACCCAAAUUAACCAACCAGAUUUGGAUGAACUGCACUCAAUCUAUUAAGCUUAAAGGACCACUAUAGUGCCAGGAAAACAUACUCGUUUUCCUGGCACUAUAGUGCCCUGAGGGUGCCCCCACCCUCAGGGACCCCCUCCUGCCCGGCUCUGGAAGGGGGAAAGGGGUUUAAACUUACCUUUUUCCAGCGUUGGGCGGAGAGCUCUCCUUCUUCUCUCCUCCUCCGUUCCGCCCGGCAAGAGCUGCGCGCGCAUUCAGCUGGUCACAUAGGAAAGCAUUCAUAAUGCUUUCCUAUGGACGCUGGCGUGCUCUCUCUGUGAAAAUCACAGUGAGAAGCACGCAAGCGCCUCUAGUGGCUGUCAAUGAGACAGCCACUAGAGGAUUAGGGGGAAGGCUUAACCCAUUAAUAAACAUAGCAGUUUCUGCGAAACUGCUAUGUUUAUUAAAAAAUGGGUUAACCCUAGCUGGACCUGGCACCCAGACCACUUCAUUAAGCUGAAGUGGUCUGGGUGCCUAGAGUGGUCCUUUAAGUUAGUUGCAACCAAACCAUGAUCUAGCAAAAAAACCCACAAGUUAAAAAUCCAAGAAAGAAGAAAGUGUUCAGCUUGACAAUGACCCUUUGUGGGUCGAAAUGCUGUUGUAACUGUGUUCCCAAAAAAUUUGCCUCGCUGAGCUUAGGAAUGCCUGAACCCUUUCUUCUUUCCUUAAAAGGAACACUACAGUCACCAGAACAACUACAGCUUAAUGGUGUCUAUAGUAUGUCCCUGCAAGCAUUUUAAUGUAAACACUGUCUUUUCAGAGGAAAGGCGGUGUUUACCUUGCUGCCUAGGGACACCCCCCAGUGGCAGCCACUCAGACGGCCACUGAAGGUGCUUUCCUGGGUCAGUGUUGCACAGUGCAGCAUGGUGGCGCUGAACGUUCCCCAUAGAGAUGCAUUGAUUCAAUCCAAAAAAGCAGUGGAUUGGCUGAGAUCAUCAAUUCUGAUAAUCUCAGCCAAGGAGGCAUAUCAGCGACGGCCAGCACUGCCGGACCCACAGGGGCUGGAUUAAAGGGGAGUUUUUAUCCUGUAACCAUCCAUACAUUUGUAUAAGGAUUUAAAUCCUCAGUCACUAGUCUCUGCGACUCUCUGAUUGGUAUAUACAUGAACUUUUCAUACUAUUUCAAUAAAAUGUGUACACCUGUAUUCAUCUGCAUAGAGCUGUAGUGUUUUUAUUGUAACAGAUCUUUUUAUAGUCACUUACCUCCCUUGUAUGUUUCAUACUAUUGCUACAAUGGGAUUUUGUAACUGAAACUAGAGUGUGAUUAGUGUGAUCAUGGAGUGAAUUACAUUAUUAUGUUAUUUAUGAAUUAACUAAAUUGUGUAUUUAAAGAUUUUUGUUUAUUUUCUUUGCAGACAGUAUUUGUUAAUAGGGAUGAAUAUCUUAGUAUAGCUUUAAAAUUAUUUAUUGAUUCUCAAUUAGAUGGAAUAAAAUAAAGAUUUUCAUAUAGCUUGUACCAUCCCUUUGCUCUCUUACUGGUUUGGUUUAUGAUUCAGCUGCUGCAGAAUGCUGAUAAUACUUCCAUUCUAUGAGGCGGUAAAUCUCAAUCAUUCAGUGGGCUUGCUAUGUGAAUCCAAUUAUUACGUUUGGAGGUUAAGCUGUUAGUUAAGAAUGUAAUCAAAUUUAAAACCUCCAUGGUCAUAUGAAUGCAUAAAUACUUUUGGGACUGAAUUAUUUCUACAAAAAAUAAGAAAACCCGUGGUUAUAAAAGUGCAAAAGAUAGUUUGUUUUGCUGUAUAACGUAAUUUAAAAGAUAAAAAUACAAUGAGGUUUGACUUGCAAAGUUAAAUUAUAGUGCAAAAAUCACAUAAAGGAGCUUGACACCACAAAGUGUGGAUAUUAUUAUUAUUACCAACAUAUGCAAACCUGAGUUUCCCAGUUCUAACCAGCCAAUAUUUUAACCUAUAUUAUUGCGUUCUCUUGCCUUGUACAUUACUUAAAAAGUAAAAUCUGAAUCUAGAUUCUUUUGUAUAGUUCUGUUUCUGUUUCCAAAACAUUGUUUUGCCCAAGACACCUCACUCUUUUUUUUUUCUCUCUUUUUUUUUUAUCAUUUAGUCCAUGGCUCGGCAAAUCCCAGACGCCAGAUUGCCAUGGGUGUUUGUCAAGCCAAAGGAGCAUGGAGUCGGCUGGCCAGGGGAGCAGAAAUCUUCCUUCAGUUCUUGCUCUUCUUCCUUGCACACCCUACUGUGUUACUGAAAGCUCAUACAUGACCUUACUUCGGCCUCUGCAUAAGUGCGCGAGAGAGCAGAGCAAGAAGAGCCUGAAGAUUACAGAAGCCCCAUUGGACCCCAGGGAAAUUAUCUACUCCAGCUCUGACAAAGUUAGGGAGGCUGGGUGGACAUAAAAAAUAAAUAAAAAACUAUUUGUGAGUGUGAGAGAAAGUGUGUGUGUGUUUGUCUGUGUGUCUGUCUGUCAGUGAGUGUAUCUAUUUGCUUAUGUUACCAGCCCCGCAUUGGUAAGGUGUUUCUACUCACCUUUUUUCCUAUGCCAUGCUGGUUUUGCCUUGGCUAGCCCUGCCUCCAUGGCUUUCCCAUAGGGGAGGCUAUUGUGCAUAUGCGACAAAACGUUGCGCCAAUCAGCAUUUCCUCUUAGAGAUGCAAUAAGUCAAUGCAUCUCUAUGCAGAGCAUUCAACACCUCCAUGCAGAGUGGAGACGCUGAAUGUAGGUGCCACACACUGUGCAGCACUGUGGACUAAGAAGCAACUCUAGUGGCCGUCUGAGAUGUUACUAGGCAGCAAUGUAAAGUGUUUACGUUGAAAAGUCUACAGGGAUAGGCUAUAGACACCAGAACCGCUACAUUAAGUUGUAGUGGUUCUGGUGAUUAUAGUGUCCCUUUAAGAAUUUUAUUUUUGUUGUUGAAAAUUAAACCUUAAUAGUUUUUUUGUUUUUUGAACUGGCUCCUAACUUUUUUUUUUUUGUGCUAAUUUUUCAAGCACUGAUACAGUCCCCUUCCUGUGUCUAGGACUGGAAAUGUGCAUUGUUCCUGAUGUUAGCUAUAAUGUUGACCUUUAUUUGGAGUCGUUAUUAGUAAGCUAUCUGUAAAAAUUGUAGAAGCAUUGUAUGCGGUUUUAUUAGACAUUGGAAGGCAAGAUUAUAUUGUAUCAACUUUCAUGGAGUCCUUUUGGGUACCGGUAUAUCACAGGGGUAAAAGUUACUUCUACUUUCUUCUGCUAGGACAAGCUCCAGAACUAUAUUGAUUCCAAUAUUUCAAACAACAAAAGGUUGUGCAUGUAGCAAGCACUCUAAUCGGUGGUGGGAUUAUGUUUUCUCAGUCAGAACAACCUCAACACAAGUAGAAAAAUAUUCUGAACCAAAAGUUACCUUAAGGGUUUAGUCUCCUGCGUCAUAUGUCCAGACUUCAAAGGUCUCUCCCUAGUCAAUUGUAUAUUUAAUGGGGCUUGUUUGGAGGACAAACCUUUCAUCUUUUCUCUAUGUCUGAGGUUUCUAACAGGAUGAAACAGGUUUAUGAUUGAAAAGUGAUGCAACAUAUAUGUUAUGUGAAUUAGUUAUGGGAUUACAGUAGUAGGAAUGUAUAUUGUCUGGUUGGCUAGCAGGAGCAAUAAUAAUAAUACAUUUAGUUUUUUUUGUUUGGUUUUUCUGAUUAUGAGAAGUCUGUUUAAAUCUUGGAGAACUGAGCCCCAAAGUACAGCAGGCAUAGUAUUAUCACUUUAAAAAAAAAAAACCUGUGUACAUGGAGGUUUAUCAAAUGUUUUUGUUGCAAUGGCUAAAUCUGGAGACAUACAGCUCAUGCUCUGCAUACCCACAUCUAAUCGCACUAUGGCUGCACUCAAAAAUCUUUAUAAAUUGCCUUUCUAUUGUUGCCUGUCCAAAGAGAUAUCCUUGAGUUCCGUUUGGAAUUUUGUGUGCAUGGCUUAUUCGUUCUUUGCACUUCUGAUUCAUUUCUUCUCAGGAGUCUAUUAAACAGCCACUAGAGGGCCUUCCUCUGCAGUCCUGCAAUGUUUGCAGGCCCAACUUUAGGCAUCUUCAUGCACAGCUUGGAGACUCAGAAGCCCUCUAUAGAGAUGCAUUGAUCUACUUCUUCUUAAUGAGGAGAUGUUGAUUAAAGCGGUGAUUGCUGGGUAUGCACUCUAGCCCUCAAUGCUCCCCUAUAAGGAAGCAUUGGAUAGACGGCUGAGAUCAUAUAAUUGAUGAUCUUAGUUAGGGCAGAGCGGCAGUCACAUAAAGAGAUUAGCGCUACAUGGAUAUGCUGGUUGCACAGAAUGCUACAAUAGUGAUUUAUUUGAAGGACAUACAAAGGUACAACAAACGUUUUGGGAUUCAACUCUUCAGCUAUUCAAGAACAGACUAUUAACUUGCUGCCUAAUGUAUUCCAACCCUUGACAGAGGUGCCAUUGUGAUUAUAUAAUCAAUGUUAUUCACUUCACUUGUCAGUGGUUUUAACCCCUUGACGACCGAUGACGGUUCAGGACCGUCAUCGGAAACAUCCCCUUGGGGACCGAUGACGGUCCUGAACCGUCAUAACGGUCUGGGGCUACUUACCUAAUCGCCAUCGGUCCCCCGGCGACGAUCAGCGCUCUUCCCAGUCCAGGGGGACUGCCUGUCUGCCCAGGCAGUCUCCCCGCGGCCACGUGAUCACUCGAUCACGUGGCUGCAAUAGGUGCCUGUGUAUCUGCCUGCAGGGGGACUGUCUGUGCUGACAGGCAGUCUCCCUGCAAGUGAAAAAUCCUAAAUAAAGUAAAAAAAAAAUCAAUCAGUGUAAAGAAAAUAAUAUGUAUAUAUAUCAAAUAUAUAAUGUCCUACUAAGUAUUUUUAUAUUUAUAUAUACGUAUAUUAAUAUAAAAAUACACUUAUAUUUAAAUUACACACGUGUAUAUAUACAAUAUAUAUAAUAACUAUAUAUAUUGUAUAGAUGAAUGAAAAAAGCCAGCACUCUGGGCCUUGUAAAUAAAAACUUCUCAGGUUUUAUUCCAACAGUCAACGUUUCACUUCUAAUAGAACUUUCUUCAGGACAUAAAAAAAUGUAUUAAAAAAUAUUGUGUGUAUAUAUAUAUAUAUAUAUAUAUAUAUAUAUAUGUAUAUGUAUAUAUAUAUAUAUAUAUGUGUGUAUAUAUAUAUAUAUAUAUAUAUAUAUGUGUGUAUAUAUAUAUAUAUAUAUUAUUAUAAAUUAUAAAUAAUAUGUUAAUAAAAAUAAAUAACAAAAAGUAAAAAUAAUUUUGUAUAAUAAAAAAAUUAUAUAUAUAUAUAUGUAAUUUUAUUCUAACAGUAUUUUGAUAUCAAUAUAUAUUUAUAUCAAAAUACACUUAGAAUGUAAUGAUAUAUAUAUCUAUGUAUAAAUAAAUAAAAAUAAUACAAAAUAAACAUAAGUCCAUAUACAUAAUUACAUAAAUAAUUUCAUAAAUAUACACAUAGUUGUCAAAUAUAUAAAUAUGUAUAUAUAUUAAAAUUCUACGUGCAUAUUUAUGUAAUAUUUUUACCUAAUUAAGUAAUUUUAAUGAUUGCAAUUUGAGGGACCUGCCUGCCAACCCAGGCCGAAAGUCCAGAGAAUUUAAUUUGCUAGCACUGUGUUUAACCCUGUAACUUUCUAUGACACCCUAAAACCUGUACAUGGGGGUAACUGUUUUACUCGGGAGACUUCGCUGAACACAAAUAUUAGUGUUUCAAAACAGUAAAACAUAUCACAGCGAUGAUAUUGUCAGUGAAAGUGACUUUUUUGCAUUUUUCACACACAAACGGCACUUUCACUGAUGAUAUUAUUGCUGUGAUACAUUUUACUGUUCUGAUACACUAAUAUUUGUGUUCAGCGAAGUCUCCUGAGUAUAACAGUACCCCACAUGUAGAGGUUUUAUAGUGUUUGUGAAAGUUACAGGGUCAAAUAUCAGGCUUGAUUUUACUUUUUUUUAUUAUUGAAAUUUGUCAGAUUGGUUAGGUUGCCUUUGAGAGCGUAUGGUAGCCCAGGAAUGAGAAUUACCCUCACGAUGGCAUACCAUUUACAAAAGAAGACAACCCAAGGUAUUGCAAAUUUUAGUAGCCACUUAAUUUUUAGUAGCCACUUAGUCACAAACACUGGGCAAAGUUAGCGUUGUUUGCAUUUUUAACACACAAACAAAUAUAAAUGCUGACUUUGGCCAGUGUUUGUGACUAGGUGGCUACGAAAAAAGACUGGACAUACCCUGGGUUGUCUACUUUAAAAAAAAUAUGUACAUGUGAGGUGUGAUUCAGGGAUUUAUGACAGAUAACGGUGUUACAAUGUCACUAUUGAUAAAUUUAAAAUAUAUAUAUAUUGAAACAGCAAUUUCCUACUUGCAUUUAUAGGCCUAUAACUUGCAAAGAAAAGCAAUAAAGCAGUUUUUAAACUCGGGACAACAUUUUUAAUCUAUUUAGCAGUUUUUUUCAUUAGCUUUUGUAGUAAAAGAUUUUUCAAGUAAAAGUCCAAAAACAUGUUUUUUUUUCUUCAAUUUUUCACCAUAUUUUAUUUAAUUUUUUUAAAUAAAAUAUAUGACAUGAUACAAAUAAUGGUAUGUAAAGAAAGCCCUUCUUGUCCUGAAAAAAACAAUAUAUAACUUGUAUGGGAACCGUAAAUGAGAGAGGAAAAUUACAACUAAACACAAACACCACAAAAGUGUCAAAACUGCUCUGGUCCUUAACGUACAACAUCGCAAAAACAGGCCGGUCCUUAAGGGGUUAAUGUUGUGGCUGAUCAGUGUAUGCUUUGUUUGGAAAGAUGUUACACAGAUAUAAUGGUUGCUAGAGGUUUGUUUAUGUGUUGCUGUCCCAGGUUCUGAAUAAUACUGUCCUUUAUGAAUAUGUGCCAUAGUUUCCAUAUUAAAUGUGCAACUCUACUAUGUCAAGUAAAUGGGUUUGACUAAUGAAUAUUCACAAUAUAUGAAUAAGUACCAAAGAAUAAAAUAAUUACUUAUAAUCCUAACAUAUGGGGGAUUUAUUCAUUAAUCGCUGAACUAUAGUUAAUUGAAAAUCGACUUACAUUAUUUAGACUACAGUCCUGAAGCUGUGACAAGAGUUGAAGUUUUUUAAAUCCGUAUUUUUUCACCAAAUUUUACCAUUUGGGUUUCAGCUCGCUACAGUUCAAUGUUUAGUAAAUACACCUCCAUAUCAUUAUCAGACAUGUAAUCUUUUUUUCCUAAUAUUUUUCUUAUUCCAGGAACACUUCACAAAUUGUUGAGAUGACUUACAAAAUGGAGAAAUAAAGUAAACAGAGUGCAGGUCAGGAGUCCGGAUACAAGUCACUGUAACCACCUAAUACGGAGCUCCAAUGAGGGGGUAACCCUCCAAAAUAUGUAGGUAAUAGGAGUGGGUGAUGUGUAGAGUCCCACAAGGGGAAACCAACAUCAGGAGACCUCCACUGUAUAAGAAAUGAGGCAGGCAGGCCCUACCUUUAAUCAAUCUAAUGAUUAAAAGGGAUAUGCAAACAAAAAUUAUAACUUGAAAAAAAGAUCUACUAAACGGUGCCCAGGGGAUCAAUUGUCUGGAGUACUAGCUAGCAUCUAAGUUCCAGUUCCCCUAGUGUCCGACUGACAGGAAGGUAGUGUAAACGAGGUUAGGGAAAGAGAAGAGGCACAGGGUCCCCAGAGAACAAGGGACCGGGUAAUCAGGUCUAAACGCAGAUGAAAAGCCUCACACAAAAAAAUAAAUAAUUAAAUAAAUCUCUCAAUUCACCCUAAACGUUACCUCGACACCGUGGUCUAACCACUAUUGUCUACCUGAACCAACUCUCCCUACUAAAGUUAUAAAUAAAUAAACACUUAAAAAUCAAUAACCAUAGUGGUAACAAAAAUAAAAAAGUGCUACCAAGUGCAGAGAUUAAAGAAAAAGAAAACACUCGACGCGCGUUUCAGCAUGUUCAAACGCCGUAGACAGGCUCCACGGUGUCGAGGUAACUUUUAGGGUGAAUCGAGAUGUUUAUUUAAUUUAUUUAUUUUUUUGUGUAGAUUACCCGGCCCCUUGUUCUCUGGGGACCCUGUGCCUCUUCUCUCUCUCUAACCUCGUUUACACUACCUUCCUGACAGUCGGACACUAGGGGAACUGGAACCGCUUAGUAGAUCUUUUGUUUGCAAAUCCCUUUUAAUCCUUAGAUUGAUUAAAGGUAGGGCCUCCCUUCCUCAUUUCUUAUACAGUGGAGCUCUCCUGAUGUUGGUUUCCCCUUGUGGGACUCUACACAUCACCUACUCCUAUUACCUGUUGAGAUGACUUGCCAACAAUCCGAUGAAUAAGAAUUGCUCAAUUGUAAAUGUAUAUGAUGAAUCAAGUAUCAUCAGUUUAUUUUUAUCCAUAGCAUUGGGAGAGAUCUUUCUCUCAUUCUCAGCAGCACAGUGAUUUAUUUAUUUUAUGUGAUGAAACUGUUUCAUGCCUGUAUUUAUUCAUUUAUUAUUGCCUUUUUCGUUUACAUGAAUUAUUGAAUGUCUUGUCCAACUAUCUAUCUGUAGUUUUUUGGCUAUUGAACAUAGUUUGUGGAGGUGAAGAAACUGAAACAAUGGUGGGUCUUCUUUAAAGGGACACUCUAGGCAUCAUAACAUUUCAUGUUAUCGUAGGUUAUGCUACCUAGAGUCUCCUGUUGCUGUCUUUUUCAAUCAGUUUGAGACUCAAUCAGGCUUUUACCUUGUGCAGUGAGCAUUUUCAGUCACUGGUAUGACUUGUUAUGGCUAAUGCAGAGUUACAACCCCUCCAUUGGGAGGGAAAGGCAUAGCCAAAGGCUCCUGGAAAUGCCUGUUCAUUCACUCUGUCAGCUUGCAGGUUUUGCAUUAAUCACUAAUCCUCUCUCUUUUGGUAUUAAUCACUAUAUGCUCGUUUUAAUUUUUUUUUAUAUUGUUACACAAAACUAUACAAAAGCAGGAACUACAUUUCAAUGGAUAGCUUAAUGUUUGACAGUGGGCAGGGCUUAAAGGAAAACUAUCACCUGAAAAUAAAUUUUGGCAGAACUAAUGAAUUAUAUAUGCGCAUUUAAAGGAACCAUUCUUUUUUUAAAGGUUGUCAAUGUGAAAUUUUGUGGAACGCGUCCCACUCCUUGUUGAGUUCCUACCUUUUUGCCACCAUGUCUGUCCACCUUUGAUCAUAUGCUCCCUUACCCCCAGCAGUGGUUAGCAGGUGGGGGCUAUAACUAAAAAACACGGGGGGACCUAGUGUUUCCCUUAGUCCAUACCCAUAGGCUCACUUGCAUUUUUUUUUUUUUUUGCUGUGGUGCAUUGUUUUUUUUUAUAUUUUUGUGGAAUUUUUUUUUUUUUUUACGAAUAAGGUUAUUUUCACUAGUAGUGUUGUGAAUUAUAGUCUGUCUGUGUGAACAGUGUCCGGAUUUUGCAGUCCGAAUGGCCCAUACUCAGCUGGAUGUUUUGCCCCUAUUUGGUAUUCGUACUUGUGCAUAAUCAUUACAUUUUUAAAUGGUCCACAGGCUAUUUUGACAACCCUGUUUUGUUGUGUUUUGUAACAUGUGCAGCAGGUUUACGUUUGUGUAAAGGACUAUGCUUACAAAUAAAACUAAAAUAAGGCAUCAAAAUAUUUUAUUAACUUAAGCAGAUAUUAAAUUAAAAAAAUAAUUUAGAGUUGCACAGUUGUAUUAGACUGUACCAAUAAAUAUUGCUCAAUAAAGGUAGCAGUAUAUAUUUAACCCCUUCCCGACCCAGGACGGUUCAGGACCGUCAUCGGCAUUUUUGGCUUGCCGACCGAUGACGGUCCUGAACCGUCCUAACGGUCUGAGUUGCUUACCUGAUCGCCGUCGUUCCCCCGGCGGCGAUCAGCGUUGCUCCCAUUGUGGAGAGACUGCCUGCAGCCCAGACAGUCUCCCCACACUGAAUUAGGACCCCUGUGGUCAUGUGAUCGCUCAACAGAGCGAUCACAUGGUCACAAUAGGUGUCCAUGUGUCUGCCUGCAGGGGGACUGCCUGUGCUGACAGACAGUCUCCCUGCAUGUGUAAAAUCAAUUAAAAAAAAUAAAGUUAGUGUUAAUUAAAAAAAUAAUAAUAAUUAUAUAUGUGUAUAUAUGAUAUAUAGCCAUAUAUUAUAUCUAUAUAAUAUAUGGCUAUAUAUCAUAUAUAUAUAUAUAUAAUGUCAUACUAAGUGUAUUUUUAUAUUGAUAUGUACUUAUAUUAAUAUAAAAAUACACUUAUAAUUAAAUUACACACGUAUAUAUAUAAUAUAUAUAAUAACUAUAUAUAUUGUAUAUAUAUAUUAUUAUAAAAUAUAAAUAAUAAGUAAUUUAAAUUAAAUAAAAUUUUUUUUAAAUAAUAAUAAAAAAUUUAAAAAAAAUUAUAUAGCUAUAUGAAAUUUUAUUCUAACUGUAUUUUAAAAUUAAUAUAUAUAUAUUUAUAUCAAAAUACACUUAGAAUGAAUUUGUAUAUAUAUCUAUGUAUAUAAAAAUAAAUAAAAAUAAUAAGAAAUAUACAUAUGUCCAUAUACAAAAUUACAUAAAUAAUUAUAUAAAUAUACACGUAGACUUCAAAUAUAUAAAUAUGCAUAUAUAUUUAAAUUCUACGUGCGUAUUUAUGUAAUAUUUUUACAUAAUUCAGUAAUUUUAUUGAUUGCAAUUUGAGGGACCUGCCUGCCAACCCAGGCCGAAAUUCCAGAGAAUUUAAUUUGCUAGCACUGUAUUUUACCCUGUAACGUUCUACGACACCCUAAAACCUGUACAUGGGGGGUACUGUUUUACUCGGGAGACUUCGCUGAACACAAAUAUUAGUGAUUCAAAACAGUAAAACAUAUCACAGCGAUGAUAUUGUCAGUGAAAGUUACUUUUUUUGCAUUUUUCACACACAAACAGCACUUUUACUGAUGAUAUAAUUGUUGUGAUACGUUUUCCAGUUUUUAAACACUAAUAUUUGUGUUCAGCGAUGUCUCCCGAGUAAAACAGUACCCCCCAUGUACAGGUUUUAUAGCAUUUUUGAAAGUUACAAGGUCAAAUAUAUGGGUCAAAUAUUUUACAUUGAAAAUGGCCAGGUUGGUUACGUUGCCUUUGAGAGCGUAUGGUAGCCCAGGAAUGAGAAUUACCCCCAUGAUGGCAUACCAUUUGCAAAAGAAGACAACCCAAGGUAUUGCAAAUGGGGUAUGUCCAGUCUUUUUUAGUAACCACUUGGUCACAAACACUGGCCAAAAUUAGCGUUCAAUUUAGUUUUUUUACUUUUUUCACACACAAACAAAUAUGAAUGCUUACUUUGGCCAGUGGCUACUAAAAAAGACUGGACAUACCCCAUAUUGAAUACCCUGGGUUGUCUACUUUAAAAAAAAUAUGUACAUGUGGGGUGUUACAAAAUUUAGAAUCUAUUUAGCAGUUUUUUUCAUUCGCUUUUGUAGAGGAGUAAAAGAUUUUUCAAGUAAAAGUCAAAAAACAUGUAUUUUUUUUUCAAUUUUUCAUCAGAUUUUUUUUUUUUUUUUAAAUUAAAAUACAUGAGAUUAUAUAAAUAAUGGUAUGUAAAGAAAGCCCAUUUUGUCCUGAAAAAAACAAUAUAUAAUUUGUAUGAGAACAGUAAAUGAGAAAGCGGAAAAUUACAGCCAAACACAAACACCACAAAAGUGUAAAAAUAUGCCUGGUCGCAAAUGUACAACAUCGCAAAAACAGUCCAGUCCUUAAGGGGUUAAACUGGUUCAUUGGGCUGGAAACCACAGUAAACAUCACAUGCUAAAUUAACUAUUUAUUCAGCUUUCAGUUAAAACAAUAAAUGAUUUUAAAAAGGAUUGCUCUUAUUAGAAUUUUCUAAAUGAUAUGUAGAUGCCAGAAAGCAUUCACUUCUCAUAGCUUCCUCGGUUGGCUGAUUAAAUUGUUAAUUUAGUACAAUCUGGUGUCUACUCUGAUUUCCAGCCCUAAAAGCUAUCUAAGGGGAGUGUCACACAACAAACUGACACAAUAAUGCUCAACUUAGAGCCAGGGAUUUAAAGGCUCUAUAUAAGGUGAGCUUAAUAUUAUAAGCCAGUUUACCAACUUUGCAAAGUCGAUACAUGCUAUACUAUUGGUGUGCCUUUCCUAUUUUUGUGUUUGAGCUUUGAAUCCAACAAGGAAGAUGCUGCCUUAAGGGCAUAAAGGUGUAUUCUACUGAGUAUUCUACUGAGCCAGUAUUUUCAGGCUCUUGCUAGUGUGAAUUUUGUUUAAAUUAUCCAUGCAAUACCAUCUGCACUAUAUAUUUCUUUCUUUUUAUUUGCAUGUUAUACCGGUAUAAGAAAGUUUUAACUAUUUAUGUAUAUGGUUUUUAAAACUCUCCAUUUCUGUAUAUACAUUUUUACUUCUAUCACACUUUCUUUUACCUGUUGAAUAUAGCAUAGACCCAUUUGAUUCGGGGACCCAGGAACUCAGGAAUUGAAUACUGUAUCUGUAUGUAUAAUACACAGGUUUUGCCCUUGGAAUUUUCAAACUGUUUUACUGCUUGUUCUGCUCAUACUUUGAGAAACCAGGAUUAUCAUCUUGGUUUCUGGGGUGGAAUUGUUCAAUGCUUUUCUGUUUAGCUAUAGAUCUCUUGCAGCUUACCAACAGAUACACCACAAUGUCCUUUGUAAUUUACAGUUUGUCUUUUUAAAUAGUCCUGUUCACCAACUCAAUGUAUUCAUAAACGAUUUACGUUUUAGAAGACAUCUUAUCUUAUCUUUGUUUAUUAAAGUACCACUGUAGGCACCCAGACCACUUCAGCUCAUCUAGGGUUAACCCUGCAGCUGUAAACAUAGCAGUUUCAGAGAAACUGCUAUGUUUACAAUAGGGUUAAUCCAGCCUCUAGUGGCUGUCUCAAUGACAGCCGCUAGAGGCGCUUCUCAAUGUGAAAAUCACAGUGAGAAGAUGCUGACGUCCAUAGGAAAGCAUUGAGAAAUGCUUUCCUAUGGACUGAUUGAAUGCGUGCGGCUCUUGCUGCGCAUGCGCAUUCAGUGCUGACGUCGGAAGAGGGAGGAAAGUUCCCCAGCGCAUAGGGAGCCCGGCGCUGGAGAAAGGUAAAAGUUUAACCCCUUCCUCCCCCUUCAGGAGUGGGACACUGAGGGUGGGGGGGGGGCUAUUAACACUAUAGUGCCAGGAAAACGAGUUUGUUUUCCUGGCACUAUAGUGGUCCUUUAAUUAUAUGGCCAGGAGACCACGCUGCUGGUUGGAUUUGUAUUAUCUGUUAUUGUAAUGGAAAAUAUGUUGGUUGUGUGGUGUUUUUCCCUGAGUUUAUGUGUGUUGUGUUGUUUGUUAAACACAGUUUUCCUAGCUACACUUGAGUAUUACAAAUCCACUUACAUGUUGAUAACAGUGACAUUCCAUCUGGAAUUUUAUGGACACCACGGCACAAAUUAAGAUUUGCAUAACAAGUAGUUUGUAGUGCUUGGCAGGAUAUUCUGUUACUUGUUCUUUUGGCAUCUAAUUCCUUAAUUACAGCAUGCUCGAAUACUUUAGGUAAUGGAGUACAGAUUUAUGUCAAUUACAAUAUUUCCUGAGAACCUCCGUUUUAAUGGUUGUGAAGAUGGAGCAUUCACUGGAAAUCUGUGGGAGAAAAUGAUGAAUCUUAACAUGCUCCAUUUAUUCAACUUCUAAGCUGGUACGUUUACAUGCAAAUAAGACAUGAGGUUUGGCGGACUGCUCUACCUGCUCUAGAAUGAUACAGGAUAAAAAGCUUUAAAGAGAUAUUAUAAGCGCCCAAACAACUUUAGCUUAAAGGACCACUAUAGUGCCAGGAAAACAAACUCGUUUUCCUGGCACUAUAGUGCCCCCACCCUCAGGGACCCCCUCCCGCCGGGCUCUAGGGUGAGGAAGGGGUUAAUCUUAGCUCUUUCUCCAGCGCCGGGCGGGGAGCUCUCCGCCUCCUCUUCGGCUAAAUGCGCAUGCGCGGCAAGAGCCGUGCACGCAUUCAGCCAGUCCAUAGGAAAGCAUUCACAAUGCUUUCCUAUGGACGCUGGCGUCUUCUCACUGUGAAAAUCACAGUGAGAAGCACGCAAGCGCCUCUAGCGGCUGUCAAUGAGACAGCCACUAGAGGCUGGAUUAACCCUAAUAUAAAAAUAGCAGUUUUUCUGAAACUGCUAUGUUUAUAGAAAAAAGGGUUAAACCUAGCUGGACCAGGCACCCAGACCACCUCAUUAAGCUGAAGUGGUCUGGGUGCCUAUAGUGGUCCUUUAAUGAAGUAGUUGUAAUGUAUACAUCAUGCCCCUGCAGUCUCACUGCGCAAUUCACUGUCAUUUACGAGUUAAAUCCCUUUUGUUUCUGUUUAUGCAGGCAUAGCCACACCUCCCCUGGCUGUGAUGCACACAGCCUGCAUUAAAAAAAUUGUUUCAUUUUUAACCAGCUCUUAUAAGACAGUGUGUGUACUUUAUAUGCUCUUAUCUUCUGCACUGUUAAUUGAACAGGGCCGGCCUUAAAGGACCACUAUAGUGCCAGGAAAUCAAACUCAUUUUCCUGGCACUAUAGGGUCAUUAGGUUCCCCGCACCAUUAGGGGCCCCCCUCCCACUCGGCUGAAGGGGUUAAAAAAUCCUUGUAUGUGCUACGGAAGUUUAACAGCUAAUAUAUCUCUCAGCUAUGUCUUCUGAGUAGUGAAAUACUCCCUUGUGAAUGUUUAAGGGGUAUAUAUGAGACACAGCUAUUUCAGUUUUUUUCCAAACUUUGAAUUUUGAUGCUGGGCCCAUUUUGGAGCACUUUAGUAGGUUUCUUGUUCAAACUAUCCCUUUAAAGGCUUACCAUUUCCUAAAUAAGACACCUAAAGGUAUCUUAAAUGCCAUAUUUUGAUCUUUAUCAUCAGGCCAUUGUUAUGUUAGUUUGUGCCAAGUGCAGUUGGAAUAAGUGCUUUUGUAACAUUCUGGAGCACUUCAGAAGGUUAUGUUUGUAAAUUACUCCACAAAGGCCGCAUCUAUUUUUAAAUAUAAGUAGCUCAUCAAUUCAAAUUAUGAACAAGACCAUACUAUUUUCUCUAGUCUAGGAACUCGUCUAUACAGAUGUUUUGGGAUUAUAUACAGGCUUUCAAAUUUCUGAUUUAAGUGGAAAAUUAGGGUCAAAUUGUAAACAAUUUGUCAUACUGUGGAUUACUUCUUGCAGACACUCGCUAUUAUCGUAAAAAAGUACUGUUCAGUGUUUUUUUUUUCUUUUAACCCCUGACUAACCUAAUACUAGAUUUCCCAAUUUCCCUCUAACGUCCAUUCACCCCAGCUAAGUAAAUCACUAAGUAAAUUACCAAUUUAAAAUGAAUAAAUUAAAUUAUUAAUAAAUUAAUAAAAUAACCCCUGAGUGUAAAAAACAAAAAAACAGAUCACAGUAUAGUACUGUGAUCUGUAUAAUGUUCACAUGGAGUGAUCAAUGGGUAGGAAAAGGGUUAAAGGUUUAAUUCUAAUUAUACAAUUUAAAGGACCACUAUAGUGCCAGGAAAACAUACUCAUUUUCCUGGCACUAUAGUGCCCUGAGGGUACCCCCACCCUCAGGGUCCCCCUCCCGCCGGGCUCUGGGGGAGGAAGGGGUUAAACGUACCUCUUUCUCCAGCGCCGGGCGGGGAGCUCUCCGCCUCCUCUCCUCCUCUUCGGCUGAAUGCGCAUGCACAGCAGGAGCAGCGCGCGCAUUCAGCCAGUCCAUAGGAAAGCAUUCACAAUGCUUUCCUAUAGACGCUGGUGUCUUCUCACUGUGAAAAUCACAGUGAGAAGCGCUGAAGCCCUCUAGCGGCUGUCAAUGAGAAAACCACUAGAGGCUGGAUUAACCCCAUUAUAAACAUAGCAGUUUCUUUGAAACUGCUAUGUUUAUUAAAAAAAAAAAAAAGGGGGGGUUAAACCUAGCUGGACCUGGCACCCACACCACUUCAUUAAGCUGAAGUGGUCUGGGUGCCUAUAGUGGUCCUUUAAUCACUAGCAGCACACAAAGUAACUCUCCAAUCCACCUCUCUGCUCUCUAGCAGCAAUUUUGCAUUAAUUUUAGUAAAUAAUGGAAUUAUUACGUCAUGGGUCUGCUUGGCACGGACUGCCAUGAUGGAAUAAUUCCGUCAUUGGUACUUAAGGGAUUAAUAAAGGAAUUGAGUUCUCUUUGUGAUAUUCCCAUUACAUGAUCUGCUAACAUUUCUUUUGCUUUAGUAAAUAAAUCCCUAAAUAUAAAUUUCUUCUACUUUGAUGGGCAAAUCCGAUAUUCAGUGAUCUAGUCGUUUUUUUUAUUUUGAUUGUUAUAUACAAGUACUGUAUAAUACACCUGUAUAUACAUUGGAUCAUACUGUUUUUAAGAGAGGUAUUACAAGAUAUAAAUAUUGACAUUCUCAUUUUGUUCAUUUUUUUUUUUUUGUGGUGUUGGAACCCUAGAAUACAAACAGAUUUCCACUACAUGUCAGUUAAGCAACAAUUGGAAACUAAAGGACAGUUAAUGGUAUUAAUAGUUAAGCGAUAUAGAAUGUAAGCUUCUUGGGCAACACCAUUUUCUGUCCUCUAUUUUGAAAUUAGUCAUGCAGAGAAAAAAGCAAAACAGUAACACAAACAAUAAAAAAAAAAAAGUUGAAAUAAAAUCAAGACAUUGUAUUACACUUGCUAGAUUUCUCAGUCAAGCAGCCUAUUCAGAAAUCACAUACAAUUUUUCAAAAACCUAAAAGCACUAAUAAUGUUUUAAUGUUUUCUCUUUCAUGUCCAGCUGCCUGCCUUGUUCUUGGGUGUAUGAUCUUUCCUGAUGGCUGGGACGCAGAUGAGGUUCGGCGUAUGUGCGGUGAAAAGACAGACAAAUAUUCUCUUGGUGCAUGUUCUGUGCGUUGGGCAUACAUCCUGGCUAUUAUUGGGAUACUAGAUGCCCUGAUCCUCUCGUUUCUUGCGUUUGUACUUGGCAACAGAUUGGACAGCUUAAUGGCAGAACAACUCAAGCUGGAAACUAAAGGUAGGACUCAUCCCCAGAGUCAUUACAUUUUUGUACAUGCCCUGAUAAUACACAACAAUAUGUUUGCAUAUUUUCUUCACUGGGAAAUUCUCUGAAAUGAGACAGCAGCUUUUAUGAUUUUUCCUCCAUAUAUAAUUAAUUUAAAGUCCAUUUCAUAUAAGUCAAGUGAAUACAAAACUCUGGAUACAUUAUGUUGUGCCUACAGUUUUGGAAUCAGUUCAUUUGCUUGUUUUUAGAUGUUUUGCUGCAUUUCAGUUUACCUGCUGUUAAAUGAAAUAUGCAGUGGGCAUUUUGGGCACCAAUCUAAACCACCUUCACUCUUCGCUAGUUUUCUGUACAUGCCACCUGGUCUAGUUACUGUGCCAUACCCCGAUAAAGCAAGUUUCAAAGGUUUGAAGAAUAAGACAUUUGAUGAUGUGCAUGCUGAAGAUUGCUUAGGACAAGAGACAGAAGAAUCUAGUAAAACUAUAUUUUUAUAAUAUCUUAAGUAUUCUGCUCUGUUUGAAAACAUGUGAGCAGAACAUACAGUGAUUUUACUACAUUCCAGUAUUUGAUUGACACUUUCUGUUGUCAGGUUUAAAUUGGCAGUAAAACCGCAUAGAAUGUGCAUUUCAUAAUAAAGGCAAUGUAUUUGCUUAUAGGUGUUCUAACGUGUACAAGUAAAUCCAACCUUGUAAACAUGUGCACUGAUUUAACACAUCAACACAUUUCCAACUGAAGAGGGCCCACAUUCAAAUACUGGUCCAAUUGAGAUUUUCCAUGCACUCUUUAUUGCACUUUUCCUGCUUUCCUUGUGAAUAUUACAACAUUUUUAAAUGGCAAAGGUAUUUGUUCUAACAGUUUGGGAUACUGUUAACCGACAGCAGUUUGUCAAAUCUGUUCUUUAUUUUCAAUCAGGAUCCCUAGUAUUAGCAUAUGGUAAUAAACAGCAGGUGGUUGUUUUGUUUUUACAUAAUAGACUUUUAUUACAUUUCAAAAUAUAAUAUAUUUGUACAUUUUAGUAUUGAUUAAAGAGCAAAUGUUAAUUCUUAAGCAGAGGUAUUUUCUUUAAUAACGGACUCAAUAUCAGCUGUUUGUGAUGUUUUUAUUUAAUCAUUUUUUUCAAUAAACCUUUAUUCCUUGAUUAGUUGCACUUCAUGUUUUUAUAUUAAGGAUAUUGUUAACCCCCCCAUAGAGGGUAUACACCUAGAAUGUAAACUACUUUGAGCAGGACCCCCCAAUUCCCUCUGUUCCUGUAUAUCCAACCAUUGUAGUAGUAAAGUUAAGAAGUCUCCAGCUUAAACGCUAGAAAACCAUUGCAUAUGCAAAUAGAAGAACAUUUGUCAUUUUAACCCCUUAAGGACACUUGACAUGUGUGACAUGUCAUGAUUCCCUUUUAUUCCAGAAGUUUGGUCCUUAAGGGGUUAAAGGCUAGAAAGAAAUGAAAUAGUCAUAUUUAUUUUAGCACAGAUUACUAGAACACUCUUACAUUGUUUUUGUUAGCUCAGCUAUACAUAAUACAUAACUUGCAGUCAUGUAACUAAUUUGUAAGGUAUUUGAGACAUAUUUCUUGAUGUUUUUUUAUUUUUACAUUUUUACACAUCACAUAUUUUCGUGCUCUCUAAACAACUGUAUUGAGAAGAGACACUGACGAGGCAGCAGACGAACUUAAGCUUAGCCCAACCCUACAAAAUCAUGAAAUAUAUUAACCCCUUAAAGACCAAGGCUCUUUUGAGAUGUGACAUGUUUAUGACCAAUGUGAAAUAAAAGAAACGGUCCAGGUAGAUUUAAUGAAGAUCAGUGCAUAUUACAAGCAGCAACAUUUUGACCUCCAAAUGAGGUCUUUAUCAAGCUUUAUUUAUUUGACUGUAAACACCCCACAAUUGUAUUCUGCUACUAAUGUCCUACAUGUAUAACUUAUCCCCUCAUCCAACCACUAAUCCUACCCUUAAUCCAACCCACAAUCUAACCCCUAAUCCAUACCAUAAUCCUAUCCAUAAUCAAUCUCCCAAUCCAUCCCCAAUCCCACAGCUUAAUUCCACCUUUUAAUUCUAUGUUAGGAUUCCUUCUGCUGACAUCAGUAAACACAAUGUAGUGUGUGAAUCAUACGUCUGAGUGUGAUCACUUAGCCUCUGUGAGUGUUGCACAUAUCUAAUUUCUCAGUCUCAGGCCACAAAUUGUGGCCUUAUAUUACAGACUAGACCUUUAUUUAUCAAAUUAUACCUGUGAUCCCUUUUUUAAGCUUCUGAUGGGCUGGAGGCAGACUCAUCACUACCAUGGAUGUGCGAUUACUAUUAGCACUGCACAUAGCUCAUCUAUCAGUCUGGGCCCACUAACCGUGGCCCUAAGGUAUCCAGUGAUACCUUGGACUCCUUGGUACCAACAGGGAUUUAACUCUAUGCCGUCAAGAGGUAUUAAAGUCUUGCACUGCACACCAUGUGAUGUAUACGUGGUUAAGAAACAUAACAGUGAAACAUUUAUUAACCCCUUAAAGACUGAGGCAGUUGUACAAGUUGUGAUCAAAAUAAAACGUAAACAAAACCUUGAAUUUGCGCUAUAUGUCUGUUCAAGUGUAAUUCACUUCUUUCAUAUUACCUGCACCCACACUUAUCAUUUAUAAUUUUGUUCAGGAGAAACAGGGCUUUCAUGUCACAUCAAAAAAUGUAUAUAUUAAACAUAAUUUAAUAUGAAUAAAAUAUUAAAAUUAUUGAGAAAUUAAGAAAUGUUAUAUUUUUUUGUUGUUGUUCUGUUAGCUGUUUCUGCAAUAUAGUACACAUAUUUGUAUUCAACGAUGUCUCACAAGUAACACAGUACCCACAAUGUACAAUGUAUGGUGUUUUGGAAAGUUACAGGGUCAAAUAUAGCACAUUACAUGUUUCUGUUUAUACACAUUGAAAUUUGCCAGACUGGUUAUGUUGCCUUUGAGACCAAAUGGUAGCCAGGAAUGAAAAUGAAUCUCAUGAUGGCAUACCAUUUGCAAAAGUAGACAACCCAAGGUAUUACAAAUGGGGUAUGUCCAGUAUUUUUAGAAGCCACUUAGUCACAAAUACUGGCCAAAAUUUGCGUUCAUAUUUUUGUGUGAAAAAUGCAAAAAAACUAAUUUGAACACUAAUUUUGGCAAGGGUUUGUAUAUUAUAUGUAUAAUUAUAUAUAUAAUUAACAUCAUUCUAAGUGUAUUUUAAUAUUAAUAUAUAUAAUUACAUAUAAAUUAAUAAAAUACACUUAGAAUAAUGGAUUGUGUAUGUGUAUAUAAAAGUACUUAGAUCAUAUAUAUACAUAUGCACUAUAUAUAUGAUCUAAGUACAUUUUAUGUACUUUAUUAACUUUCACUUACUUUUAAAAACUUUUUUGCAGGCAUUAGGGGGACAGCCUGAAAGUUCAGGCUGUCCCCCUGCAGGCACUGCUCAAGCCAGCUAUUCCGGCCAUGUGAUCACAUGGCCCGGUGAGGGCCAGAUUGGUCAGAGCAGGGCUGCCUGAGCUCCCAGGAUGACACCAGGAUCGUGACCGGGAUGGGAUAGGAUCGGCAGGGUAAGGUAAGUCCCCUGGACGGCUGGAACGUUCUAUGCCUUCCUCCGGCGUUUAGAACCACACCAAAAAGGACGUUAUAGAAUUCCCGCUGUCCUUAAGGGGUUAAAGAUAAAUAAUGCCAGCUUCAGGAACAUUCUCGUACAGGUUUAUAAUUCAAGCCCUGAAAUAGCAUUAUUAUGGUUAAAGGAACACUAUGGCGUUAGGAAUACAAACCUGUAUUCCUAAUGCUAUAGUGCCCCUCUCCCUAAAUUAUUAGUUCCCCCUCCCACUCUCUGGUGAGCAAAGAGUUAAAAUCCCUUUUUUCACUUACCCUUUUCCAGCGUCAAGGCUUCCUUGUCACCGGCUAGGUCUCCUCCCUCCACAACAUCAUAGUGGGAUCUAAUGCGCGGCUCUCACUCCUUUAGGCACCAGGAAUCAUCUCUAUUAGCUGUCUGGAAGACAGCCAUUAAAGGUGGACUUAACCCUGCAAUGUAAACAUUCUCAGAAACUGCAAUGUUUUACAUUGGAGGGCUAAACAGACAGGGGCACUGCAUCCAGACCAUUUAUUUGAGGUGAAGUGUUUUGGGUUCCUGUAGUGUCCCUUUAAUUGUUGUAUACCCUCUAUGAAUAUCAAAUCAUGUUUAAAAUAAGUAAAAAUUAGAUAUCCAGAAUAUGAUUUAAAAUGAAAAUCAGACUAGCCAAAAUAUCAUAUGUUGAUUUUUGCAAUGAAGAUAAAAACCAACAAUAUUACAUUUCUCAAAACAUUAUAAUUAAUAUUUUAAUCAAUAUGUAUAUAAAUAUAUUAUCUAGCAUUGACCUAUAACCUAGCCAGGCUCAAGAGUUAAUCUCUUGAAUUUAAAAAAGGAUAAGAAAAUAUAUAUUUGCAUGUCAAGGGCAUAACCCAAAUAGUUUGCUUAGAAAAAAAUAAGACAGCACUACAAAACUCACAUGUAUGACUAUAUACAGAAUGUAUCUUGGACCAACACCAAUCAAGAAUACCCACAAUGUGCAAUAAUCCCUAAAAGAGGCUUACACAGGCAGACAUAAAGAUUUACUUUGUCCCCAGGGAGCUGAGCAUUUACUAAAAGUACAAAGCAACCAGAGCUUACAAAUUAUAACAGAUGUCUGACAAAGUUUCAAAAUACAGGGACAGAAAUGUACAGUAUCCAGCAAGGGGGGAAUAAACAUUAAUAUGUGAUGGCAAAGGAUGAUCUAAUGUUUUGCUCCAUUACCAGAAAACAGGGCAAUGGUACUCCUCACAUCAUAACCACUACAGCCCAUUGAUGAUGAGUAUAACCCUUUAACGAUUUAGGCAUUUGACAGGUUAUUUCUGGUGUUGUUUGCCCAAGGUAACUGUAGACUCCAAUAUGUAACUGAGGUAUUAGGGCCGAUAGAAUCUAUGUUGAAUGCUGUCCUCAUUGAGUAGCUGGAGGUAUCUGUAGACUCCUUUUAGAGCCAAGGCAUUGUAGGCAACAAUGGAUUUUCUGUAUAACCCAUGUCUCAUUUGAUACAUGGGAUGUCAUAUUGGGUGUAAUUUGUCUUGGGUAACUGUAGGCUCUUAAUGGAGCUGAAGUAUCAGGGCUGAUAUUAUGUAAAUUGAAUCAUCAACUGGAGGUAUUUAUAAACUGUAUUUGGAAGCAGAGGGAUUGUAUGAUUUGUAUGAACUAGCUGGCAGCAGAUGAGGAACAAAUAUUAGGCACCUGAGAGGUCAUAUUGGCUGUAAUUAGCCUUUAGUAACUGCAGGCUCCAAAAGGAUCUGACUAAUGUAAUUUACACUAAAUACUUACCUGCAGUUAUUCUUUCCCCUGUAAAUAGUAGAUCAACUUGCCAUUGUUUUUUACAUUUCUGUUUUUGAAUUGCAAUACUUUAUCUGUAGAUAUAGGUAUAAUUUGUCAAUUGUGCUUACUUUGUACUUUUAGUAAAAUGCUCAGCUCCUUGGGGACGAAGUAAAUCUAUAUGUCUGUCCGAGUAAGCCUCAUUUAGUGAUUCUUGCACAUAGUGGGUAAUAUUGUUUGGUAUUGGUUCAACAAAAAAUAGCCAGAGCAAUGAGACAUCUAUAUAGCUAAACAGUGCACAAAAAGGACAGCGAAACAAUGCACAAAAGAACACACAGAUCUAUAGCAAAACAAUGCAAGGAGCAGAUAUUUGAAUAGGAAACAAUGCACAGUGCAUACACAACUCAGUAGCAAAAUAAUGCACAGAACGGAGGUACCACCCGAUAGUAAAAGAAAGCACUGAGCUGAAAGACAUUCCUAUCAUGAACCAACACCCAUACCAUAUAGAAUUAUGCCCAGAGCAGACAGACAUAUGAAUGUAGAAUUUUCAUUUUGGCUAUACACUGCUAUACAGACAUUUUCAUUAAUACCAGUGAGAAAUAGAGUGAUCGUAUUUCAAAAAUACAACAGAACUUCAUAAACUUGAUAUUAGCAUAUUCAAAGCAGCGAAAUAUUGAGUAACAGAACCUUACCACCGUAACAACACUAAUUUGCAUAACUAUAGCUUACUUGCAAUAAUGCUGCAUUUUCAUUAAAACUAUACACAACCAGUGUAUGACCACAGAACAUAUGGCGACUAUUUACCACAAGGCAUUUACACAUGUGGAUGUCUAUUUCUGGCUACCACUACCCUUGAAGGGUACUGUUGUGCGUAAUGCCAUAUUUAAUUGACCCUUAUUGUAAAACUGUGAUAAAAUGUGUUUUUAAUACCUGUGCCUGGAGACACCAUCACUACAUGUAGGGAUAGAAUGCAUGCACACAGUACUAAAGUGUUUACUUAUAUAUAUGUAACCGUAUUUCAUAUUGCUAGAUAUCUAUGUAGGAUAAUACAUACCCACUUGUAAAACCCAAAUCACAAGUACACUCAUAAACCCACCCAUACCCACAAAUCGCCACUGAUAUAUACAAAUUUAUAUAAGCACAUAGGUAUGAUUAAUAUAUACAUACAUCCACUUCUAUGGUGAGAAAAACAGACUGGGGAGAAGAAGAUUAGCGAUAUUAGAACAGCAGUAAACAUCCCAUCACUAGGUCAGCAGCACUGAUUCAAGUGAUCAGAGCCUGACCCAGAGGAACACCCACAAAAAAAAACAACUGAGUGUGUAUCAGAAGAUGCCAUUAUCAACCCUGUGUGACAUGGAAUAAGGGCAAAUAAACUGUAUGUCAGUGCUAUUCAUAACACACUAAACAAGGAGUGAACCCAGUGAGAUGUGAGGCAUGUGUCCCCCAGCGAGAAGUGCUUGGGAAGAAUCGCCAAAGAGGGGGGAUGGGUGGGGGAGAGCACUGGAUUGUGAAUAACACACCCCACAAUCACUUGUGGCCACAGAAGGAAGUGAACCCUGGAGACCAGUGUGACUGUGCAGUGAAUAACAAAUAUUAAUUCUGAAUGGCAAAACUGAAGUAAAAAUAAUAAUAAUCACAACUUGGCUAUUUUGCCUCAGCUUUGCAGUUUGUUUAGUGAUAUCAGUAGUCAUAACCAUGUCCCACAAUUUAGGUUAGCUCAUAUAGGUUGCAAAAUGCCUCUCACAACUCCUGGCUUACAGCCUUUUCAUACAUAGAUAUGCAAUUGUAUGUAUAUCUCAGUUUUGUAUCAGUCUUUCCAUAGGUUUUUAUUUUACUUUAUUUUUACAAAAAACAAUUUAAUUAGAUACAUUAAGGCAUAUUGAUUAUAUUUGUGUAAAUGCAUAAAAAACAGUUUAGAGACAAACUUCAUAUGAAAUCUUUUUGCCGCAGGGUUUAAAGGUGGGGUGUUAAAACGGGCAGAUGAAAGGGGCCUUUUAAUUCACAGUUCAGGAAACUAUAUUAAAAUUAAAGGUGUUGAUGUGGGAUAUCAUCACAAUCAAGCAGUUGUGGCAUGGAAUGAACUGACUGGUACUGACAUUUAGUUAUGCCCACUCACCUCCUGUGUCGCUGCUCAAACAGGCGUUCUAGGCAACCUUCUUAUGUUCCUCGUUGUAAACACAAAUAAUGUUAUCAGUACAUAAUAUUUUGAUUCUUCAAAUGUUUCCCACAUGAAAAAAAUAGAUUUUGAGAUACACAGAAAAAGAAAAAUGGAAGACAUAUUAUUGUGCAGGAUAAUAAAUAGUAAUAGAGUAUUUGUACAUACAAAAUAUGUUGUAUGUGAACUGAAAGGCCUUGUGUGAUCAUUUGUGUGAUUCUUCAUCCCUCUCCUAUAAAGUGUGCAGGUUUAAAAAUGAGAGAUAAUUAGAUAAUGAAAUAAAUAAAUACUUGUAUGGCCAGUGGGAUGUAGUUUGCUUACAGCUAGGGUUGCCAGAUCCACCAUGUUUUCAAGGACACAUAUUACAUAUACAUAUUGAUGGGGAGCACAUGAAAAGGAUUGCAUAGUUUUAUGUAGAAUUCAGAAGUAGGUGUACAAGAUUAAGUCAUUAGGCAGUGCAGAACAUUACGAAAAAGGAGAAAAUUAGCGCUCAACUGCCACACAAAUAAAUAAAGGAGGCAGCACUUCUCUGAGAGGAGUCCCCUAUAAUCCCCUGGCUAUUAAAAGACAAAAACAGAUAAAAAAGGAUAAGAGUGUGCCUAAAAUGUAUAAUAAAACAUAUACAGAGUGUAAAAUAAAAUAUCAGAUAAUAAAAGUAAGUAUAAAAUAAUAAGCAGCAAUAGUCCAAAACACUUAUGAAGAGUCCGUAAUGGUGGGUUCUUUUUGAGGAAACAGGGAAUCCUGAGGCGUCAGACGGAGUAGAAUCUUCACAAUGGUAUACUCGGAUCCAGUGAAGAAUAUAUGAAAGGGAAACAGAAACAGGAACUCCAAUGGUACAGUAUAUCAGCGAGAGUAAAAUUCUAAAAUAGUAAAAAUAGCCGUACUCACAAUUUUCAGAGCUAGGUCCUAGCUCUGAUAUUAUGCGCGUGAAGUGGAAUAAUCCCCAAUCAAGGAUAUGCAAAGUAGUAUUUGAUUGGAGAGUUCCUGGCCCAGGUUCAGUGUUCAAAUAGAUAUUGUUCGACCCAAAAUGAGAGAAUAAGAAUAUAGUGCUUUCUGUAUGUAAUUGAGCGUAAGGAUGUAAAGUAAAUUACUUACAUUCUAUAGAGCAGACUUGUACUGCUCGGUGUGAACGUUUGGGUGGUAUAAUCCCCAUCUAUGGAUUCUUUAGGUUCCUUGUGGAUGUAGGUCAGGUGCAGAAGUAAAAUGAAAUAAAGAAAAUAAAGAAAAAUGGCAAUAAAGUGAUAGUAAUAUCUAAACGCGUUUCACCUCAAAAGGCUUCUUCAAGUAGAUAAUAAUAAAAGCCCCUCCUAUAAAGUGUGCAGGUUUAAAAAUGAGAGAUAAUUAGAUAAUUAAAUAAAUAAAUACUUGUAUGGCCAGUGGGAUGUAGUUUGCUUACAGCUAGGGUUGCCAGAUCCACCAUGUUUUCAAGGACACAUAUAACAUAUACAUAUUGAUGGGGAGCACAUGAAAAGGAUUGCAUAGUUUUAUGUAGAAUUCAGAAGUAGGUGUACAAGAUUAAGUCAUUAGGCAGUGCAGAACAUUAUACAUACUGCAAAACAACCCUUUUCAUGCGUUUUCAUGAAUAUGACACAAUUAUACUUCAAGGUAGACCUCCGAGCUAUGACACCCAUGACUUGUAAUUAGGGAUUAUUCUAGUUUACAGUGAACGAAUAAUCAAAAUUUUAUUAAAGACAGGAGGCGAAUAUUUGCUUAUCUUUCUUUAUUGUAACUCCCAGCAGCAAAGAAAUAGUUAACAAUGUUGUAAAUUCAACCAAUCAUAACACAUCAUAGAACAAUAUAGUGCCACCAGACUCCUCCCACUUCCUCUUUCUUGGUGGUGCCGAUCAGUAGUAGAAUCAACCCUGUAAACUGGAAACAUUCAGAGGCUUUAACUCGUAGUGAAGUCAACCAUGUAAACGUGUAGUCGAGUAGAACAAGCUGAAAUUUUCACACUAGAAGAGAAACUUCGUGAAAGUAUGGUCUCUUGGACAAGAGAAAAACAUAAGUACGCAUUCUAAAAUGAUAGCAGAUUAUCUGGUAGGAUUUAAAGGACCUAACGGUACAAUGUGACGUAGGAUUAUAUCUUACUAGGCUAACCAAUCGUAUAUCUACACAUCAAAUUGCAAGAGAGUGUACAAUGCAAUAACCAUAGAACAGGAGACUUACCCUGAGGGUGGGUUCCAGAGUGAACGAAGGGAGGGAAAAUAUUUGCCUCCUGUCUUUAAUAAAAUUUCGAUUAUUCGUUCACUGUAAACUAAUAAUAAUCCCUAAAUUUAUGGCAAGACAGGAGGCUUCAUAUUUGCUGUUUUAACGCUCUUGAAUAAAGGAACAAGCCGCAUGUGGUGUUGGUUUAAAAUAAAAAGUGCAAAAGGUAGAUUCCCUUGACAAAUCUGCGGAGGUCAAAAUAUCCGCCAUGGAUGCGGCCGCUCCCCUAACGGAGUGAGCUCCGAAUGAUCUAUCAAUUCCUGCUUGGAUAAGCAACCAUCUUAUCCAACGUGCGAUCGUGGGGGAAGAGACCGGUUUGUGAGGUCUAACGUAAGAGACAAAAGGAGGUCCAGUAGGGGAAAGUAGAGAGAUAGUGUUCUCAAUGUAACAACGGGUACACAGGGCUACACAGAGAGACGGUCUGUCGGGAAAGUAGGGACCAAAGACUGAAGAGGAAUUCGUCUUAGUGCGUCUAGUAAUGGUAAAUCUGACACCGUCUGGUGCAAAGGUCACAGCAUGAGAGUCAAAGGCUUGAACGUCUGAAACUCUGCAGAAGGACACCAGGCACAGGAGCAGGGCCAAUUUCGCAGAGAGUUGGCGUAGGGAUAAGGCCUCGUUAGGUGGCCAGGAAUCCAACAGUGUGAAAACCUGAGAAAUAUCCCAGAAAUUAGAGUAUUUGGCAAUAGGUGGCCCGCGACAUGCCAAGCUCCCUUGAAACUGUCCAAGCUACUAGUUGAAGAUGGCCCUGUAGGGCGAGGGGAUGGUAAUCUCCCACUGGGUUCCUGAGGACUCGAAAGGAGCGAGGUAGUAGGAUGGGGUAGUCUAUUGAUAGUUCCAGGAGGGUGGGGAACCAGGUCUGAGCCCUCCAUAGUGGAGUGAUUAUUACUAUCCUGACCCUUUGCGCUUUGACCCGGUGAAGGGUCCGUUGAAUCAUCGAGAAGGGAGGGAAAGCAUAGGCUCCCUCCCGUGGCCAAGGUUGUAAAAAAGCGUCAAUUGCCAGAGAUAGAGGGUCUGGUAGCCAGCUGAAGAAAUCGUCUGUCUGACGAUUUAGACAAGAUGAAAAGAGGUCGAGUGUGAGGGGUCCCCGUAGGAGAUGAAUGUGGUGGAACAGGAGAGGGUCUAAUUUCCAGUCGCUGGCAUCUCUCCAAUGACGCGAAAACCAGUCCGCAACUAAGUUGUCGGAUCCUGGGAGAUAUUCCGCUCGAACGGACAGAUUCCUGUCCAGGCAGAAUUGGAACAGGUCCUUGGUGAGAUCGAACAGAAGUUUGGAUUCGGAUCCUCCGAGUCGGUUUACAUUCCGCACCACGGAGACGUUGUCCUUCCGUAGUAUCAGGGAGCAGUUGGAGGCGUCCUUGGCAAAGCUGCGGAUCGCUAAGGAAUCCAGCAAUGAGCUUGAGGCAAUUUAUGUGGAGCGCCUGUUCCGAUGGGGACCAAAGACCCCCUGUGGAGGUUUGGGCACACGUAGCACCCCAACCCAAGAGGCUUGCAUCGGAUUCCAGAAUAAAAUCGGGUUGAGAUCCGAAGAUCGCUUUCCCAUUCCAGGCUUCCAUGUUGCGAAGCCACCAGUGGAGUUCGAUGAUAACUUCGUCUGUCAGAGAUAUGAAUUGAUCGUAAGAGGUUGAGCGAUGCAAGUAGGAAGUUUUCAACCGUUGCAUUGCUCUGUAGUGUAAAGGCCCGGGAAAUAUAGCUUGGAUAGAUGCGGACAGGAGUCCAAGAAUGUGUGCAAGGUCGCGGAGCCGAGGUCGCUGUGAAGAAAGUAAUUUUUGGAUUUCUUUCUUUAUGUUUUUUAUUUUGGGGUAAGGCAGUUGUAAAGUUGCCUGAACGGAAUCUAUUUGAAAGCCCAGAAACUGGACUAUCUGAGAUGGUUCCAGAUCUGAUUUCUGGAAAUUUAGGACAAACCCAAGGUUUUGAAGGAGGGCAGAGGUCAUGUGCGUGUGUUUGCGAAGCAAAUGUUGGUCUUGGGCCAUAAUCAGGAUAUCGUCUAGAUACAUGAUGGAACGUAUUCCCUGAAAGCGGAGUAGUGCCAUGACCGGUUUCAUUAACUUGGUGAAACACCAAGGGGCGGAGCAAAGUCCGAAAGGAGGGCAGGUGAACUGCCAAAUUUCGCCUUGCCAGAGAAAUUGAAGGAACGCACGAUGACUUGGUGCGAUUGGGACCGUAAGGUAAGCAUCCUUGAGGUCGAAUCUGGAGAACCAGUCUCCCACGCAGAGUAGGUCCCUGAGAAGAUGGAUACCUUCCAUCUUGAAAUGGCGGUAUGUGACAAAUUGAUUCAGUUCUUUGAGGUUGAUAAUAGGACGGUGGUCUCCCGUCUUUUUCCGUACAAGAAAAAUGUUGCUGAGGAAAGUGUAAGGGAAAGGCGAAGGUUCGAUCGCCCCUUUGUCUAGUAGUUUGUGUAACUCUGAGUCUAAGGUUAGUAUGUCUGUUUUUGACAUCUCUAAAGGAGGGAGCCUUUGAAUGGGGUGUGUGAGAAAAUCUAUUUUGAAACCCCUGACUGUAUGGAGGAUCCAGUGAUCCUGAGAAAGUAGUUUCCACUGUUGGGAAAAAAAGUGUUAAUCGACCUGCAAUUGACACAUUUUUUAAAUAAGUAAGGUCCAUUACCUGAAGCAGUGCGUCCGCGCAGGGAUGCAGAACCACAUCCUCGAAUAGAGCCUCUGGAUCUAAAAAGCUGUCUGUGGUAGGGUCGCGUGGGUCCUGAGGACCAAUAGUCUGUGGGUCGAGGCCUGUAGCCUGCAAAGGCUGCUCUACUGGUAGCUCGGCCCCUGAAGCGACCAGCUCUCCCGGAAAAACUUUGAGUUUGGUAGCGGAAAACCCUGCGUAAUGAGGACUGGGCUUUAUUAAGUGUGGUAAAUACCGAGACAUGCUUGGAGAGGUGUCGCAUAAAACUGUCACCGAAUAGUAGACCAUCUGCUUCUGGUCCCAAUUCCUUAGAGCUUAAAUCUACCAAUUUGGCAUCAAUUUUAUAAAGUGCCGCUUUUCGUCUUUCUAUUGAAAUUGCCACGUUGGCAUUGCCCAAUAUGCAUAGAGCUCUCUGAGCCCAUUCUCUUAUAGUGUGUGGAUCGAAUUCACCGCUAGUGAGUGCAUCAUCUGCCAGGAUAAAAAUCUGGAUUAUAGGACCUGAAAUGUCCAGAAGCUUGUCUUGGGCUGCUUUCAACCCUUGUUCAGUACCCUUACGAGGGUCUUUGCCGGAUUUAGUUAAAAAGGUGACAAGCAUGGGGUCGAACUCAGGAGUAGAGGCAACUUUGCACAGAAUAGUAGGUCUUGGGCAUUCAGCCCUCAGUUUAUUUCUAAGUUCUUUCUCGAGGGGCUUGCGAAGCCACAUUUUGCAGUAACUGGCAAUGUGAUCAGGAGGGGCCCAUUCUACAGAUCAUGAGUGACGAAUAACCCUUGGAUCAAAAAAGGGAAGGCCUGAAGCAUCCAGGAGGGUGUCUGAGGCAGGCUCUUUAGAUGAAGGGGCACCCUUAGCAUCCUGAACAUGAAAAGUUUCCUUAACAAACUCUGAUGUUGAGGAAUCCUGGGGCACAUUCACCGUAGGAUCCUCAUCAGAGUAGGUGGUGUCAUAGUCGUUUAAAAUAUGACCAGCUAGUCGGGAGGUAGAGCUCUCUAGAGGGUCUGUCGGAUUCUGCAUAGUAAAUGGUUGGGAAUGUUUGAGAAUUUUUGCAGGAGCUUUGCCUUUGCCCGCAGUAGAGCUAUUCCCUUUCCAGGGUCGUUUGCACGGGGCACUUUCUUGGUCUGAAAGGUGGGAAUCCUCUGAGUCAGAGGGUUGGUGUGUAGAGGGAUGAACCUCUGUAGUAGAUUGCUCAUGAUAAGCUGCCAGAGCCUUGGGAAUGGACUCCGCAAUAGUGGCAAACAGCCAAUCCCGAAGUUCUGCAGAAAUUGCAGGGUCUUGGUGUUCCGACAUAAUGUUUAUUAGGGAAAUGACAAUGGAGGCAGAUGAACAACUACAGGUAGGUGUAGUAAAAUUAUAAGGCAGGGUUGGCAAAUGAAGAGAUAAGGCAACUCAACUAGAAUAAUGAAGAGGUGGGGGUCACCCACAUGAAUUGAGAAUCAGUGGGGGUCACCCACAAUUAUUAGGCACAAUCAAAAUAGGGGGUCACCCUUUAACAAAUGGUAAACAGCAACUUAGUACGAAUAUAUAGUAUAUAUAUAUAUAGAUAUAAGAAAGCCAAUGAGGUGGGGUUACCCACUAUAGAGGACCCUGGUGAUAAUCACCGGUACAAUACAGAAAUUUAUGUAGAACUAAAGUGGGGGUCACCCACAAAUAAACAAAGUGGUAUCAGCCACACUUUUUUUAAAUAUUAUAGGCAAUAGUUAUGGUGGGGUUAUGUAGAAAUAAAGUGGGGAUCACCCACAAAAUAAGCAGGGUGGUGUCAGCCACACAAAAUAUUAUUGGCAGUAGUUCUGGUGGGGGUCACCCACAGAAGAAAAAAGGUGGUGUCAGCCACACAACAAUUUUUAAUAAAGGUAAUUUAUACAGUGGAGUAUAAAUAUGUAAUACAAAGGGGGGUCACCCAAACAGUUUAGCAGGCAGGACUUGGCUAGCAGCAAAAAAACCUGCAAGGAUAAAGAAGAAAUUAUGAUCAGUAUUCUGAUCUUCAGUGGCAAAUCCUUAAUACAUGGGCCAAUUAAUAAUUAACUUACCUUCCUGUAGAGGAAUGUAGUAGUGCCCACAGAAUUAAUAAUCCGGUCAGGGGCCGCGGGUAAAAGACGCGAGUGCCGCGAUUAGAAAAUGGCCGCCGCGAGUAAAAGGGGCGGUGCGGUCGUUAGGCGGGAAGAGGGUGAUGAAAAGGGCGCGAAGGUUGUACCAGGAGAAAACGGUCCCCUGGGAAAUGGAGUCCGUUGCACAGAUUCUCCUGACGGGAGGGGGGGAGGGAAGGGAAAGCCCGAUGGGCUGUUUCUGUUUGCGGCUGAAACUCUGACACAAUUAAAGGUAUAAGCCACUUAAAUGAUUAAUAUAAAGAAGGAUGUAAAUCACUCGAAUAAAGGAAAACAUUGAACAGGUGAAAUAAAACAAAAAGGUUUUUAAAAGGUUCUUAAAAGGAAAUUACCCUAAGGAUAAGCUGAAACUGUUAUUAGAGCUAUCUCAGGAUAGGAUUAACAGAUAAAAAUCAUCAAAUAAUCUAAGACAAUGUAAAAUUUCAAAUAAUGAGGCUAGGCAACGUAAUUAGAAUAGACUCACCUGGGAGGCAAGUAGCAAAGAAAGAGGAAGUGGGAGGAGUCUGGUGGCACUAUAUUGUUCUAUCAUGUGUUAUGAUUGGUUGAAUUUUUUUACAACAUUGUUAACUAUUUCUUUGCUGCUGGGAGUUACAGUAAAGAAAGAUAAGCAAAUAUGAAGCCUCCUGUCUUGCCAUAAAAUUCCUUGCUCUCAUACUGUACCUUAACGUUGAGCACACAUGCUCAGUGUAUUCACCUUUAUCCAUGCACUUCUCAAUGCUCUUUCAUGAGAAGCAUUGGAUUGAAAUAUGAUCCUGGAGACACGCCUCCAGGAUGACAUCAUGCUAGAAGGAGGCCGCAGCAGCACAAAGAGUCAGUGGCAAAUCCCCCCCUACUACAACACACCGGGCCCCUUUAAAUUUUGCAGAGACUGAACCCCUCCCAAGAAGAGAUUACUGGGAGGAAGUGACUAACUAUCUGUUACUUUCUCCCAGCUUACUGACCGCACGAGCUGGGAGGACUGAAUAAACUAUGAGAGAGGAGGAAGGAGGAGAAAGAGCUCUGCAGGCAGACUCCCAACCCAUCAUCCUCAACCAGCCCAAGGAGUUCACCUCCCUGCAGCUAACGGUAUGGAAGCAGGGGGUUGAUAUAUCAAUUGCAAUUUGUGUGUCAGUGUGUAUGUUUAGGUAUGUGUUUCUGUGUGUGUGUCAAUGUGUAUGUAUGUGUGUCUGUAUCUGUGUGUGUGCCAAUUUUUAUGUAUGAGUGUCUGUAUCUGUGUAGAUAUGUGUGUCAGUAUGUGUAUCUGUGUAGGUAUGUGUGCCAGUUUGUGUGUAUAUAUAGGUAUGUGUGCCAGUGUGUGUAUGUAUAAAUCUCUGUGUGUAUCUGUGUGUGCCACUGUGUAUAUGUGUAGGUGUGUGUUUGUGUGUGUAUCUGUGUGUCUGCAUCUGUGUUCCAGUGUAUGUGUGUGUCUUUGUGCAUGUGCCAGUGUGUUUGUGUAGAUGUGUGUGUGUAUCUGUAUGAGUGUGUGUGUGUAUUUGUGUGUCUGCCUCUGUGUUCCAGUGUGUAUCUGUGUGUGUAUGUGUGCAUGUGCCAUUGUGUGUAGGUGUGUGUGUGUGUGUGUGAGACAAUGUGUGUAUGUAAAGGUGUGUGUAUGUGUGCCUGUGUUGGUUCAUGUUUUUAUCUAUGUGUGUGUGUAUGCCAGUGUAUGUCUGGCAUCCAAUUAGAGCCCCAUCCCUCCAUUAUAAUCCCCUAACCCCAACUCAUCCCCCUAUGCUCCACUACAGCCCCCUAACCCGUUAAUUACAGCCCCAAUUCCCCCACUGCAGACCCUAGACCCCUACACUAGAGUCCCCUGUCCCCUACACUACAGCCCCCCAGUGCCCCUCCCAAGAUUUGAUUCUGGAUCCGCCCUCUGCAAAGAGUCACCCGUCGAAGGAGAGAAUGUUAGUAAAAUCAUUUUGAUUUGAUUUGGGGGGGCUCAAACUAACAAAGGACAAAAAUGUAGAAGAAAUGCGUAGACAAGAAAUAGACUUUGGAGUAUGCUUCAGUCAUUCGACUGGCUCAGGACCAAGAAUGAGGGACCGGUAACUUGUAGAUAUGAAUCAGUCACCUAAUGCUUAACCUGGUUAUUAGUGUUACUGUUAAGUAGGCGCCUGCCCUGAUGUAGACCAUAAGCUGUCACCACCGUCCCUCGGACCCAGCCACCUAUUGUGUGGAAGUCCUUCCCUUCAUGGGGUCGGAAGAGGAAGCCAACUAGCCGGCGUUCAGACUUCUGUAUUCGUUGUCUCUGCUUCUCCAUGUCCACGUGAGUGUGUUGUGGCCUCAUUCUGCCCCAACAACAUCUUGCUGCAAGCCCAAACACACUGCGCCUGUAAACCUCUUGCUAUCUCGAUUAGCCUCUUCUAUAGGGACCGGUAUAACCCACACAGUUCCAAGGGAGGAGGAGACAGAAACUCAUGCGUCAGUGAUCAGUGGUCUGGCAGACACUUCCACUAUGUCUUCUCCAGGCAAUCCUUGGAACUGCAGUCCCCCGUAGAUAGGGCCAGACCCAUUUCUAUCAGUGUAGAAUGGUGCACAGUCUCUGUGUCAACUCGCAAGUUCACCACCGAGUUGGAGUUACAGCCGUUAAGUAUCGAGAUGAAGAGCCGUUUUAGUUUCUCCGGGGAACUAUAACAGCAUCUGUCUUCUCGACAUAGUGGUUAGGCCAUGCGCUACUCAGAGCUAUUUUUAAAUGUAAUAACCAUUUCAGCAAGUUUUGAAAGGAAAUAGAUUUUGUUAAAUUAAGUAUAUGUUAAAAUAAAAAAAGAGAGAGAAAAAGUAAUCCCUACCUUAGUAUAAGACAGGAUCCUAUAAAUGCACCUUGGGUCAGACAUUGUUUGAAAUUGACAGUCGAUCUAACAAAGCUGCUGUUCUGGGAGACAUUGAACAUUGAAGACCACAGAGACUAUAUAGGGGUUUUCAAACAACAGUGUGACCCAACGUGCAUGUAUAUGGCUGAAGGAUCCUGUAAUAUACUAAAGGUAUAGAUGAAUUUUCCUAUAUAUUCCUAUAGUUUGAAACGUGUAUUCCUGUAGCUGUGAAAACACCUUUUAGGUUCCAGACCCCUUUUUCUCUGAAAAUGCAGUGUUUACAUAAAAAUGUCUGCAGGGACAUUACACACACCAGAACUAAAUUUAAGUGUAGUUGUUCUGGUGACUAUAGUGUCCCUUUAACAAAAUAUCUAUUUUCUUUCAAAACUUAAUGGAAGGAUUAUUAUAUUAAAAAUAGUUUUCAGGUGACAGUUGUCCUUUAAAUAAAAAUAAUCUUUAGAGAUAUUUUUCCUCCAAAAGCAUAUUAUGAAGAUCAGAUUUAAUUAAUACAUUUAUAGAUUUUUAUUUUAAUUUUUUGAUAUUUUUUUUUUAAUCAUUGAUUUCUAUUCACCGUGCUUACAAUCCUGGGUCUCUUUUGAUCCCCCAAUUAAUUUAAUAUGCCCUGUAUAGGAGCACAAGAGCAGUAAUGCUCCCUCACCUUGAAUGACAACAUACACUGUUCACCCACAAUAUUAAAACCAUUGACAGGUGAGGUGAAUAACAUUGAAUAUUUCGUUACAAUGGCAUCUGUUAAGGAGUGGGAUUUAUUAGGCAGCAAAUGAACAGUCAGAUCUUAAAUUUCAUGUUUCAGAAGCAGAAAAAAUGCAAAAUGAUUUAAGUGAUUUUGACAAGGGCCAAAUAGUGAUCACUAGACAGAGUCAGAGCACCUCCAAAACGGCAAGUCUUGUGGGAUGUUCCCGGUAUGCAGUGGUUAGUGCCUACUAAAAGUGGCACAAGGAAGGACAACUGGUGAACGGGCAUCAGUCAUGAGUGCCCAAAGCUCAUUGAUGUGCGUGGGGAUCGAAGGCUAGCCCGUCUGGUCCGAUCACACAGAAGAGCUACCAUAGCUCAAAUUGCUGAAAAUGUAAUGCUGAGCUUGAUAGAAAGGUGUCAGAACACACAGGGCAUCUCAGUUUGUCGAGUAUGGAGGUGCGUAGUCGCAGACCAGUCAUGGUGCACAUGAUGCCCCCUAUCUAUUGCCAAAAGCACCUUCAAUGGAGUCAGAACUGGACCAUGGAGCAAUGGAAUAAGGUUGCUUGGUCUGAUGAAUCUUGUUUUCUUUUUUGAUCAGAUGGAUGGCUGGGUGCAUGUGCGUUCUUAAAGGGACACUAUAGUCACCAGAACAAUUACAGCUUAUUGAAUUUGUUCUGGUGAGUAGAAUCAUUCCUUUCAGGCUUUUUGCUGUAAGCAUUGUCUUUUCAAGGAAAAUGCAGUGUUUACAUUACAGGCUAGUGAUAACUUCACUGACCACUCCUCAGAUGGCUGUUAGAGAUCCUUCCUGGGUCAUGGCUGCCUAAAAUGCAUCCAAACAUUCAGUGUCUCCUCCCUCUGCAUGCAGACACUGAACUUUCCUAAUAGAGAUUCAUUGAUUCAAUUCAUCUCUAUGAGGAGAUGCUGAUUGGCCAGGGCUGUGUUUGAAUCAUGCUGGCUCUGCCCCUGAUCUGCCUCCUUGUCAGUCUCAGCCAAUCCUAUGGAGAAGCACUGUGAUUGGAUCAGGCUACCACUUCUGAUGAUGUCAGCAGACAGCUUUUUUUUCGGAGGCAGACAGGGCAGAGCAGGCAACUUCAGGCUUGAAUACAGUAAGAUUUUUACUAUAUUUAUGGAGUCAUGAGAGGCCCAGGGGGGCUAGAUUGUAGUUUUAACACUAAAGGGUCAGGAAUACAUGUUUGUGUUCCUGACCCUAUAGUGAUCCUUUAACUAUGGAAGAGAUGGCAGCAGGAUGCAUUAUGGAAAGAAGACAGGACAGCGGAUGUAGUAUUAUGCUCUGUGUAAUGUUCCACACUGCAAAAAAAUGUUCAAGGAGGCACAUGCCAAAAAGUUCAAGGUGUUUCCUUGGGUUCCAAAUUCCCCAUACGAUAAUCCAUUGAGCAUCUGUGGGAUGUGCUGGAACAACAAAUCCGAUCCAUGGAGGCCCCACCUCACAACUUGCAGGACUUAAAGGAUCUGCUGCUAAUUUCUUGGUGCCAGGUACCACAGGACAUGUUGAGAUAUCUCGUUGAGCCUAUGCCUUGAUCAGGGCCGGAUUAACAUAGGGGCUGAUGGAGCUGCAGCUUCAGGCCCAGGGCCAUGGAAUAGGCCCAUUGAUUUUGGGGGGAUCUUUUUUUUACACAUUACUCUUAGGGUUGCCACCUGGAUGGUAUUUUAUGGUAUAUUUUUAUGUAUAAACAGAGAUUACUCUGCAAUAUCUGCGCCGGCCAGUAGGGGUCACUGUGUGUGGAGAGAGGCAGGGAUAGGUAGUUACAGCAUAUCCCUGCGUCUCUCCAAACACUGAUCCAUGGGGGAGCAGCUACACAGCACAGAGAGUCCAGACAGCAGCUCCCAGCCUGCAGAGACAACCUACAGCUCAGGGAAGUGAGGGAUGGGGUAAAGGCUGCAGGGAGACAUGGGGACACUGGGAGAAACUAGGGGACACUGGGUGACCUGGGAACACUGAGACACUUGGGGACACUGGGAGACAUGGGGCACUGAGACACAUGGGGCACUGAAACAUUGUGAUACAUUGGGACACUGUGAUACAUAGAAGACAUGAGGGGACACAUGGGGCACUGAAACACUUUGAUACAUAGGGGACACAUACACUAGGGGAUACUGGGAGACAUGGGGACACUGAGACACUGUCCCUAGCAUCUGUGUCACCAUGUCUGCUAAUGUCUCCAAGUCUCUGUGUCCCUAGUGUCUCAGUGUCCGCAUGUCUCCCACUGUCCCUAUGGCUCAGUGUCCCCUAGUGUCAAAAUGUCUCACAGUGUUACCAUGUCUCUUAAGUGUCCCCUAGUGUCCAAGUGACACUGGGCAACAUGGGGAAACGAGGGGGCACUGAGACAUUGUGAUACAUAGGGGACAUGAGGAGACACUGGGACACAUGGGGCACUGAAACACAUAGGGAACAUAGAAACUAGGGGAUACUGGGAGACAUGAGGACACUGGAAGACUAGGGGACACUAAGACACAGGGAGACACUGGUAACAAUCCAUCUUUUAUUCAGCAGAAUAAAUGUGAGUAGUUUUUUGGUGAUUUUACAGAAUUUUCUCUUAGGUCACUCCUCUGCGUGCUAGUAAGGAGGUUAGGAGCAGACCAGCGAGUGCUAGGGCACAGUCCUUAGAAAUCGUGGAGCGAACUCAUCGUUAGACACAUUUAUGCUAAGCUCAGGGUGCUGUCUGCAUAGUUUGCCCUUAGUUGGCCAGCCUGCAUGAUUGGCAGGCAGCCUGACAUGCAUUCAUGCCAGGCUGGCCUUCCAAUUCAUUAGGCAGACACGCCCGCUUUGAGCAACUGUGAAAGUGUCCCCCUUCCCAUUUUUUCUAUAGUCACUUUUUUCAUUUGUGAUUCUCUUUCCUUAUCUGAUGCCCUCUUCCAUAAUCUUGUUGCACCCUAUAUAACGCUCUCCUUUUCUCGUAGCAAUUCUGAGAAAUAAUUUUUCCACUAUUCUCACGAAAUGAAUAUGUAAAUAAGAAUAAACAAACAUGUUAGCCUGCAUUUGUGCAGACACUCUUAGUAACACAGAUUUUAAACACAGAUUUUUAAAAAAUUUUUUUUUUUUUUUCAAAAAGGGCCAAGGUCCUAUGAUUUGCGCAAGUCUUUUCACAUCUUACCCGUGAAUCACUUUCCUUCAUCUUCAAUUUCUGCGCAGAGGUAGAUUCUCUGUCCUAUAUUAUUCAAAGCUGAAUUCAGCAACCACUGAAUAUAGACACAUGACUGAGUGCUUUCACUGUAGCUACAGUGCUGACCAUUUAGGUAAUAGCUUAUCAUCUCCAAAGCCAGUCCAUAGUGCAGUAGCCAUUGCAAAAAUGGUCCUGCAGUUAUAACAAAAGUCUGGCUUUCUUUCUUUUUUUUACAUGCAUAGAAGCAAAAUUCUAUAUUGCAUUGCUAUGGCAACCUGGCUCCAAGAAUUCGUCAAGCCCCUUGACUAAACAGAAUUGUAUGUGUGUGUGUAUAUAUGUAUAUAUAUAUGUGUAUAUAUAUAUAUAUAUAUGUGUAUAUAUAUAUAUAUAUAAAAUGUAUAAAGUCCUUGCACUCACGCUUUAGUGAACUGGUAACCGGGUGCUUGAAAUCCAGGAAAAUUCUAAUAUAUUUAGAUAGUGAUCAGCACUCUCGGAUUUUUGAAGGUUUAAAACUUACAGUUUAUUAAUCAUCCAUUAAAAAAAAAAAAAGAUCAACGUUUCACUCCCAGCAGGGACUUUCAUCAGAAUCAGGCAUAUACACAUACAUACAGUCAUGGGAAAAUGAAAAUACUCCCUCUUUGAAUUCUAUGGUUUUACAUAUCAUGACAUAAUAACAAUCAUCUGUUCCUUAGCAGGUCCUAAAAUUAGGUAUAUACAACCUCAGAUUAACAACAACACAGGACAUAUUACACCUUAUUUAUUUAACAAAAAUAAAGCCACAAUUGAGAAGCCAUUACUUAUUUAUUUUUUAUAUUUUGCUUUUCUCUAUAAAGGAAAGGAGAGAAGUCACAUCUUUGAAAACGGGCUCUACCACGUAAAAAGCAGCUACUCACCAAAAUGCUCCAUAGAAUCCACAAUCAGGAAAUUAAUAGUCCUUUAGUUUGAAGGACGUCCCCAAGUACCAUAACCACUACAGUGUGCUGUGAUGAUUUGUAAUAAUUCUGUUUGACUUUGUACCUAGAGUCUACAUACACUACUUUCCAGCUCUCUGUUUCCUCUCUGAGACCUGGAAGCUCUGAGCUAAGCCCAACAGUGCAGCUGAUCAAUCGCAGACGACGAGAAGCAAACAGACAAUUUGGAGGCUUUCAAGUCUUUCUCAACUAGAAUUGUAGUUCAAAGCAGAAGGUGAUGCUUAAUAGAGAAGUGUUGUUUUUAAAUGGACCCUAUAGGCACCCAGACCACAUCAGCUCAUUUAGUGGUCUGGCUGCAAUGUUCCAUGUCCCUUAACCCUACAGUGGUGAUUAUUGCAGUUUCUGAGAAACUGUAAUAAUUACCUCUCAGGGUUAACUCUACCUCUAGUAGCUAUCUACCAGACUUCUGGGUGCUUAGACAACUUAAACGUUAUGCAUGAGGACUUCCAGCGUCACCGGAAUCCCCAUAGGAAAGCAUUGAUUAAUGCUUUCCUAUGGGGAAAUCUUAAUGCGAGCGCAGCCAUUGGCGCACAUGCGCAUUAGGUCUCCCCGCUGGCGGAUGUCAACGGGAGGAGCGUGGACGGAGGGACAUCAGCACUGGAUUCAGGUAAGUGACUGAAGGGGUUUUAAGCCCUUCAGCGCCACGGGAGGGGGGUUGCGAGGGAAGGGGGUACUGUAGGAACCUAUCGUGCCAGGAAAACGUUUUUGUUUUCCUGGUACUAUAGAAUACCUUCAGGCGUGGUAAUUGCUGUGCAUAUGAAUCUGAUUGGAUAGAAGUCAUCAGAACUUAACUGUUUUAAUAGUGAAAUGGGGGCCCAAAACAUUGCAAAGAAUACUUUUGUAUUUAUUUUUUUUGUGCAUUGACAAAAUCACAUAUAAAUGUAGACAUGGCAUUAUGAAGAGAGGAGAAAAAAUAAAAUAUUACACGUCUAGUACAUUGCUAUGCCACUAAAGGGUCAAAUGAACAAAAGAGAGGUAAUGGUUAUAUUCGUUCAGCCUACUCUAGCCUCUGUGAAAACCGAAUAUAGCAGCCCUGUUCACAUUAUCAAAAGUAAGCUGCACCACCACGUCCAGGUCCAUAUGCCAGCCAACCAUAUUGGCCCAUGGAUCCGGCUGUGCUCAUCAUCUGAAUCAGAAGUCCAAGAGUGUCCAAGCUGAUGUAGGCCUAUGAGUAUCUGUGUGACAGACAUCAGCCUGCACGGGUUUCUCCAGGGUGUUGGGUUUUAUGGAGGAGGUCUCCUUUCAGAGGCUCGCAGCCAAGGUAAGUGUUAUCUUCGCUUAUGAGGUUGAGAGGAAGCAGGCUUCUGAAUAUUUCCAUCCCUCUUAGAAGUCACCUUUGUGUUGUGUGAGCGCUGGUUCAGCCUUGCAAAAAGGAGUCACAAAGAUGAAGUCUCACAUAAAGAUUGCUGCACCGCACUUGCAGACUAGUUAUAGAUUGGGCAGACGCCAUUUUGUAUAGAGUACACAUUUUUUACAGAGUCAGUGGUUAUAAACAAGCAAAGUGUCUUUGUUGUCACGAGCUGAGAUCCCUUCCAGUGGGGAUAACUGCCGCCGGGCUAAAGAGAAGUGACAGAGCCAGCCGUAACAGCAAAGCGUCAUAGGAGGGGAGAAUUGACCGCAUUUCCCCACCUCCAGUAGGCUUAUAGGCCGCAGUCAAGAUUGAGUGAGACACCAAGUAAUUCAGUAGCUGGUGCCGGAUACAACAAUCAGAGACUCUCUUUAAAUCAUUGGUUAUAAAAUUGUCUCUUAAAAUAUCCAGAUUACAGUAAUAUUUUAUAGUAAAGUUCCUUUUAUAGCAAAAGCCAAGGAGCCCAUGCAGCCCACGUCUUGCUCACUCUGCAGUCCGGCAUCUCCCCCUAAGCAGCACAUUUUAAAUCGAUUGUUCCUUAUACCUACUGCUGCAAUUACCCCUCGAUUUGGUGACUACUUGAUCAGCAAAGCACAGAUUGUGAAAUUUCUGACAAGCACUCUUGAAUGAGCUAUUUGAAACAUGGAUAGUAUGAUACAGAGACAUUAGAAUUCAGACCAUUUACUGUGAAUCUGCUUUAUAUAGCUUCAUUUUGCCAAACCUUUAUGCAAGCAGCUGUCAUACUACAUUGUAUCUUACUGUGGGGUUAGUAAGGUUUCAUUUAGUUUGUUAUGGAAUAGUUUGCAGAAUGGUUUGUCAUUAUGAAGUCUCACUGAGAAAUCAUAGUCUAGCGCGCAGACCAUGAUGUUUAUUGAGUGAACUGGGGGCAAGUUGUAAUUUUAGAUUGCUCUAAAAUGUAAAUAUGUUAUUUUUUAUAUAAUGUUUGUUUUGUUCUAAAUUGAUUGAGUUCUUUAGCAUUAAAGAACCGCUUGUUUCUGGAAAUCGAUUGCUGUCAUGUAUACAUUAUGUUUACAUUAUUCAAAAGAAAUUUAAACAAGUGUUGCAACACCUGCAAAUAAUGGAAUAUGGCAUAUGUUUUCUAAUUGUGGUUAUUUAUCAAGACAUAAAUUCAUAAGAGCCAAGAAGAAAUUAAAGAAAGAAAGGACAUAAAGAUGGAGAUUAUUUAAUAUAAUCAGACUAUCCAAAAUCCCUCAACUAAUGACCACUUCCAUGGUAGCAUAUAAUCUGUGUCUAUUGUUAAAGAGGAUUCUGGCCUGCAGCCGCGCUACAGCCCCCACAACCAAUACAAGCCCUGGGACCGGUGCAACAUACCUAUUGCCACGUUGUGCUGGUCCUGCUGGGUCUUUUUUCAUUGUGUUCCCAAGAUGGCGGCACCAGGAAUUCUGCACUUUGCCUGUAAAAUGAAGCUCAAUUGUGCAAGAGUCAGCACAGAGUGCCAGUCUGGAAGGAGGUAAGUACAGCCUAUGACAAAGUUGAUAAAGGCCGUGGAGCUUGACUAAACCUUUGUCAACCGUCAGGUUGUACAUGAGGAAAACUUGUCCUUUUCAUUAUGCAUUUUUGUUUUAAGCGUAAUUUUGAGAAAAAAACGUAACAACUUAGGAGACGGGGUUGGAACAUGCCAACAUAAAAAAAGUAAAGGAUCUAAUUUAACUGUUCCAAUUCUUUUAUUGCUUUGUGUUAUCUUGAGUCAUGCAAGGCUAGGGGAAAAAAAGAAUUGUCUGAUAUAAAAAUUUUAGAUAUGAAAAAGAUGCCUACAGCAGAAGUUACAAUGGUAACACAAAAAUGAAACCUAAUAAUUUGUUUCACUAUUGGCCAGUGUAGGUUAAAGCUCUCUCCUGACCAGCGCCAAAUGGCUACAAGAAUUUGAGCUUUCUCUAGCAGUAGAGGCAACUUUUGUAUGCCCUUGCACUGCAUGGUAUUCUUAGUCACAGCAUUGGGAGGAUGUGAUAUAACCAGAGUUAUACCGAACAUUACGAUUUUUUGACCCCGAACCAGAACCCGGACAUUUCAGUAACAAUUCGAGUUCGGUGUUCGGAGAUUUAAUGGCGCGUUUUGAAAAGCUGCAGGGCAGCCAGUCAACAAGCGUUUGACUCAUGUGCCCUUAGAAGCCAUCACAGCCAUGCCUACUAAUGGCAUGGCUGUGAUUGGCCAGUGCAGCAUGUGACCCAGCCACUAUAUAAGCUGGAGUCACGUAGCGCCGCUCAUCACAUGAGCUCUUAUUAGUGUAGGGAGAGGAUGCUGCAGCUGUGCAGGACAGAUUAGGAAAGAAUUCUGGUGUUGAAUCUGCAAACUACAUUGAUUAUUUUUGUGGGUGCUAUACUACAUUUUUGUACCCUGCCCCAUAAUAUAAUCAAUCAGUAAAUAAUAUUAAUACACAGAUAUACUCUUUCCCUGAAUACCAUUGAUAACAGGUGAUAUCACCUGUUACAGAUCCCUUACCUUAUUCUAUAUAGAGCAAUCCAGAUACAUUCUACAUGAAUCCAAUCCAUGCCCUGUAUUCUACCAUGACCAAUAAAACCCUUAAAUACUACUGUUACAUUGUUGGUUUAAAAAAUCACACUUUUUUGUGCUAAAUAGAACAUUUGCGGCCUGCGGUGCAUUUCUUGCAGUCCAAUAAAACCCUUAUAUACUACUGUUACAUUGUUGGUUUAAAAAAUCACACUUUUUUGUGCUAAAUAGAACAUUUGCGGCCUGCGGUGCAUUUCUUGCAGUCCAAUAAAAUCCUUAAAUACUACUCUUACAUUGUUGGUGUAAAAAAAAUCACAGGUUUGGUGGAGCUCCUGUUGCAGGGAGAGAACGUGGUCGAUCUGUGCCAGCUACACGCACAAGUGAAACACCUUCCUCAGGUGCGAGUAGGCGACAGAACCUUCAGCGUUAUGUGGUAGGCCCGAAUGCCGCUCUACGAAUGGUGAGGCCAGGACAAGUACAGGUGAUAGUAGAUUGGGUGGCCGACAGUGCCUUCAGUUCCUUCACAUUGUCUCCCACCCGGUCCCUUGCUGAAAGCUCAAAGUUGGCACCUGCAGCCCAUGGCCAUCUGUCUUUCACCUCACCCUCUUGCAAAUCAGCCAAGCAGUCUGAGCCACAAGUCAACAGUCUCUUAUGCUUUUUGAUGACUCUGCUGGCGGGGUUCCCGUGGGCCAUCCACCUAGCCCUGCCCCAGAAGUGGAAGAGAUUGAGUGCACUGAUGCACAGCCACUUAUGUUCCAGGAUGUGGACAUGUGAGGACCACCGCAUCACGUCUCUGAUGACGAAACACAGGUUCCAACUGCUGUGGCUUUCUGCAAGGAGGGCAGGGUUGAGGAGUGGGUGGAGGAUGAUGAGGUCCUAGACCCCACAUGGAAUCAAGGUCAUGCGAGGGACGUGUGCAGUUUGGAGGAUGAGGCAGUGGUCGCACAGAGGCACCAGCACAGCAUAAGAGGGAGCAAAAGCGGAGCGGCCAUCCCCUAGACAGUACGCCUACUACUGCCCACCGCACACAGGGACCGAGCACACCAAAGCCAGCUCCAAGGAAUUCCCUGGCGUGGCAAUUCUUCAGACAAUGUGCUGACGACAAGACACGAGUGAUUUGCAUGCUGUGCAGUCAAAGCCUGAAGCGAGGCAUAAACGUUCUAAACCUGAGCACAACCUGCAUGACCAGGCAUCUACAUGCAAAGCACGAGCUGCAGUGGAGUAAGCACCUGUCAGGGUUUCUAUGCUGUUUUUAAACAGCAACCCUUCCUUUUUCAGUGUCUGAGUUUUCAGCUGAGAUUAACGAUCAGCUCCUUCAGUAUGUUGCUGAGAAUAGUAAUCAACCCUGCUGCUAAUCAGUGCAGCCUAUUUAAGCAGCUAAUCCCAGUACCUCCUUGCCCAUGCGUGGUUUCCUGUUCCCCAGAAGUCUCCUUGUUCCUGUGUUUCCUGUUUGUUCCUGGUUCCUGACUCUGGCCUUGUUCCUGACUUCGCUGCUCUCCGUUCUCCUGAUCCUGGCUCAUCUGACUGAUCCCUGCUUUCCUCCUGGACUUUGCUUUUGGUUAUUUAUUUGUUAUUUACUAAUAAAGGUGUUUUUGCAUCUAGUUCUGUCUCUGUCUGGUUCCUGGUCCCUAACAGCACCUCAAAAACCAAGAAAGGUCUCAGGCUCCUUCUGCUUCUUCUUCUGCUGCUGUCUCGGCCUCUUCCUCCACCUCUGGAGUGACAGUGGCACCUGCCACCCCACAAAAAGAGGAUGUGGCAGCAACGCCACCACAUGCGCCACUGUCCCAUGGAAGUGUUCAGCUUCCAUCUCCCAAACACUGGAGAGAAAGAGGAAGUACCCCCCUACCCACCCGCGAUCCCUGGCCCUGAAUGCCAGCAUUUCAAAAUUCCUGGCCUUUGAAAUGCUGUCAUUCCGUCUGGUGGAGACGGACAGUUUUAAAAACCUGAUGGCGGUGGCUGUCCUACAGUACGUUGUUCCCAGCCACCACUACUUUGCCAGGGGAGCCAUCCCUUCCCUGCACAACCAAUUGGCGGACAAAAUCAGGUGUGCACUGCGCAACGUCAUCUGUGGCAAGGUCCACAUAACCACUAUAUCUCCCUAACUGCACAUUGGUCAAAUGUAGUGGCGGCUGGGCCUGAGGCGGAUAGCAGUUUGGCGCAUGUCCUUCCGCCACCGAGAAUUGCAGGGCAUUUCUCUUUGCCUCCUGUUGCCUCCUCCUCCUCUACCACCUCCUCAUCCGGUCAGCGUAACACUUUCACCACCAACUUCAGCACAUCCAGGGGGAAACGACAGCACAAAAACCCAACACCGCGCAGGAGCUGUGGACGGGCAUGGAACAACAGACCGAUGAGUGGUUGUUGCCACUGAGCCUAAAGCCCGGCCUGGUGAUGUCCGAUAAUAGGCGAAAUCUCGUAGCAGCUCUGGACCUAGCCGGUUUGACGCACAUCUCUUGCCUGGCGCAUGUGCUGUAUUUGGUGGUGCAGAAAUUCCUGAAAAACUACCCAGAUAUAUCAGAGCUGCUGCAGAAAGUGCGGGCCGUCUGUGUGCGCUUUCAACGUUCUCGCGCCGCAGUGUAACUUCGGCCUUCCCGCUCACCGCCUCAUAUGCGACAUGCCCACAAGGUGGAACUCCACCUUGCACAUGCUGGAGAGACUGUGCGAGCAGCAGCAGGCGAUAGUGGAGUUUCAGCUGCAGCACGCAUGGGUCAGUCGCCCUGCGGAACAGCACCACUUCACCACUUCACCACCAAUGAGUGGGCCUCCAUGCAAGACCUGUGUGCCAUGUUGUGCUGUUUUGAGUACUCCACCAACAUGGCCAGUGCCGAUGAUGCCGUUUUCAGCCUUACUAUCCAACUUCUAUGUCUCCUUGAAAAAACGCUUCAGGCGAUGAUGGAAGAGGAUGUGGCACAGGAGGAGGAGGAAGAAGAGGGGUCAUUUCCAUGGUAAUCAGGCAAGUCAUUCACAAGUGGCUCAGAGGGUGGGUUCCUGCACCAGCAUAUGCCAGGUACACAAUUGUCCAGCCAGGCACAGUUCUGGAGGAUGAGGAGUAGGAGGAACCGUGUUCACAGCAGGGUGGCACCCAACGCAGCUCGUGGGCCUCACUGGAGCGUGGCUGAAGGGAUACGGAGGACACAGACGAUACACCUCCCACAGGUGAUCCGUUACACUCCUUCUAGUUCAAGAUUAUUAGUUUUAAUUUUUAUGUAUUUUGUUAUUUUAAGUUAUUUCCCUAUCCACAUUUGUUUGCAGGGCACUUGUCCUACUCUUACCCCCAUUUUACUUCCUUUUGCAGCCCUCUAGCCCUUUCCAGGACUUUUUUAGAGCCAUAUUAGUGCCCAAAAGUUCGGGUCCCCAUUGACUUCAAUGGGGUUCGGGUUCGGGGUCAAGUUCGAGUCCCAAACUCAAACUUUUUGCCGAAGUUCAGCCGGACCCGGGGAACCCGAACAUCCAGGUGUCCACUCAACUCUAGAUAUAACAUAAUUGUCUUCUAGAAUGUUUAGUUAGGCUGCUGUGCGAGAGACCGAAGGAAGCCCCAAAAUGAUUUAGCUUCCAAAAAAUGCAGACACCAUGCUGUCUGCUAGAUACCAGUGUCAAAUUGUAGCAAACCUCCCGAUUUUCCUUUCACCAUUGACAGCAGUGAGCAACAGGAGGGAUUUGAAGGAGAAUUAAAUCAGCUCCACAUCGUGGGUGAUCAUGUCCGUCUGUAUGCUUGAGUUAUCAGUAACGCAUGUGUGUGAGUGCAUAGCUAGUUGUAUGUAUAGGUGAUUAUAUGUAUAUAUGUAUUUGAAUGAUUAGUUAGUUGUAUGUGUUUUAUAGCUAGAUAGAUGUGCAUGUACAUGUAAGUAUCUUCCCUCAGAAUGGUGUAUACCAGUUUAGGGAUAAUGUGACAUCGCCACUCCCCAUCUCUGUUUAGCCUCACGAAAGACAAGGCAGAUUUAGAAAUACUUUGCUAUUGUUACUCCUAUUAGAUAAACUGCUUGCAUGACAAAAUAAAAAUAAUGUAAGCAGUAAUGCAAACAGAUGCACCCGUCAGUUUUAAAUUUAAAUUUUAGGAGGAGGGUAAUACCAUGCAACAAAGAGAGACAUGAAGAAACACUUGAAUGAUAGUAAAGGGCAAUAUCAGGGUACUCUUGGCACCAUUACCACUACAACGUGCUAUAGUGCUUGAAGUGUUUAUUUAUGAAGCAGUGUACACUACCUGACUCGCAGAGUGAAAGCUGCCAAGGAGGAUGUGGCAGAUUUCCACCAAGGUAUGUACAAGGGAAUCUGUUUGUGACAGAAAGGGACUUUAAAGGGACUCACCAUAGCUUUUCCUGGCACUGCAGGUCCCCUCUCCCACCUCCCAAUUCCCGGUUGCUGAAGGGGUGAAAACCUCUUCAGUCAGUUACCAAAGGCAGCGACGAUGUCCCACGUCGCUGCUUCUUCCUCCUCCGCCGCUCCCCCCCUUCAUUACGUCAGCGGGCGGGGGAGACUGAUCCUGCACGCCGGCUGGGGAGACCUAAUGCGCGGCAAUGCUUUUCAAUGCUUUCCUAUGGGGAUUUUAGCGAAGCUGGAGGUCCUCACACAGCGUCUACUAGACAGCCACUAGAGGAGGAGUUAACCCUGCAAUGUAAUUAUGUUAUGAAUGUUAUGAAAACUGCAAUAAUUACAGUUGCAGGUUUAAGGGUAGUGGGAGUUGGCACACAGACCACUCCAAUGGGCAGAAGUGGUCUGGGUGCCUGAUGUGUUCCUUUAAUGUGUCACAUGGCACAAGAUGCAGAGCCUCCCCCCAUGCUGACAUAUCUGCCUGCCAGUUGCUGUUUGAAAAUAAAGGUUGUUGCUGUUUGUACCAAGAAAGAAGCUGAUUGUCUGUCUCUUUCUUUGCUGUACCUAUCCAAGAUCUGCUAUAAUGUGAAUGCUGGAUCCAGGGACUCCAAGCCCAGGUCAUAACACUUAGUAUAGUGAUCAGCUGUGCAAGUUAGUGGAAGUACCCACGGACGAUAUUAGUCCGUAUCGUCACACUAUUCAACAGCUUAGGUCCCUUCCUCAGGAUCUUGCACUGAAGGUGGACAUGGAGGAAGGGGCAGGAGAAACAACAUUAAAACAAUUAAAGGCAUAUUUAAUGCCAUUACUUCAGAAAAACUUCCUUGUUUUCAAUGUCUCGUGGACAUCUACUCUUCAGAUUCAACUUUAUUGUCACUGUACCAUGUACAAACAAGGGCAAUGAGCCUCUGAACAGAUAUGCAGCAGUAAUUUAAAAUACUAUUUUUGUGUUUUGUUUUUUUUCUUUUCAAAAUACAGUGAGGGAAAAAAGUAUUUGAUUCCCUGCUGAUUUUGAACAUUGACCACUGACAAAGAAAUGAUUAGUCUGUCAUUUUGAUGAUAGGUGUAUUUUAACAGUGAGAGAAAAAAAUCCAGAAAAACGCAUGUCAAAAAAGUUAUAAAUGGAUUUGCAUGUCAAUGAGUGAAAUAAGUAUUUGACCCCUUCAACUUAGUACUUGGUGGCAAAACCCUUGAGGUCAGACGUUUCUUGUAGUUUGCCACUAGGUUUGCACACAUCUCAGGAGGGAUUUUGUCCCACUCCUCUUUGCAGAUCCUCUCCCAAGUCAUUAAAGUUUCAAAGCUGACAUUUGGCAACUCGAACCUUCAGCUCCCUCCCCAGAUUUUCCAUGGGAUUAAGGUCUGGAAACUGGCUAGGUCACUCCAGGACCUUAAUGUGCUUCUCCUUGAGCCGCUCCUUUGUUGCCUUGGCUGUGUGUUUUUGGUCAUUGUCAUACUGGAAUAGCCAUCCACGACCCAUUUUCAAUGCCUUGGCUGAGGAAAAGAGGUUCUCACCCAAGAUUUGACGGUACGUGGCCCCGUCCAUCAUCCCUUUGAUGCGAUGCAGUUGUCCUGUCCCCUUAGCAGAAAAACACCCCCAAAGCAUAAUGUUUCCACCUUCGGGUUUGACGGUGGGGAUGGUGUUCUUGGGGUCAUAGGCACCAUUCCUCCUCCUCCAAACACGGCGAGUUGAGUACAUGUGCUUUCUUGAGCAGGGGGACCUUGCAGGCGCUGCAGGAUUUCAGUCCUUCACGACAUAUUGUGUUACCAAUUAUUUUCUUGGUGACUAUGGUUCCAGCUGCCUUGAGAUCAUUAACAAGAUCCUCCCGUGUAGUUCUGGUCUGAUUCCUCAUCAUUUUCAUGAUCAUUGAAACUCCACGAGGUGAGAUCACCAGACAGAGGGAGACUGACAGUUAUUUUGUGUUUCUUCCAUUUGCGAAUAAUCGCACCAACAGUCUUCACUUUCUCACCAAGCAGCUUUACGGUGGUCUUGUAGCCCAUUCCAGCCUUGUGUAAUGUACAACUUGACCAUGACAUCCUUGAACAGCUCUUUGGUCUUGGCCAUGGUGGAGAGUUUGGAAUCUGAUUGAUUGCUUUUGUAGACAGUUGUCUUUUAUACAAGUAACCUUUAAGAGAGUGCUCCUAAUCUCAGCUCAUUACCUGUAUAAAAGACAUGUGGGAGCCAGAAAUCUUGCUGAUCGAUAGGGGAUCAAAUACAUUUUUACAUGCAAAUCAAUUUAUAACUUUUUUGACAUACAUCUUUCUGGAUUUUCUUGUUUUGUUAUUCUGUCUCUCACUGUUAAAAUACACCUACCAUUAAAAUUAUUGACUGAUCAUUUCUUUGUCAGUGUACAAACGUUCAAAAUCAGCAGGGGAUCAAAUACUUUUUUUCCCUCACUGUGUUAGAUGUCCAAACUUAUCACAUCAGCACCACUCUCUCAUACUUUGCCAUUUAUCUCCUGGCUAGGCUACCUUGAUCUUUCACUGAAAAAAAGACUCUGUGAGAUCAUACAAUGACAGAACUCAAUGAUUUUAUUUCAAAGUAACAUAGGUUAUUCAGAAACAAAGAGAGGAGACAAUAUCCCUGAAACACAGGAGACAAGUCCCCUCAAUUCUAAUACCCCUUCUGGAGCAAUAUAUUUGCCCACUACCAUGUAUUACAAAAAAUAAUAAAGUUUUAUUUAAGAUCAUUAAAAUCUCAUGUAUAAAUUCUAUAAUACAUCAAAGUAUUAUGGCUAAGAGUGAGAGAACAUGGAAGAAAGCAGCUUGAAAAGUGUGUAUAUCUAAAUAGUUUAGCUUGAUACUAAGUUGCAAAAAUUCCAAUAGAAAAGUAGUAAGAAAGUGCUACUUCAGGUUACAAAAAAUUAGCAACAAUGUCCAAAAAAUGAUAAGGACAAGCUAGAAAUUCAUUCAAAUUCCCUCAGACUAGUCCACAAUAAACCAAAAAAGUUAGCGCUUCACUAAAUAGCUAUUUAUAAAUAUAUGGUCCUAAUCAUAUACUUUAAGUAUAAAUGGCUCCAUAUAACGUAUCAAAGUGGGUAAAUCGAAAGGAUAGUGAGAUGUAAGUGAAGAGAGUAGAAAAUAAAGUAAGGAGGUAGUAAGGAGAGUGCAGUAGGUCAAAAGACCUGGGCUAAUUCCAAAAAAUCAUAAGCAGAGUGUAAAGUAGAUUGCCCAUAUCCUCUCCCCCCCCCCUUACACACACACAGAGUGAAAGAAACCCGACGCGCGUUUCGGCGGUAACGUCCGCCUUUGUCGAGGGUGUAGUAGUGUGCAGACGAUCCCCCUUCCUCCCCUCCCUUAUAUACACACAUUUGCAUUUGUAAUUGGCGCCAAAAAGGAGACUCGUCACCAGAGGGCUGAGCUCCGGUCUUGUUACGCCCACAUAGUUAGCCGGUGGGAGGUCUCAUAUUCAUAUAUGUAAAUCAGGGUAAAGAGUGCGCGUGCGUCAGGUCUCGGCAUAUAGCCGGAGAGGAGCGCAAGCGCAUCUUAUCCCGGCAUCGGAGAAAAACCCCCAUGUGGGAAACAAGCAGCCAAGAUAAUGCACUGUGUGUAUAUUAUUCCUCAUUCGCAAAAGUUGGCAUUUAGCCAGAAAUCGCGCAUGUGUGCAGUUAAAGCCCUCACACAGCAGGAUACAAAUGUGUCACAUUGUGUUGCCUUUCAAAACAUAUAAAUUCCUUAUGGGAUAACACCAUAUAAAAAAGUAGACAAAUGGAGAGUAGUAAGGUGUAAUGUACCCAUAGUCAGAACACAGAAUAGGAAUAUAAUGCAAGCACAAAUAUAUAAUGGGAUUAUGAAGGGAAAAGGGAAAAGAGGGAUCAAUUAGAAAAGACCAGACAAUAAUAAAGAAAUAAGAAAAGCAUUUAUAUAAUUCAAAAAGCUUAUUUAAGUAGAUAUGCCCUAAAAAGGUAGGUCCAAAUAGUGACAUUAUCCAGAAAACUGAGCAGAGUCUUGGAGUCAAUUCCCGGACAGAAUCAGUCAGUUCAAAUGAGAUAAGUCCUUAUGGGUCAAUAAUUCAAUAUAGUCCCGAUACAAUAUGCAAAACAUGCAUAUAUAUGUUGGGACGUGCCUAUAUCUCCGGAGACUAAUAAAGGAUCAAAUAAAUGGAGCAAAAGAAAAGCCCUCAUUUAAACCCAAGGGUUGUAGUGUCUUAAGUCUAUAGAUCCACCUAGACUCUCUCUGUCUCAAUAGGCGAUCAUAGUUCCCUCGCCUCGGAUGUCUCUUGACCCAUUCAAGACCACAAAAUUUCAAAUUACUAGAGUCACUGCCAUGACAUUCUCUAAGAUGUCUUGAAAUUGGUGUUUCGAGGCGAUUCCUAGGGGACCUUACAUGUUCCAUGAUCCUUUCUUUAAACGCUCUAAAGGUCUUGCCUACAUAUUUUUGUCCACAUGAACAAGGAAUAAAAUUCUGAAAAACACAGGCAACAUUCGUAUGAUUGCCACAUACGACACGGGAUGGCCCGAAGUAAAAAAUUGUUUAAAUAGAUUCUGGCCGAUCCUCUUGAAUGAUGUACAUUUGAAGGAAAUUCUAGGUCCCUGUAUUAAUAUCACAGCCAGAAGAGGCCGUAAUAUUCGUGACCUACUAGUACCCAGUCAUCUAUCCACUAAACCGCAGCCAAGGGACACAUGGUUGGGUAAUCCUCCAUGUGGUUCCUAUGGCUGCGGUAGAUGUGUAGCGUGCAAAUAUAUCUCGAAGGAAUCUAAGGUAGUCCAUGGCAGCACUGGAAAAGUUUCUAUCAAGAUUAAAAACUUCUUCAAUUGCAACACGAAGGGCCUGGUGUAUCUCUUGUCUUGUUCAUGUGGACAAAAAUAUGAAGGCAAGACCUUUAGAGCGUUUAAAGAAAGGAUCAUGGAACAUGUAAGGUCCCCUAGGAAUCGCCUCGAAACACCAAUUUCAAGACAUCUUAGAGAAUGUCAUGGCAGUGACUCUAGUAAUUUGAAAUUUUGUGGUCUUGAAUGGGUCAAGAGACAUCCUAGGCGAGGGAACUAUGAUCGCCUAUUGAGACAGAGAGAGUCUAGGUGGAUCUAUAGACUUAAGACACUACAACCCUUGGGUUUAAAUGAGGGCUUUUCUUUUGCUCCAUUUAUUUGAUCCUUUAUUAGUCUCCGGAGAUAUAGGCACGUCCCUAUAUAUAUAUGCAUGUUUUGCAUAUUGUAUCGGGACUAUAUUGAAUUAUUGACCCAUAAGGACUUAUCUCAUUUGAACUGACUGAUUCUGUCCGGGAAUUGACUCCAAGACUCUGCUCAGUUUUCUGGAUAAUGUCACUAUUUGGACCUACCUUUUUAGGGCUUAUAUACUUAAAUAAGCUUUUUGAAUUAUAUAAAUGCUUUUCUUAUUUCUUUAUUAUUGUCUGGUCUUUUCUAAUUGAUCCCUCUUUUCCCUUCAUAAUCCCAUUAUAUAUUUGUGCUUGCAUUAUAUUCCUAUUCUGUGUUCUGACUAUGGGUACAUUACACCUUACUACUCUCCAUUUGUCUACUUUUUUAUAUGGUGUUAUCCCAUAAGGAAUUUAUAUGUUUUGAAAGGCAACACAAUGUGACACAUUUGUAUCCUGCUGUGUGAGGGCUUUAACUGCACACAUGCGCGAUUUCUGGCUAAAUGCCAACUUUUGCGAAUGAGGAAUAAUAUACACACAGUGCAUUAUCUUGGCUGCUUGUUUCCCACAUGGGGGUUUUUCUCCGAUGCCGGGAUAAGAUGCGCUUGCGCUCCUCUCCGGCUAUAUGCCGAGACCUGACGCACGCGCACUCUUUACCCUGAUUUACAUAUAUGAAUAUGAGACCUCCCACCGGCUAACUAUGUGGGCGUAACAAGACCGGAGCUCAGCCCUCUGGUGACGAGUCUCCUUUUUGGCGCCAAUUACAAAUGCAAAUGUGUGUAUAUAAGGGAGGGGAGGAAGGGGGAUCGUCUGCACACUACUACACCCUCGACAAAGGCGGACGUUACCGCCGAAACGCGCGUCGGGUUUCUUUCACUCUGUGUGUGUGUAAGGGGGGGGGGAGAGGAUAUGGGCAAUCUACUUUACACUCUGCUUAUGAUUUUUUGGAAUUAGCCCAGGUCUUUUGACCUACUGCACUCUCCUUACUACCUCCUUACUUUAUUUUCUACUCUCUUCACUUACAUCUCACUAUCCUUUCGAUUUACCCACUUUGAUACGUUAUAUGGAGCCAUUUAUACUUAAAGUAUAUGAUUAGGACCAUAUAUUUAUAAAUAGCUAUUUAGUGAAGCGCUAACUUUUUUGGUUUAUUGUGGACUAGUCUGAGGGAAUUUGAAUGAAUUUCUAGCUUGUCCUUAUCAUUUUUUGGACAUUGUUGCUAAUUUUUUGUAACCUGAAGUAGCACUUUCUUACUACUUUUCUAUUGGAAUUUUUGCAACUUAGUGUCAAGCUAAACUAUUUAGAUAUACACACUUUUCAAGCUGCUUUCUUCCAUGUUCUCUCACUCUUAGCCAUAAUACUUUGAUGUAUUAUAGAAUUUAUACAUGAGAUUUUAAUGAUCUUAAAUAAAACUUUAUUAUUUUUUGUAAUACAUGGUAGUGGGCAAAUAUAUUGCUCCAGAAGGGGUAUUAGAAUUGAGGGGACUUGUCUCCUGUGUUUCAGGGAUAUUGUCUCCUCUCUUUGUCUCUGUGUAUUGGUUAAUAUAAGGAUUAGGCCCUUUUUAGUACCCCAUUAAUCCACUUUAUGUGUAUUCUUUUGGCUGGAACUUGUUCAGCUAAAGGUGCAUUUCUGUCUUGUAACAUAGGUUAUUGUAAAGACUGAAAGAUGUCCACAACAUCUGGAGUGCCGAAAGUUACCUAUCCCUGUUCUAGGCACUAUAUCCACUUUAAAUAAACACAAAAAGUAUUCAGCGCUAGUAAUCACAAAAUUAGUUAAGGUAGGCAGCAACCCAAAUGAAGGAAAACCCCUCUGGUCCUUCGGUGGAUAGAUACAAAAAAAUAUGGAAGGGCUGCGCCAAAAUAAGGGUAGAUAGUCCAGUAAAGUAUUGCUAGGGUGCCAAUAGAUGGUCUAGGAUACUUGAUAGAGUUCCUCUGUGGAUGCGACUAGUGUAGACCGUUCCGUAUAUGUAAAUACAAGAGAGGUAGAGGCGACUAAUGGUAUAGUAUGAAAGUUCAGGGUGUGAUAGGUAACAAAAAGUAAAGAACUCACAUUCAAGAGAGCUAUGGCCAGCUCUGGUGUGGAUUGCGUACAGCGGUAUAAUCCCCGCUUAUGGGAUAUGUAGGGAGGGGGUCUCCGUCAACACCGUCUGGUAGUCCAGAACUCGGAAAAGAAAGACAGAAAGCAACAAUAGUGCUCUCAAUUUUGAUGUGGUUCAAUGUGCAGAUAAGAAGAGGUAAAAAACUCACAUUUGAGGGAGCUAUGGCCAGCUCUGGUGUGGAUAGCGUACAGCGGUAUAAUCCCCGCUUAUAGGAUAUGUAGCGGCGAUACGUCCAUCAGCACCGUCUGGUGAUCCAAGGCUCCAAUAUAGAAGAAUAAAAAGCAGCAAUAGUGCUCUCAAUUGUGAUAGGUUAAGAGAGUAGUAGAGAAAAUAAAAUAAUACUCACAAAGAUAGAGCAGAUGUACUGCUCUAUGGAUAGGCGCUGGUGGUAUGAUCCCCACCUCGGAUUUCUUGGAGUACUGGAACUUAAAAUUGCCAGUGGAAGUAAAAGUAACCAAAAAAGGUUAAAAUGCCAGGAAUAGGUAAAUUAAAGUGCAUAAAGAGUGCAAAAAAAAGAGGAUUGGUACAAUAAAGUAGCCAAAAAACCUUUAUUGAUCUAAAAUACACAGUAAAAUACAGAAUUAAUAACCAUAAACGCGUUUCACCAUAAGUGGCUUCUUCAGAAUGGGAUCAGUUUUAGCCUGUUCAAGUGGUUAUAGUAUCACAAACCUGUUCCUAGCAGCCUAUUAUUUUAAAAUGUUGUGGAACUAAAUCCCUCUUAACUCCUGCACAGCAGAGUGCAGUACCAUGCUUUGGACUUGCAAGCAUUCACUCUCAGGUUGCAGCACAAGUCUCUUUCUUGUUAUUGUUGCAUACCAGUUUAUUGGUAUACAAGCAAGGAAAUGUAGUUCCUGGCUCUCUGACUUACAGGACUAGAAGGUGGAGCUAUGAACUCUGCUGGUAGAUGCCUUCCUCUGUCAGUUUGACAAAAUUCUCAAAUGAAUGGCUGCUGAGAUAUGGUUCUGGUACCAUAACCAUUUCAGUAAGCUGAAGUGGUUGUGGUGCAUAUAUAACAGUUGAAAGGGGGAGGCACCAUUUCAGAAGAAAGUGUCCGUAUAACAAUCUUGGCCUUGCAGGGAACUGAAUAAAUGAGCCACAAUCUCAGAUAUAGUAAUGUCUUACACUAUGUAUGGUCAUUUUUCAAUACAGGAGUCUCUUUCAGGGUCUAGCAAGCUAUUAACAUAGCAGGAGAUAAGAAAAUCUUAAUUAAACAGAACUUGCAAUAAAGAAAGCCUAAAUAGGGCUCUCUUUACAGGAAGUGUUUAUGGAAGGCUGUGCAAGUCACAUGCAGGGAGGUGUGACUAGGGUUCAUAAACAAAGGGAUUUAACUCCUAAAUGGCAGAGGAUUGAGCAGUGAGGCUGCAGGGGCAUGUUCUAUAUACCAAAACUGCUUCAUUAAGCUAAAGUUGUUCAGGUGACUAUAGUGUCCCUUUAACCCCUUAAGGACACGUGACAUGUCAUGAUUCCCUUUUAUUCCAGAAGUUUGGUCCUUACUACAAUACAAUACCAAAUACAUGUCAAUAAAGUAAAAUGACCAAUCAUAUUAGUUCUUGCAUAAUAACAAUUAAAAAAAAAGUAUAUCAUGUGUCGAGUAUACAAGUGUAAAGAAAUUGCUACAGCCAAAACGCCUUCAAAAAGACCUGCAAUAGUACUGAUAUAUUCCUCACAUAUACUUAAAAGGACACUAUAGUCACUAGAACAACUACAGCAAAAUGUAGUUGUUCAUGUUUGUGUUUCUGACCCUAUACUGUUCCUUUAAUAUCCCAUGCAGAUGCAUGAUGUUAAAACACAUUAUAUCAAAUGAACAAAAAAAAUUGAAAAUAGCAGUGUUUCAACAAAUGGGUAUACAGACAGGAGAAUCCACCCAUGUUUGGACCACACAUCCUUUCUCAAGGGAUACAAUUGGCACCAGAUAAAUAAAGCCCUAAACAACUUUCAAACGAGACUAAGACCAAGCAUGCAAUAUCACAUGACCAGCCACGGUGAUGACAUACUCAAUAAUAACCAAUAGAAUAGCUGGCAUCCAGUUGACAUGAUACCUGUCACCAGGAACACAUGCACAAUAAACUACAAUGUGAAAUAGAAAUAAAAUCAGUAAGUAAAAUAAACCGCACUGCGAAGUAAUAAAAAUAAAACCAUGGUCUUCCUCAUGUUGCAUUUUAGUGGGUUUAUUGCUGCAGCGAAAUUAGUACAUUGUUGCAUUUAUAAACCAAAGAAACAUAGACAGAGUUGAUGACAGGAGAUCUCUUUAAUAUUUUGUGAAUUGUAAACAUGCUUUUAAUACAGGUUAUGGUUAGUUAGUUUGUUUGUUUUUGCUUGGAAAGCAUUGGAUUGGCUGAGUACAUCAACACUGAUGAUCUAAGUCAGGUGUAGUCAACCUGGUCCCUAGUGCCCACUAGUAGGGGGUUUGGGAUUGCAGGUGGGCGGUGCUGAGUUCUGCAGAAAACACCCGGUGGGCCUUGAUGGCCGUGGACCAAGGCCAGCAGGGGGGAUCCUUUCAUCUCCCCUGCUGGCCCAUGCAGUGCCAGCCUUGCUGUAAUCCCUCUCGGGCUGGUAAGGAGAUCAAAGAUCUCACUCACUGUCCUGCUGGCACUUAGGUCCAGCAGAGGGAGGGAAUGGCCUGGGAGGCUCUGUGUUCCUCCCACGAGCAGGCUGAUGAAAUGAUUGCCGCGCAUUACCAUGGCAACACUCCGAUACAGUGCUGUGCUCGCAGGAGGAAAAGAGUCAGCCUGCAGCCGGAGGAGCUACAGGUUAAAGUGAACAUGCCACCACUGGACCACCAGGGCUUGCAGCAUUAUAUCCCCCCACCCUGGUAAAAGGGAAGAAGAAGAGACGGGAAAAAAUUAAGAUAGAUUUUCACAUCUCACCCACCUACACACAGCAUAGACCCUAUGUACCCUUCACAAACACACACGCACUGCCCCCCACACACAGACACACAUAGAACAGAAAAUAGAACAUUUAGGUACAUGUUUUAUUUCAUUUAUUUUAAAAACCUGCUUUCUAAAAAAAAAAUGACACAAAAAAAAAAAAAUCGCACUUGCACUAUAAAAUUAGUUACUGCGGCAAAGGUGGGCGGUAAAGAAAUUUUACCAUUAACAAAGGUGGGCGGGAGGUAUUAAAAGGUUAACUACCCCUGAUAUAAAUCAAAGAGGCAUAGCUGCACGGGGGACACUGAAAGGUAAGUAAACCAUCUGAUAUAAUCCUGGCAGUGCUGACCCACUCACCUAAAUGGUGACUAGAGCACUAUAGUGUUAGGAAUUCAUAUUUGCGUGUGUUCCUUUAAAAUAAAAAUGUAUAGACACUUAAAUAAAAGAAAAACAUGUUCUCCAAAUCACAACCAGAGUGCUAGCCAAGAGAGCUCUGCUAAUAGUAGGUAUAACUUCAGGAAGCUGCCUGAAAAAAAAAAAGGAAAAAACAGAUUGAUAUAGACGUUUGAUAUGGAAUUCUAUAAAUUAAAUAAAAUUGGAAAUGUAGACUUAUAAAAGGAAGAAUUACUAUAAUUGUACUUUUUUAUUUUUUAUUUAUAUAUUUAUCUAUAUAUAUUUUUUUUUUCUUUUCUUUCUUUUUUUCUCUCUUUUUUCUUUAGAGAGGGAGGGAUAAAAAUUUACUUUAUACAUAUCCUGAUUCUUGUAAUAAAUUAUCUCAGAGGGAAAAAGAGAAAGAAAAGGAAAGGGAGAAAGGAGAAAAAGAGAAAGGAAAUGUUUAUUGUAAAAAAUAAUUCAGUGUAAAGAUAUAAAAAGCUGUGUUACUGAAGCCGAAAAUAAGUUAGAAGAGAUUGUAAAAUGUAUAAAAGUAAAAGAUGGUAAUAGAAUAUCUUGUAUUGUGAAUGGUAUCUCUCUAUUUCUGUAUAUUAUUUUUUUAUUUUUAUUUUUAUUUAUUUUUUUUUAUUUUUAUUUUUAUUUGUUAUACUGAUGCACAGUGUUGUGUUUUCUCUGUAAUUUGAAAAAGUGAAAUAAAGAUUUAAACAUGAAAAAAAAGGAAGCUGCCUGUAACGAGUUGGUGCUAUGUCAGCCUAUGAAGAAAUACCAGGAGGAGGAGGAUUUCUCUUCAUUCUGCUUACUUUCUGUUUCUCUUGUAAACAAAAAGAGCUCAGAAAUUGUUCACAAUGUGUCGAAUAAAUUGUUAAUUCACAAAUGUCAUAAGCAAACUGUGACGAGACCAAUCUUGCCACAUUGCAUUGGAGAAGCCUGGUUGCUCGCCUGCUGCCUCUGGACUAUGGCCCCCUGUUAAAAGACUUUAUUUCGCCUGCAUAAAAGCUGUGUUCGUGCUUUUCUGCCGGUUGUUCAGUAGAUUCAAUCUACCGAACAACCGCACGAAUGAAUAGACCACCUGGGAGCUGGAGUGUGCCGGCAAUUAACCUCCCUGAAGCUGCGGUUAACCGCAGCUUAAUUGACGAAUGCUGGGUGGCCGCCAUUCGUAUCCCGAACACGAGGUCGCGGCCAUUUUAAACAUACGAAUGCACAGCGGUGUUCGCCCCUAUUUUCAUGGAACUAAAAUCGGACACAGUUUUGCGCGAACACCGCUGAAGCCGCCGACCUCCCUUCUUGUUCGGUGGAAGUGCACAAACGGCCCGGUGUUCGGUAGUUUUGUUUGAAUGUGUUAUACCCCAGAUAGGAAUCCCAUGGAGCCCAUUCGUAUGAAACUGACUGUAAAGACUUUGGCUACAUGGCGAUUAAACUGUAUUCGUGUGGUGUGAGCGCCAUUCGCUUAAUAAUGUGCGCUCAGACCUGAGCUAUCUGGGGAUAUGUUACAUGUCUGUGUUUUAUGUAAUAAAUGUUACUUUAUGUAUUUUAAAGUAUAAUACUGGUUUUGUGUCCCCACGUGUGUAAUUGAGUUUUGCCUUUGUCUUGGGAGAUAAUUGAAUUACUUCUCAAUUAUCUCCCAGGGCAGAGGGGAGGAAGGCAGGAUGCAUUGUGGGAAUAUACUGUGACAGUGUGUCCUAUUUGUCUACUUGUCUGUCCCUUGUCACAGUCUCCCAUUUGGUCCCCUAGGGGAGUGUCCAGCAGGUGGGAGACCUGCAUAAAUACUGGGCAGGUAGCCCCCAUUAAACAGACCACUGCUUGACCCUCAACACGGAGCCUUGUCUCGUCUUUGGGGGGAUUUACUGAAUGCUGAUAGAGACUGAUUGAUUGCUAGGAGUGUAAGCCGCUUGGAUGCUUUUCCUAUUCGUCUGGUAGCAGCAAUUCGUAUGGUUCCUGUUCGUGUAUUUGGAGUGCUAUAUUGGAUGCCGUUCGGGAGUUUGGAGCAUUCACUUAUUGGCGGUUCGUGUGUUUGAUGUUCUGCAGUAGCUGUGUCUGCAUCUCUGGAAAGGGGGCCGAUCGCCUAAACGUUUUUUUCCCCUUUUGUGCAAAACGGUCCGUUACACAAACCAUUCACUGAUUAAAGUGACAAUAUAAGCAACCAGACUACUUCAGCUCAUUGCUAGAGGGACUUCUGGGCUGUUAGCUGACUGUUGACGAUGGACGUCCUCACGCUAUGCAUGAGGACAUCCAGCGUCACAGGAAUCUUAAUAGAAAAGCAUUGUAUAUUGCUUUCCUAUGAGGAAAUCCUAAUGCGAGCGCGACCAUUGCCGCACAUGCGCAUUAGGUGGGGGGGGGGGAGCGGGAGCUAACAACUUUGUUUUGCUGGCACUAUAGUUUCUCUUUAACAUGCAUUUCUCUAGCAUUUUGCUAAUGAAAAUAUGGAAAAUGUAUAUUUUUGUACUAUAUUAUUACUAGAUUGUAUUAUAUGUAAUUUAUAUUUUAGCCUGUGAUGUUACAGAAUGGUAUGCAGCACGCUCUACCCCUGGUAUCAUAUGGUGAAUCAUUUAUGCUGUAAAAUGAAGUGAGAACAGGAAAAAGGGAAACACAAAAAUAGAUUUGCAUUUAUUUAUAGCAUGUAUUACAGAGAUAGCAUACAGUGGUGAUUAAUGCAUCUUGACAUCAGAGAGAUUUAAACCAGGGACUGACUGGGAUUCUUCUAGCACAGUACUCUAUCAUGCUGUAUUUAGAGGCAAAUUAAUGCUUUGAUAAAUUGUGAAGAUUUCUGCUCUCUUGCUCUUCUUCAUUUCCACUUCUAUGGAAGUGUAAUUUUGCGGGCUUAGCCCAAUAUAUUGUCCUGCCUAGGUACUCAUUAAUUCUGCUUCUGGACCUACUACCACGCCACAACAUGGAAAAAGCUUACCCUAAGUAAAUCACAAAUCAUAAUCUCACUAACAUCACCAAAACAUUCAUCUUUCCUCUCUACCCCUAGUCGUCUUUACUUUCUAUGGAUAACAAUGAGAGAGAGAGAGAGAGAGAGAGAGAGUAACCAUAUCCAGCUGAUGAUAGUUAUACGGUUAUUUCCCUGUUGCCAUUUUACCUAUUACCCAUUCACUGCCAUUUCACAGCUUCCCAAUACCCUUUAUUUAUUCAUAAGAUAUUUUACCAGGAAACAUACAUUGAGAUUUCUCUCGUUUUCAAGUAUGUCCUGGGUCCACAAAACAUUGCAUUGAUACAAUAGGGUACAAUAAAAUACAAAAACAAUAUUAAAACACAAUGUAUACAAAAUGUAACAUAGAAAAAAGGUAGGAAAUAUAUAAUCAACCAUAACAUGUGUAUUCUGUUUUGAGGUAUGUAGAGAGGGAUCUCUUAAAGGACGUCCGGCUUGGUGAAGAUUUUAAAGUGUGCGGGAGGUCGUUCCAUAAUUGCGGUGCUCAGUAGGAAAAGGAGGAUCGGGCUGCUUUUCUUUUGUAUUGAGGUAGACUACAUAAAGUGCUGGUACUGGAUCCGAGGUUAUAGAAGGUGGGAACAGCCAAGGAGAGCAUUCUGGUAGGGUGGGAGCUUCCCAGAAAAUCUCUUAAACACAAGGCUGGAAAGAUGAAGGGUGCGUCUGGAUUACAGCGACAACCAGUUUAGUUCUUUUAGCAUGUCACAAUGGUGGGUCCUGUAAUUCCAUUGUAGCACAAAUCGGCAGAAUGAGGUAUACAAUGUAUUGAGUUAGUAAUUGAGUUAGUAAUGUGGGAAUGCGGUGCAGGUGCAUAUACUACAUCCCCAGAAUCAAUGAUUGGCAUCAGCAUUUGCUGUUCAAUCUUUUCCUUUACUGUAGAGCUUAGGCAGGAUUUGUUUAUGUACAGGGCACCUAGUUUUGGAUAAAGUUUAGAUGCAGGUUUUUUCUAUGUGGAGGCCUAAAAGAUAGAUUGGGGUCUAACAACAAGUAUUUGAAAGAGUGGACUGCGGUCAGUGUGCUAUUUGAAUUUGUUUUGAUGGAUAGGUGGGAAUUGUGUAAUUUGUGUAACUUAGGUACUGUUCCAAAGAUCAUUGUGACAGUUUUGUCAGUGUUUAGGAAGAGUUUGUUUUUUGCGAUCCACUUUUCUACCUCUGUAAACUAGUCUUGGAGCACAGCCUUAAGCUGCGGUAGAUCGGAUUUGCUUGCAACAAUUUUUGUGUCGUCUGCGUACAUGUGUACAUUUGAGGAUUUGCAGACAUUAGGCAGAUCAGUUAUAAAUGAUGUAAAUAGUAGGGGGCCGAGAAUGGAACCUUGGGGAACACCACUCGUGAUUGGGAGAGGGAGGGAGUCGCUGUCAGAAAUGUACACAUAUUGCAAGCAAUUUGAUACAUAUGAUCGAAACCAGGUUAGUGGACAAUCACCAGUACCUGAGUUUUUAAGUUUGUACAAUAGAAUGUCAUGGUCUACUGUGUCAAAAGCCUUUGCAAAAUCUAGGAAAAUAGCUCCAGUUAGGUCUCCUUGUUCCAUGCCAGUUUGUAUGUCAUUGCAAACUUUUAAGAUGGCAGUUGUAGUGGAGUGAUUCGGGCAAAAACCCGAUUAUCAGGGGUCAGAUGGAAAAAUUUGUGUCCAUACGCAACUACGUGAGUAUUACCAACAAUCAAACUAAGAUUUUUGACAAUACUGGGAGCAAUGAUAUUGAGCGAUAGUUUGAAACCAAAGUAGUGUCACCACUUUUAUGGAUAGGCACUACUCUCACAGUCUUCCAAAGUUUGGGUAUGUAUCCAGACACCAAAGAAAAUUUAAUUAGGGUUGCGACAAGUUUAGCAAUUGCUGGCGCACUGAGCUUCAACAGCAUUGUUGGGAUUUAAUCAGGUCCAGACUGGUUUUUCAUUUUUAGAUAAUUACAGUGUUUUUUAAUGACACUAAUAGGUACAGGUCUAAAAAUGUACUUGUCUAUAUUGGGUCUUUGCAAAUUUAGUGGGGCCUGAUCCACAUUUGUAGUUUCAGGUUGUGUGUCAUUUAUUAGCUUGGCGAUCAGGGUAGUGGAGCAUCCAACAAAAUAAUUGUUAAAGGCAUUUGCUACAUCUAAGGGAAGUUGCAGGGUUUGGUUAUCCACUUUGACAGUGGAGGGUUGGGAGUGGAUUGGGGGGGGUUUGUAAUUUAUUUAUGACUUUCCAAAAGUUUCUAAGGUUUGAUAGAUUAUUGUUCAGAUUUUCACAGAAAUAUUGGGCUUUAGCCAAUUUUGUUUGUUUUGUGCAUAUAUUUUGCCAUUGUCUAUAUGCACAGUGAUCGUUCAUAGAGCCAGUACGCUUGAACUUUGACCACAAUGAAUCCUGAAACUGGUACAUUUGGAUGAGGUCAGCUGUGAUCAAGUUCAUAUGUGCUCCUUUUACUCUCACCUUACGCAGCGGGGCAUGCAAAUUCCAAACUUGUAGGAGUUCAGACUGAAAGAAUUCAACUGCACAGUCUAGAUCUAGGAUAAUGUUUAAUCUGUGCCAUGGGAGGUUCUUGAUGUCAUUAAGAAAGGAUUCAAGAUUAAAUUUUUUGAAGGACCUGUUGAUUUUAAUCUUGGGACAGGAUUUAGUAGUGUUUAUUUUGCGUACGCCGUACACUAAACAGUGAUCACUGAAACUGUUUGGUAGAACACCUGCUUCCUGGAUUCUAUCAGGAGAAGUGAAGAGAAUCCAAUCGAGCAAGUUAAGGUUAUGGCUUUUAAUGUUUAUACGAGUUGGAGAGGAGAUUAAUUGCGUUAGCUGCAAAAUCUUAAACAGCAAGCAAGAACUAUUAUUUUUAGGAUUCAGCCAAUCAAUAUUAAAAUCUCCAAAAACUAACUGUUUACUUUUUGGGGGAUUUGAGCUAUGGUUUCACUAAGGAGAUCGGCUAUGUCAGAUAGAGAAUGCACUGGGGAGCUAGGCGGGCGGUAGAUUCCUGCAUCAAUGAUUGAUUUACUGCAUAGGAUCUCGAUUGUGCCAGAAAGGAAAUCCAAGGUGUAAGGGGGUAAACUUUAUGGAAUCAUCAACAUAAAUAACAAUGCCUCCUUCUCUAUUUGCUCUGUCAUUUCUAAAACAUGAAUAACCCUGUAUUGCAAUGGUGGAGUCUGGUAUUUUAGUUGUUAACCAUGAUUCUGAGCGUUCAAUGAUUUUUGGUUUGUAAUGGGAACACCAGGCUUGCAGUGUAUCCAGUUUAGGGAGUAAGCUACGGAUAUUGCAGUGCACAAAAGAGAGGCCUUUUUUAGUGGGGAGAUUAUGACUAGAAUUAGCUGGGGGACCAGGGUUAUACUACACAUCAUUUGCAAGGGCAAGUAACAUAAGGAAUAGGAAUUUGGACAUCAUUUUUGUUUGGCCAUAUAAUGAAUGGGAUCCUUUAUAAUUUUGUUAGGUGGGGGUAGGACGGCUAUUUUUUAUAACUCUCCACCAGCAUUCAGCAGAUAAGUUACCGCAACAGAGCAGGCCGUGGUGUAUGAUAAUUUGUUUUCCAGUUUGAGGUGUGUGCUUAUGGCAGUAGUGAUGUGAACAAAAUUGGAUUGAGAAAAGGGUUAUUAAGAAUAACAGUAUGGUUAUAUUUGGAUUCAUGUUAGUGGUAUGAGGUGUGUAGAUGAAAAUGAAACACAAAUAGUGAAAAACAAAAAUUUAAAAUUAAAUCAAAGUAUAUAAUAUUGGUGUGUGAUAUAUAGCUAUUUGCAGGGAGAGAGGGUAUGUAUUCUAUAGGGUUAAAAGAUUGGGAGGGUGUGGUGAUCAGUGUUUGCACCUGUCAUUUCAGGAGAAUGAAAGUUGUGUGGGAGACUAUCUAUAAAUGAGCUUGGGGUGGGUGGGCAAGGGGAAGGUGGGAGGGAGGGGAAACAGUCCUCCAGAAGGCUACGUGUUGCAAAUGGUAGUGGAACGGCUGAUUGAGCUCUGGGUGCUUUGCUGGACUGGGUAAGUUUAAAAUCAGACUGUGGAAGAGAGAUAUAUGUUAGGGUCAGAUGGGCUAAGGGAUGGGGGGAAAUGCAUCUAUGGACAUUUCAUUUAAGGAAAAACAAAGGGUAAAAGUGAGAUAAGACAGAGGUAUUUCCUCAAUUACAGUCUAGAUUACUAUUUUCAUAACCUCUAUUUCAAUCAAAUAUUAUCCCCAUGCCAUAUCGCCCAAAGCCCAUCCAUAUGCCAUAUCUCCAAUUCACAUACCAUUUUCCCAUUUGCCAUCCCCGUGCAAUUUCCCUUAGUCAUCACUAGAACGUAAUUUUUCUCAUUACACAUCAUACGGUUCAUACCACCUCAAUACCCCAUCACCAUGGUUCAAGAACCAGCUAGUUUAGUCUCAUGGGUACUGCAUGCGUAGGGCAAACUAAGCCACUAUGUGCACAUGUCCCAGCGGCAUUGACACUUAUGUCAAUGACCCAGUGUGACCAAAAACUGCCCAUGUAACUUCAAAUAUGUGUAAUUGUUACUGAGAUACUAUAUACCUGCAGUGAAUGGCUCUAUUUCAAUUAUUUAGCGUCAGGAUCUUCUAUUCUUGCACAAUGUCAGAGGGAAAAUGUAUGUUAUACACUACAACAAUUUGAUUUAUUUUGUUUUUGAAGUCAGGCCAACAUACAGUGUCGAGAAAACCGCACAUUGAUAGAUUUUCAUAUGAAACUAGAUGUGGCUCCUGGGCUUUUUCCAAGUUUUGUAAUACAGUGAAUUAUCAUAGAAAUCAGAAUUGCUAUUCUUAUAGCUUGAUGCAUUACAAAACGUGACAACGGUUACGUUUUGUAAGUUAAGAGAUAGGACUAUAGAAGCCUAUAAAUUGUAUGUUAAUCAUUGGCUGAUGCUCUGGCAAAAUAUAUUUUAAUAACAAGCAUACUUUGCUGCAGUGUAGUUAAAUGCUAUGUCAGCUGUGAAUAAAAUGGUUGGUAGAGAAAAGAUGACACAGUUAUUGGCUAACAGAACUACAGUACUGUGCAAAUGUUAGCCAAUAAAUGUGCUCUCUUUACUCAGUUUGCUUGAAUAAUCUUUGCAUAAAUGUCAUUAAACAUUAUAAUGCACAAAUCUAUUGUAUAAUGGUAUAUCAAUAAUUUUGUUACCUAUAUAUUGGUCUCAAUAUGAUUUUACACCAUCCAUAUAUUUAUAUCCUCUUAUUAAUGCACACUAUAUUUUAAAUGGAUUAUAAUAUAUGUAUUAUUUAUUUGCUCGUUUGUAUAUAUUUCUAUUUACAAAGAAAUUAGCUGGUGGAAUGUGGAAUUUUAAAUUUUUUUGUCAGAAUAAAUUAUAUUGGCAAUGCAAUACUAAGACAUCCUUUGCAUGAUCUGCACCAAACACUUAAGUUUUAAAUCCAGUUUCCCAAUAUUUGUUUGCUUCUUCAGAAUAUUACAGUAUUCCCUAACAAGCAUAUUUUCCCUUCUCUACAGAUGAUGGAAAUGCCUAAUAUUUAAAAGGUAUGUACUGUGUAAGGCUGGAUAGAAUGUGAGCAUGGUACUUACAUGGCCAAGCUGUGUAAAGUUUCUAAAUGUGCUUCUGCCUUAACAUGUUGCAUGGCUUUUUGUUACCAGAUUGUGUUUGGCAAUGUUUAGGCAAUCUGUAUGUUGUGCAUUUUGCAGCCACCAUACACAGAUAGGUAAUGUCACUGCAGAACAGUUAUAUCCCCCAUUUUAAACCAUUUUACAAUUUCCAUCAUAAGCCAAAUAUCAGACUAGCCCUCUAAUUUAACUACAGACGAAUUCAUACUUUUUAUCUUAUAGUUUUAUAGUUGAAAAAUAUGGGCCUUUAGAUCUUUCCUAUGGAGAUACAUUAAAACGUGAAUAUAACCCCAUUCAUAAAAAUAUAAACAGACAAAAAAUGACCAGAAAUUAUACACAAACAUCCAGUCACACUCAAUGGUUUCUUCAAGAGGCAGCAUUUAUUUUUGGAACAAAAUAUAGUGACAACUUUUGGGCUCCUAAGCGGGCCUUUAACAAGUCGAAGAAUGAUGUGACGUCCUUCAUCAGAAGUACUUACAGUCUAUAAGAUAAUACAUUUGUUAGCUACAUGCGGUCAAGUUUAUUUGGCUGGGCAUGGUGGCCUGGCUUUAGAAACAUGGGUUGAAGUAACUCUACUAAAGGGGGGAGUUGGUAUCCCUGGGAUAAGGUUCAGUGAGUGUGUGUCUUAUAGGAACCAGUGAAAUAUAUAUUUAGAAUCCAAUCUGACUUACUUAUGCAGGAAAAAGUGUCCAUAGAUUACUUUUAAAAUAUUUAAACGUUGUUUGUAACAUUUCCAGGAGCUAUGAUACCCUGGCCCACUUGCCUUGAUAAAGGCCUUACUAGUGUUUACAUGUCACUCAUUUUAAGAACUGUGAAUUCUACAAAAUAAUUUCCCUCCUAGUGUGUUGAAAGUACAGUCAGCAUUACUAUUGGGAUUGACUCCUUUCGGGGGGUAAGCAGAACACCCUGAUUGCUGAAACUACAAAUAUAGUUUGUUUCAUACCUCAAGACUGAAAAGAAAAACAUAAAAAAAAAUCUUAUUCCAAUUACUUUGCACUUGUGGUCUACAGGAUGGCAGGUGGUUUUCUACCCUGUUCUUCAUAUGAAACUUGCUUUUCUCUACCAGGCAAGAUAUAGGGAUAAUAGUGUGUAUAAUAUAGGAUUAUUGACUGAAUAUAGGAUUUGCACCUCAAUUUGCUGGCUGGCUUCUCUAUGUUCUUGUAAGUCUCUCAAUGGAUAUGGUACUCCCUGGGACUUGAUAUAAAUGUAGAUUUAUCAAUGAAGUGGAUUGUUCAAAGGCAAAUGUACAUCUUAGUAGCCCUCUUCAUUUAUAUGUCAGAUUGUCAUGACCAAACCCAACCUGAUAUCUUUUUUCUAGAAUGCAUAUGAGGGGGUUACAUUUUUUGGAUGGAUUUUAAGUGCCAGAGUUGGGGUUGGUGCAGCAACUUAGUGCAUUUUGGUAAUUAACUGCACUUUGCUUCUCUUAAUUGUGAUCAUGUCAUCUUGUUUUGGAAGAUGCACACUGAGCUCUAUAUUAUUCCAUUCAACUGUAGGCUAUGCAAUGUUCUAUAUUCUAUGAUGCUCUCCUUUACUCCUUCCAGUGGACUUUAUUUCCCUCACCUCCCCUCUAGCUUCAUACUCCCAACUUUCAGGUUCCACUCCAAGUCUGCAAGAUGAGUAUUUUUUUUUCAUGUCUAUGGAACCUUUCUUUAUGUAAGUACUACUCAUGGCACCUUAGGCUUCCAGUAUAACAGUGGCAAGGGUUCUAUAUCUAAUACAUCUUGUGUGUCUACCUAUGUAUGUGUUUAUUGUCUGAUGCCUAUUGGUUCACUUUCAGAGGGCUGUACAACUGAGUUUGUUUCAUUUAAAGGUCAGGUUUCUAUGGCCUUAUGUAAAAAUCACUUUUUGUUUAUUUUUCAUCUCAUAUCGGAAUGACUUGGGAUCUGCUAUUUUUCUGAGCAUGAGGGUUAAGUAUAAUAAGCAAUAGUUACUUCACAAUCCAAUUGUUGAUAGUUCCUUAAGCCAGGGUUUUACAAAUUCAUGGAACCAAAUCACAAUGUCAACACAGAAAUGGGACAAGGCACUGAGCAUUUUUAUCCUUGCAAUUCAUGGAGAUGAAAUGUUAAAAAAGCUAAAAAUCCGAGUGUACAACAAGAGCACUUAAAAAAAAAAAAAAUAAUAUUAAUAUAAUAGACCUAUAUUCUAGAAUUCUUAAAGGGAAACUAGUGCUAGGAAUACAAAAAGGUGUAUUCCUAGCACUAUAGUGCCCUGCGCCCUCUCCCUGCCACCGUAGCUCUGUAAGGGUUAAAAACCCUUUGUCACUUACCUGAUUCCAGCACCGGUGUCCCUUGGCACUGGGCCAGGCUCCGCCUCCUUUUCUCCAUAGCCAAACUUAGCCGUGGGGGCUGAUGCGCAGCGAGCACCGCGAUCACAUAAGUACUUCCCCAUAGGACAUCAUUGAAUCAAUGCUAUCAGAUACGGUUUCAGCGAAUGCUGGAUGUCCUCAUGCAAAGCGUGAAGAUGUCCAGCGUCAGUUAGGACUCGGAAGUAGCCACUAAAGGUGGAGUUAACCCUCAAUGGUAUUUAUUGCAAUUUCUCAAUAACUGUAAAAAUUACAAUUGCACUGCACCCAGACCACUUCAAUGAGAUGUCCCUUUAAGCUGUUCCCCACACUGUUUGUGUAUCCUUGUUACAUACACCUAAAACAAAAAUUUUUCUCAGUAGAGCGCUUCACCCAUCCUAAUUAUACAAAUAUAUUAAAAAUGCUAAAACUUGAAUUGCAUAGUAUUUCCAAAUGUCAAAAAUCCUAAAAGUGUUACUUUCUUAUCCCCAUAAAAUUAAGUGAAUGACAACUUCAACAAAGUGCUAAAUUGCCACAGUAAAGACAACUGUACAAAGAAUCGGAUUACAAUAUCAAUAAAAGCAAUAAACACCUAUCAAUGUAACAAAGUGCUCUUGUGUAUUACCAUAAUUCAACUUUUACAAUCAUAAACUUGCAACAUGUCCAAAUGUGUCUUAAAGUGCAAAAUUUACAAAAGGUGAGUAUAAUACCUUGAAAUACAAUCCUCUUGAUCAAACUGACUAAUGAUACACCUCAGAAGGAGAAAAAGGAUGUAAUAGUGCAGAUGGUACAAAACAUAUAUAUAUAUAUAUAUAUAUAUAUAUCUAUAUAUAUAUAUAUGUAUUUUUAUAUAAAUCCUUUUGUAUGCCCACUCACAUUUUACAGAGCCCAGAAAUGGUACUAUAUGAAAUGGUACUAUAUGCAGUGGAGUCAGUCAAAUGUGAUUCCCUCUCUCCAAUUUACUGCAACACUGCUUUACCGAAUUGGGCAAAAAAAUAUGGAAGAAAGAAAAUAUAGUGCAACACUGUAGAGUUAUCUUACAAAAAAUGAGUAGUGGUAGAGGAUUCACCCAUUGGUACCAGAACCUCUUAAGAUCAGCUCACUCAUAGUUCGUGACACCCUACCUCCCGUGUGCUGUUCCUACUAGGUCUAAAGAAAGAAAACUGGCUCCUAAUCCAGUAGUAUAUAUUAUAAAAAGAUGUACAUUUAUUUGGUAUAAAACUCUUUAAAAGCAGUAAAAGUAAUAAUUUACUGAAUUGUUAACAUAGGAAGAAAUAAUAGGAUGUAUUAUCGCUUUCACUCUUAGGUAGUUGAAGUUGAUCCAUUGUUGCUUCAAAUAAUUGCUUGUUACCUAGACUGGUGCGACUCUAGCAUGAAACAACAAGGGCCGCUAUGUGGUUCAUAUUAGUAGAUGGUGUGCUUAUUUUUAUAUUUUUUGUCAAUCUGUUUUUAUUUGAGGCAUAGUUGUUACAGUACAGAUAUGAGAAAAGAGUUAUAUCACUUGCAUACAAAAUCAUAUUAGAACAGAUAAUAAGAUACUAUACUCUGCAUUAUACAGCCUCUUUUUUCUUUUUUUAAAAAUAGGAGUUUUUCCCUGAUUGUUUAGCCAGAAUCGUGAACAAGCCGUAAAAUUGCACUGAACAUGUGUAGUGUAAUGCGUCAUGAGAAAAAUAAUACAAGUUAAUGCAUGAUAAGUCUAAGUUAAUUCAGUAGAGCAAAUUGGUUGGCAGUAGUUAAUGCAAGGGUAACAUUGGUGUGCUUAUUUUAUAUUGUCAAGGCUACAAAUGAUCAUGAACAUCAACUUCAACUUUAAAUCACUUUCCAAUUGUUCUACCAUAUACGAAAAAACAGUAGUGCUCAAGCCAGAUUAUAUAUUGGGCGGUGUAUAUAUUUAUCUUGUAUGUAGAAAUAACAUUUCCACUUUCACUUGGUAAGAAGUAUUUUAAUCAUUUAAUGCUGUACAUUAUAUCCAAUAUUAUCCAAAUAACUCCAGUAUUCUUGCCGGUUUCACUCGCACCUCCACACAGAUUAAGCGUUGCCAAAAUGUAUUUUUUAUAUGUGUGCUUUUUGCAAUACUUUAAAUAUGGGUAACUAAUACCUUAUAGAAGAUUCCAUUAAUAGGACACAGGGAUUUGUGAAAAGCUCCAUGCUCCAGAAAAGUGUAAGCAACAUAAUUACUAUUAUGUGAUGAGAGAAUGAAAGAUCCUCUAUAUAUCCGUUUUCUGAUAGGGAUACUUCAAGCUAUAGCUGUCCCAGAAUGUAUUUAUUAUAUAGAAAAUAUGUUAAUGCUAAAUCCUAAGCAACAUAACCACUACAGCUCACUGUGCCUUAGCACCAUCUCCUUGGAGCAUCCCUUCCUUGGCCACAUUGAUAAUGAGCUCUGGAGCCUACCAGAGCCUAACACUAUGAUGUAUAUGCCAUAAUAAUCUCCAAAUGUAGACAGCUAUUGCAAACAUCCUCAGGUAGUGUCAUCAGAGUUCAACACAGAGUUAACAUAAGAGAAUGGAAGUUCUAAAUCUGUUUGAGAAAGUGUGUAGAUUGUUAGGUUUCAAUGUGAGUCCAUACAUGUUAAUGAUUGUGAGUUUCACCUUUUGAUAAAUGUUCAUGCAAGUUUCAUAAUGUGAUGGAAGUGUGUUUUGGGAUAGGUGGGAGAAUGCAUAUGUGUUAUUGUCAAGACGAGUGUUUGGUAGAUUAGAGCAAAUGCUUGAGUAAUCAGCUGUUAGAGUCUGCAGACUGUUUGUUUAUGCCAGUUGAGUGUAAGUAUAUGGCAUUAUGUAAAUAUAUUUCUAAGGGGGGAGAUUGUUGAUUUAUGAAGGUGGUGUCAGAAAUACAGAUCGACAGAAAUCGAAAGCUCAACACUGGGAGAGGGUAAGCAGCAGAAUGAUAAAAAUUUAAUAAUGGGUAAAGGAUCAGUUUAGGUGGAGCAAUGGUAAAGGGAAACCAUUAGCAGGAAGAGAGAAAGAGAUGAAGCAUAUCACUAUGGCAGAGAAAAUGUAACAAUUUAAAGACAGCAGUGGAAAAGAAGGGGAAAACUUGGUGUAGGGGAGGAGCAGUGGGAGAUAGCAGCAAAGAGAACUGAAAAGAAAGAAUCGGGGAGCAUGGAAGAGAGACGAAAGAAAAUGGUGAGAUAUAUAAGAUUGAGAACAAUGGGGGUAUCAAAAAGAUGUGAGUCAAUGCUGGAGUGUAGAGAAGAAUGAAAGACGGAAGGGAGCAACAGGAAAAGAGUUAGAGGAUAUUGAGGAUAUAGAAAAGAAGGAAUGCAGAGAGACUGUUAUGGUGCCUGUCAGACACGUGGCAAUGGAAAUGGCGUUGAUUCCUUACCUCCUACUGUGGUCUCACUCCCAGCACGGUCUCGGAGUUGACAGGCGCCCCUCUUCUCACAUAGCGGCCGGGUCUUAAAACAUUAGAGACGCCAGCCACUGCAAGUCAAAACCUUUUAAGGUUCUUGGUUAACCCCCUGGUCCCUAACCACUGGGAACGUGCGUGACGUCACACACCCACUUUCCACUGUCACAUGCACCUCUAUAACCAAUCAAAGAGCACCUUAGGCUGUUUAAAUUUUUUUUGUCCAUUUCUCAGUGACCUGUCAUGCUUUCCUUUGUGAUUAUCCGAGAGCGCGUUUCUGGUAUUGAUUCUUGUGUAUUUUGACCUUGACUAGUUAGACUAUUCUGAUUUCUGUAUCUAUUGGACUUUGGCUUGUUUCCUAACAAUUCUGACUUCUUUAUUCCUUGACCUUUGGCUUUCCUAUCGUUUACCUAUUCUCUAUAUUCCUGACCCUCAGCCUGUCUUGUACUUUUCUUUUUAUUUGUUAAAUCCGGCCGUUCUAAGGCUCGGUAAUACGGCUUAAGGUUUUCUUUAAUUUUCUCCUUAAGUUCUGCGUGUUGGGCAUAUUAGUGUAUCCUGAUAGAGACUUGUGAAAGCAAUGAAAUGAGACAUAAAGUGUGGAACAAGGAGAGACAUCAGUGGGAAAUUACAUGAAUGAAACCUAAGACGAGAGGUGAACAUUCAAGGAGACUGAGAUGAUUAGGGGUAAAAGACGAAUGGACUGUGGAGUAGGAACUAUGGAAUUUGGGAAAGAGUCCUGGGCAAUGAGUUAUAGAUUUUUAAGCCAAGUGAAAUGAGGGGCAGAGUCUUGUGAAUUUGUAGUAACAGACCCUGAGGUCUGAGGGUAAAACAUAGUUGGUCUAAAACUGCAAAUAUGCAGCUUUCCACCAUUUUGUUUUCUAAAGUCUGAAAGAGUCUCAUACUCAGACAUUGGGAACCACAAGUAUAGUGGCAUGGACAUGGCUACCAUAAGCCUGAAAAAGCAACAAGGCUGCAUGAAACGGAUCCCUUAUACUCCAAAUGAGUACAUCUGUGAAGAAUCUCCCAAGUCCCAAGUGCUGUAGUGCUUAUAAGUGUGAAUAUAGCUCUCAAUUCCCCAAACAUGAGCUUAGACUUCAUGAAGGGGUAAGACGAACUGCUUAAUCCAGGCUCAAUGGCCUGCUUUUUUACAUUUCAGAGUCACAGCAAACACGCCCAGGACACUCCCACACAAAACAGGGUUGUGCCUGAGAGAUAAUUGAGUCAGGAACCGUUAAAAACUCAAGUAUAUCCAGGCAGAGAAAACACACAAUUUAUAAAACACCACAAAAUACACGAAAACCCCACAAAAGUUACAUCCCCUAAUAGCCCCGAUCUGGGUGACCAACAUAUCCAAAAGUCACCCAGAUCGGUUCAGGGUUUCAAGAUUUCCAUGGAAGUCAAUUAUUUGACCGACCGCUCACAUGGUACCAUGCCCAAAACAGUUCCAUGAAAUCAGGGCUAGCGGUCAGUCAACUUUGGUAACAUAAAAACGAAGUUUAAACGGAUUCCCGAACUGAGGAAGAGAAUGGUUCCUAGCAAGGCAAAAUAGGGGAUUUGUCACUCCGCUUCCCCCCAGUUCCAUGGGACAGCAUACCUGUCUAGACCCCAAUGCUUUGGCUUGGGGAUGUCCAGUCAAGUUGGUUAUUUUUCUAACUCCGGAAAGUGCCGAACCAUGGACACCCAGGGCAAGCCACUAAUGGUGGUUGGGGAGAUUUAACUCCCGAACAUGGUCUUUGUAAAUGGCCGAUAGUCAGUGGGCAAGAGGCUAGUGUCUACACUCCUCCAGGAGCCUAUGGCAAACAUCCAGGCAGAGAGGCGUUCGUCACAUAUCUCCCACCUCCUUGGGAGACUAACCAGUCUGGUGUAUUUUCCCAGACUGUGCUGUUCCUCAGAAAGUCUCCUGCCACACGCACCCAGCUAUAACUUCAGGGCAGGGCAUGGCAGGGCAACAGCUAGAAUCUGCUCCUGCGUCAUCGUUUGGUUGCUUAAGGGGAAGGGGGCAAUUCUCAGGGCUACACACAGCCAUUGGGGAGGGAAACAGAGGGCACCAUAUACCAGACACUUGCUCUGCUGAAGGGGCAAAAUCAGGGUGACUUGGGAUCCCAUACUAGAGGGUUGGGGAUCUGGGCCGACUGCCCAGCAUCCCUGUACUCCAAGGGUGGAGACCACAUUCCCAUCCACCCCUCCCAUGCCAAAAGCUUCAAGGACUGGUGGGCAGAGACUGCGUUUUGUAGGUUCUAGUAUUCCUGCUCCAGUUCCCAUUCUAUAGCUCCCAGACAUGUGAUAUCUGGUCCCAGGCCUGUAGCAUUAGGGAGCUCCAGUGCAUCCAUACGGUAUUCCCGGAUGCCCCAAUACCGAGACUUCUCCGUGCUGCCGAAGUCACUGUCCUCCUCUAAAGCCUCCCAUAGUAGACCAGGGCCAUUGCAGUCAACUCUCUCUGGUCGGUCUCUCGUUCUCUGCCAUCCACGGGCAUCUUUGGACAGAGUACCACUGUAGUGCCCAGUAUGCGUCAUACAGCCACAGUUCCUUCUUGAUCAGCUGUUGGAAUUCUAUAAUCCACUCUUCCCAGGGGAGAUACUCCAGUAAAGGCAGCCUCAGCAUGGUUUGCCUCUGCCUGCGCCGUUCUGAACUCAGAAGACUCUCUCCCCCUUGAGCUUGAGACUGCUCCAGGGCCUCGUGCCAGAGAUCUCACCAUAUGCUUUCUUUCCAUACCAGCUCAUCUUCUGUAGAAAAAGCGCAAUACUCCGGGGCCAGGGCACCCUGUAGUCUCCUUUGGAACUCCUUCUCAUAGCCCGGGGGUUAGCUCGCUCCAUCUCCUGAGUUCCUCUUUAGGCAGGGACACUGCUGGACCCUUCACUACGCAUCUUGGUUUGGGAUAUCCAUUUGGGGCAAAAUCCCACGGCGGCCACCAAUGCUUGGGGAUGUCUGAUCAAGUUGGUUAUAUUUCUAGCUCUGGAAAGUGCGGAACCAGGGACACCCAAUUUAUUUAACCAUUAUCACAAAAAUAUCACACUCAUUUCAUUGUUUGCUGUAUGUAUUUAGAAGUAGAUCUCUAUUUCUAUAUUCUCACCGUAAUCAUUUGUUUUACAACUACUAUCUAGGCGUUGAUUAACUAGUGGGAAAAUUACAUUGCAUUUGCAGCAACUACAAAACAAAUGGUACUUCACUGAUUUAGUUAUAAAGUAGUUAUUUACACUACUCAUCCUUUAAUGGUCAAUCUUUGUGGGAUAGUCUGUAUUGAUAAUUGUUUUUUACAGGAUAAAAAUAUCACAAAAUAAAAUCAUAAAUUAUAAAAAAAUCUGAGUCUGUCUUUACAGUGUUGAAUGUUGAAAUACAGGUUUUUAGAAGUGCUGUCCACGCUUGUCUGCUGUUUAGUAGUGCUGGUAACAGUUUAUCUUGAUAUUGCAAUGUUCUGAAUAAUAUCCUAUGCAAAUAAUUUCCCUUUCUAUUUUUUCCUACAGUUUUGCUGAGUUAAUAUUCUGAAAUCCAAGCACAAAUGAGAAGGAAUAAUAACUGUUGUACAUCAUCAUUGUGUGUUAAGAAGACUUCAAUGUACAAGAACAAUCCUGAACCGAGCAGUGUUUCAGAAGUUAACUAGCAAAUUGAUUUUAGAAGACACGAAUAUACUGUUCUGCAUCCAACUAAAUUAAAUUUAAUUUCAAUAGAACUGUUUUCUAUUCAGAUGAUACUUGUGGGUACCUCAAAAUAGUGGGUCUUUAUAAAGUAGUUGAUCUAUAAUAGCUGAAAAUCAAUGGUUCUUUUUUUGUUUUUUUAAUUAAAAAAAAAAUAUAUAUAUAUAUAUACACACACACACACACACAGUAUUCUUAGAUCAAUGAUUGUGCCAGUUUAAAGAGAGCUAUUACAUACAAAAGAAAUCCAUAGAAUCGUGAUAUUGAAGUUAUAUUUUGCACUAAUUGAUUUAAGAAAAGUCAUAGUGUUAUCAUGGGUGCAACCACUAUUUUAUUUAUACACUGUACAUAUUUAAUAAAGUUACAAUUUGAGUUGUUUACAUUCAGAGUAUUACAUGACAUAACGUUUUUAGAAAAACACACACAGCUCUUCCCAUUUUAAUGUAGUUUUAUACAUUACUAUAAAUAUUCUGACACAUAUAAUUCUCUUACAGAGCUGCUCUAAGCCAGCUUUAAUUGCUCGACUUGUACAUUAUUGCAGCGUAUUCUGUCCUCGGUCCCUAGUAACAUACGUUUGGAUUAACGAUAAAUUAGCAGAGCUUAGAAAACAUGGCUGCUCACAUGGGAGAGAGAUUCAGGAAGAGAAAAAUAAUUUAAUUGCCUUUUUACUUACUAAUAUUAGCCAAUUGUUUUAAAAUGAGAUUUGUCUUAUACUAAUGUCAAAGGUGAGAAUUGUACUUUUUCUAAGCAACUGAUUAGAGUUUUGUGCAUUCUGUCGGCAUGUGAAUAGGUCAUCUGUAGGUCUUUCUUACAUUCUGAAGAGAAUGUAUGAAUUUAGCCAGUCAAUGUGUACAUCCAUUCUCUGCACUGGCAUUAAACAAUGUCCGUAUGCAUCAUGAAUGAAAAAACAUAAUACUGGGUAAUGUCUCCAUCACAGACAUAAGUAUGGAAGCUUCUAUGUGUACAAAGAAAUCUCUGGAUGAAGGAUUCAAUGGAUGUUGGUUUUGAAAUCACAAUGAAGGAUCCAAGGUGUGGAAAUAAAGGGGGAAAUAGUGAUAGCCAGGUAUACUUGAGCUAGUUUCAUAUGUUGCCAAAUCUGCAUUCUAGGAAUCAGACAAAAACUACAUUACCUGUAUUUUCAAGUGGAUAAACCUUCUCAAAAUAUGGAGUCUGUGUCCUUAAAUAAAGUAAUAAUAACUGUAUUGUGAUGUGGGAUUUAUUUUGCUUUUUCUCCUCACAAGGAGACUAUUCUUUUUCAGACAAAAACCUCUUCUGUGGUGGAAGAGUAAAGUUAAUUUGCUACAAAUAUUUGUAUAGUCUUAAUGUGAAAUAUUAAUCAAGGCAGGCUAGAGUGAAGGAUUAAUUAACACAGCAGUCCAUAUUAAAUAAUAUAGAAAGAUUUUUCAAGCUUGCCAUUUGCAUUAAAUGAUGUGAAUAUCAUGUGCUCUUAAAGGUGCUGUGCCUCCUUUGGAAAUCAUUGGAUAACGUGCAAGAGCAUGUAAAUGUGAAUAAUUUGAAGUAGAUCAAUGUUACCAAUUCUUAUAGUUGCACAGAGUUUAGUAAAAGGAUGUUGUUGCUAUUGGAACCAAGCUCUGACAGCUCACACUUUUUGUUAGCAGUCCAAAAAUAUAACUGCAUAAGUGGAGGCAGGCUGGGCAGACAGCUAACAGGACGUUUGAGAACACAUCAGAGGCUAAAUUCUGUAUGUUAAGUAACUACUUCUGAGCUAUGGAAGUGUUAAAUAGCUUUAGUAUCUUGUCUCGUUAGUUGAAAAUUACCAAACUGAACAAGAAAAUGGACAUUAGCGGUUAUAUCGAUAAAACAGCCCAGGAAAUGAAAUCCAACUCUUUUGCCUAGAAGGAUCAUUUAGCAUAUGGUUAAAUAUGUAUUUAGUAAGUAUUAUUUGAAAACUGUGCCAUAACAUUUGUAAGCAUUUUCCAAUGGUGGGCCUAUGUUUACAAAAACAAAUAUAAUUACUUGUAGUUUUUUUCAAUGUCUUCAUGUAGGUUUGGGCAAAUUGCCUUGUAAUGUGACAGUCUAGCCAUGCCACCUUGUCAUGAAUGGGAAUAACCAGAACUCCUUAUAAUUAUGAUAAAAUGUUAAACCAACACCAGCUGUUGCAUUGUAAAUGAUUGUUAUACAGUGUUCUUACACAGGGUACCUACCACAUGUAUUUGUAAAUGGAUCAUGUACAGAAUUAAGGAUGCAGCUUACUAGGACGGUGAGCUGAAUGGCCUAGAUCAGGCUUCCCCAAACUCCGGCCCUCCAGAUGUUGCUGAACUACAACUCCCAUAAUUCUAUGAAUGAAAUAGGCUGAGAAUCAUGGAAGUUGUAGUUCAGCAACAUCUGGAGGGCCGGAGUUUGGGGAAGCCUGGCCUAGAUUUUAAUUACAGAGGUUUUGGGAAGGAACACCAAAGCCAGUGUUUGCCCAAGACAACAACAACUGUUGUACUGUAUACAUUGCUAAAUAAGAUAUAUAUAGAGUAUAUAGGGAUAUGGUAUCAAAGAGACUUUAUUGUAUAUCAUGAAUGUUGUAUGGGUCUUUGAUUCAUAAAAAUAAUUAUUUUAAGUAGUUUUAUCUGAAAGGUUGUGUGUGUUAAUACAUUGUUAACAUGUUAUAAAGAGAUAUUCCCAUAUUGGUGACAAAGACAUUUUAGGGCAGUAAACCAGUUAGAUCGGCUUAACUUUCCCUUUUUUUAGUGAAAGGGUGUAAACGAAUGAUCAAUGUAAUUAGCUAUUGAAAUUAGUAUACAAAAUAUUUUUUAUUAAAAUAACAUAAAAGAAACUGUUUUAAUUGGAUCUGUCACCAAGACGCACCUUUAUGUUAAUUAAGCUUAAACAUUUCCACUAAUCUUAAUUAUUAUUUUUACCAAUAAAACUCAACAUUCAUGACAGUGAGAGUCAUCAUGCCAGUACUAAUUAAUCCAAUAUGUAUCUUAGAAUUACUUUCUCUCCUUUGUUUGAUGACAUGGAGUGAAAUCAAACGACAACUGUAAAAUUUUAACACAAAAUGGCAAAGUUGUGAAAGUAGAAGUAAUGUGGAAUAUUUUCAGAUCAUCAGUUUUAAAUUUAAUUUAACAAUUUGUUUUUCAAAUCACUAUAAAUCACUCAUUAGUAAACAUAAAUAACAUAAUUCAUUGCUCCGCCACCACAAAAUAUUUGCCAGCAUGUUUACCAAAUUAUUGAUUAAACUAUAAAAACUAUUUGGAAAAACUCUCUGCUUACACUUAUUAUUGAUCCAAGAGGGGGGGAAAGUGUUUCCAACCGUAGUUACUGUACAUUGCCAGUUAGUAGGCCAGGGGUACUAAACACAGUCCCCGAAAUACACUAGUGGUCCAGGUUUAGUAUGCUUAUAGGAACAGAUUUGGGAAUGACUAAAUUCUGCACUGCUGGUCUAGACUAGAGAAUUGGGUUGGGAACAGCUGGAGUAGAUAUACUAUUUAUUACCUAUUAUGUGCACUGCAUCACCUUUUGAUUGUGUCCUACCUCUGGAAUGGUACAGAUUAUCUACCCAUGUUUAUUAGCAUGCUGAGUUUUAUGGUAGGUAUUUUAAAAUUAUUACUAAAUAUACCUACCAAACAGUAACAAAAAGUGUUGAACUAAUAAACAUUGCACCCAGCAAAUGUUUUCUUUUGUGUCAAUUAAUAUAAAGUAGUAUCUGGUGACAUGUCUUCUUUCUGUGUGGACAAUUGGAUUGUACAUGUUCUAAAAUGGAAAUAUAGGUUGUUUUAGCUGCCCUUGAUACCAUUUGUAGAUACAGGAAACUUCUUUCUGAUCCAAUAAAAUCAUUCAAAUGUGUAAUAGA